AUGUCAGAAGAUGGUGAUAGCACACACUUGUCAUAUCUUGUUGGAGGGGAGGUAUGAUACACUAGCAGUCUCAUGCCCGCUUAAUAAUUCUUAAAAAACCUAAAUAGAACCAGUACAGUUUUGAAAUCAGUACAGGUUUGAAAGGGCCAGGCUGCCAUGUUGAUUCAAAAUGACAUUCAGUUAUAUCCAAAUAUAGAUGGAAAUCUUCUCUUUGAUUGUGGGAGCCAUCAUGAAAAAUUCAGUUACGACAUCUUAAGAUGUGUCCAAAUACAGAAUGAGCAGACAAACCACUUUCUAGAAUAUAUAGUAGAUAGGUUAAGAACAUGCGUAAAGCUUCGAUGGAUUAGGCUGAGGGCCCAUCUAGGCCAGAAUUCUGUUCUGACAGUGGCCACCCAGAUGCUUAUGGGAAGACUGCAAGCAGGACCUAAGCACAACAGCAUUCUCAACACUUGUGAUUCCCAAUAGCUGGUGUUCAGUAUCAUACUGCCCUCCAACAGCAGAAGCAAUAUACAACCAUCAUGACUAGUAGCCUUUGCCAUCCAUCUCCUCUAUAAAUUUGUCUGACCACUUUUUAAAGCUAUGCAACAAGGGUACAGUGAAUAAGAAUAUACGGAGAGCCCUGCUGGGUUAGAGCACUGGCCCAUCUAGACCAACAUCAUGUUCUCACAAUGGCCAACCAGAUGCCCAUUAUGAGAAGCCUGAAAGCAGGACCUAACAGCUCCAUUUCCCACUUGUGGAUUCCCAUCAACUGGUAUUCAAAAACACAUUGCUUCCAACAGUGGAACUGGAAUGCAGCCAUUGUGACUGCAAGCAAUGGCCAGCAACAUUUUCUUGCAGGAUACACUUGUAUUUUAUCAUUAUCUCUUCCUGCGGGGUUUGAGAUCUACAAUUUUUCUUGUCUGUAUUGAAAAUUGCUGACAUUCUUGUGAUGUUACUUCAAAUCAUGAGAUUUGAAAUGACUGGGGUGGGGAGUAUUUAUUGAGGAAUCCAUUAAUCUCAAGUAUACCAUAUUUGUAUAGCAACCAACCAUCUUUGUAUAGCAACCAUCUCUGGCAGCUUUAGAUACAAGUUCACAACAGUACAAACCUUAAAUAGAAUUCUCCAAGUCCCAUCCGCUGGCUUUAGCUGACUUAUGCUCUCGAACCCAUUUAGCAAGAGGAUUAGAAACAUUUGAGGCUAUUAACUACCUUCCAUCUAUGUUGCAAUUCCAUUGGCUAGUAGAACAUCAUCUGGCAACCGGCUCCCAAGAUCAGCUGUUCUUUGUUCAAAGAAAGAAAUCCAUUUUUACAUCUUGAUGAGUACUGUAUUAGUUCCCCAUGCCAUAAACUCAUAAGGUUGUUUCUUUUUUAUCUCUGAUUCUCAGAAGGAAUUAUUCAGCACUAUUCCAAGCAUGGCUAAAACCAGUUUGGCGGGUUUUCAGCUACAAUACUGAGGACUGGCAACUUGAAUUACAAUGGAGGACAGUGGGAGGGCAGAGCAGGGAGGACCUCCUUAUUGUUUUAAAAAAAUAUACAUGGAGGGAGUUGGAGGUGAGGCUUGUGAAUUAUGUUAAGGAAGGACACACAUACACCUUCCCCCUGCUAAUUUGAGCACCACACUAGUAAGUUGCUUCCAGGGCUGAUAAAAAUUUUAAAGUGCAGGGAUUGUGGGCUGAGCUACUAAAAACCUUUCAGAAAUAUUUUUUCUUUUAUUGUUUUAAAUUUUCAGAUGCAGACAGGAUGGGUGUUCUCUGUAUAUCACAGGUAAGGUCUCUAUUACAUUUUAUGUUUGUAAAUUAUUAAAAUUGUCUAUAAGUGCACUCUGGAGAUCAAAAAAUAUACGCUUCAAAGAAACCCACAGAUACUGCCAAAUAAAAAAGGGAAAUUCUAGCCUCAACCCCCACCCAUCCCUUAGAGAACAAGUGUUUCUGAAGAAAACGUUUCUUCCCCUUUUUCUUGUUGCUGUUGCUUUUUAGCAUGGCAAAUAUGCAACCUUGGCAUAGAAUCUGCUGGGCUUGGUAUGUUUUUAUCUUGUUCACUUCAGUGGGCUGGAUCAAGCCAAAAGUUGCAGUACUAACCCCACUUACCUGGGAGAGAGCCCCACUGAAUAUCUCUGAUUUGACAUGGUCAGGAUUGCACUAUAAGGAACGUAACCAACAAGUUUGUUUAUUUAUUUAUAAAAAAAAGUAUUUCUGUACUGUCAUAGGCUAAAACGUACCAAAGAGGGGUAUAGUCUCAAAUAUACAACAUCACUUAAAAUAAAUGCAGAUAAUCAUUCAGGUGACUAAUCAAAAAUUUAAGCAAUUGCAAAGGCCUGUCAGCACACAAAAAUAUAUUCAAGAGAUGCCUGAAAGUCAAGCGUGAGGGUGCCUGCCGCAUCUCUGCUGGAAGAGUGUUCCACAGCAUGGGAUGGGCAAUGCAAAAUGCCUUACUUCUGGCUGAGGCAAAUCUGGCCCCAAUCUGUGAAAUGGGGGGGAAGGGGGAACAGCUAAGAGCACUCCUCUGGUUGAUCUCAGUGAGUAGGACUAAUGCUGGUAUGUAUUAUUUUUGUUGGUGGAUACACAGUUUUCAUAUUCUUAUGUUUUACUUUCGGUUUACUGUAUGACAUUUUGGAUUUUAAACGUGCAUGGUGCUCUCUGUUUUGGGGACAUUUUGUAAAAAGCAACAAACAAAUAUAUAAUAAUGUAUAUACCACUAGUAAAAAUAGACCCACUGAAAUUAAUGGACACAACUAACUUCGGUCCAUUAAUUUCAAUGGGUCAGUGUGUCUGGCUCUUUCAUUAUACAGCUUCUGGAGGCUGCUAAAGACACACCUCUUUGCCCUGGCUUGAGGUGUAUAUUUUAGGAGCACAUUUUUAUUUUUAUUUUUAUUGGUUGUAAGUUGUUUUAAACUGCUUUUAAUGUUGUGUUGCUGCAACCCACCCUGGGACCUUAAGGUGAAAGGCAUGAAAUAAAUUUAAAACAACUAUUACUUUGACUUAGAGACAACCCUAAGCUAGUUGAACUUGGGACCUGUUGAAAUCAAUGGUAGAAAUGAGCCAUGAUUUAAGCCUAAUUGAUUUCAACUAAACCUAAGUGAUGGGACAUGGGUGGCGCUGUGGGUAAAACCUCAGCGCCUAGGACUUGCCGAUCGUCAGGUCAGUCGUUGCCAGACUCUAGGCGGUGUGCGCUCCAUCGUCGCGUCUACAGCGCCGGGCAGCCUAGCGCUGUCCGAAGACACUCCCGGGUGCAAGCAGAUAAAUAGGACCGCUUACUAGCGGGAAGGUAAGCGUGCCAGUGCUGCGCUGGCAGCCAGACGCAGCUAUCACGGACCACGUGACCGAUGUACCUUCGACACGCUGGCACGCGGUCCUCUAUGUGAUGGCGCACUUGCACCCAGGAGUGCUGACACAACUGGCUAGGUAUGGGCAGGCGCUGUGACCUUAACGACGGUGAGCGCACCCCGCCUGCAGGGCAGUCUUGAACCGACUCUGAGCCUGACGAUCAGCUCAGUCCAUAGGCGCUGAGGUUGUCUGACCCACAGCGCCACGCCAGCGUGACACUCAUCUACACUUUACCUUUAAACCUAAGUGAGCUAACUUAGGGUUGUAUCUAAUGUUAGUCCUCGCCAAAGGUUUAUGAGUUCAUUGCAAUUAAUGAACAUGACUAAAUUUGGUCCAUUAAUUUCAGUGGGUCUACUCAGAGUAAAAGUUUUUUUUUUUUAAAUAAUUUUUAUUAAAGUUUUAAACAAAGAAUAAAGAAAAAACAACACACACAGAAAAACAAUACAAAAUUUAACAAUAAAAACACAAAACAUAACAAUUAAAAACAAACUCUCUUUUCCAUUCCCAAUUUUAAAUUACUUAUUUUCUGGACUUCCUCAUACCUCCCUCUUUUGUAUUCCAAUCUACAUUAUUUGUCCAGCAGUUUCUUUUCCACUUUUUUAAACCCAAUCUUUAAUUUAAUAAAAUAUUAAAAUAUAUAGCUUCAACUUUUUAAACAUAAUCCUUGUUCUUAAUGUCAUAUACCUUUAAAUUUUUCCCUUUUAUUAUCAAAUUUCCAUUUCUUUAAACAUCUUUAAUCUUGAUCUUUAAUCUUAAUCUAUCCUUAACUUUAACCUGUACAGCUGGAAACCACUUAUUUUCAAUCCAACAUCACUCUAACAUUCCUUAAUUUUGCAGUGUUUCUGAAGAUAGUCUUUGAAUUUCUUCCAGUCUUCCUCCAUCGACUCUUCUCCCUGGUCACGGAUUCUGCCAGUCAUUUCCGCCAAUUCCAUAUAGUCCAUAAGUUUCAUCUGCCAUUCCUCCAGCGUGGGAAGUUCUUGUGUCUUCCAAUACUUUGCGAUGAGUAUUCUUGCUGCUGUUGUUGCAUACAUAAAGAAAGUUCAAUCCUUUUUAACACCAUUUGGCCCACUAUGCCCAGGAGAAAGGCCUCUGGUUUCUUGGGGAAGGUAUACUUAAAUACCUUUUUAAUUCAUUAUAUAUCAUUUCCCAGAAAGCCUUAAUCUUUGGGCACGUCCACCAAAGGUGAAAAAUGUACCUUCAGUUUCUUUACAUUUCCAACAUUUGUUAUCGGGCAAGUGAUAGAUUUUCGCAAGCUUGACUGGGGUUAUGUACCACCUGUAUAUCAUUUUCAUAAUAUUCUCUCUUAAGGCAUUACAUGCCGUAAAUUUCAUACCAGUGGUCCAUAACUGUUCCCAAUCAGCAAACAUAAUGUUAUGUCCUACGUCCUGUGCCCAUUUAAUCAUAGCCGAUUUUACCGUUUCAUCUUGAGUAUUCCAUUUCAGCAGCAAGUUAUACAUUCUUGACAGAUUCUUAGUAUUGGGUUCUAACAAUUCUGUUUCUAAUUUUGAUUUUUCCACCUGGAAGCCAAUUUUCCUGUCUAAUUUAAAUGCCUCCAUUAUUUGAUAAUAAUGAAGCCAGUCUCGCACUUUGUUUUUUAGUUUUUCAAAACUCUGCGAUUUCAGUCUAUCUCCGUCUUGUUCCAAAAUUUCCCAAUAUUUCGGCCAUUUGACCUCCAUAUUGACCCUUUUCAAGGCUUUCGCUUCCAUUGGUGACAGCCACCUUGGGGUUUUAUUUUCUAGCAAAUCCUUAUAUCUUAUCCAAACAUUAAAUAGCGCUUUCCUGACAAUGUGGUUUUUAAAUGCUUUGUGUGCUUUGACCUUAUCAUACCAUAAAUAUGCAUGCCAUCCAAAUACAUUAUUGAAACCUUCCAAAUCCAAAAUGUCAGUGUUUUCAAGAAGUAGCCAUUCUUUCAACCAGCAAAAAGCUGCUGAUUCAUAAUAAAGUUUGAGGUCUGGCAGGGCAAAUCCACCUCUUUCCUUUGCAUCUGUUAGUAUUUUAAAUUUUAUUCUAGGUUUCUUGCCCUGCCAGACAAAUUUAGAAUACUCAGAGUAAAAGUUAGUUGGCUACAACCCUUCGUCUGGCUCUAACCCAUUGGGAAUUUCUUAAGCAUGCGCUUAAGCUCUUUGCUCCCUCGUUGCUCUCAUUAGAAAAGAGCUAACAAGAGCAACAAGAGCGCAAAGAGCUUAAUGUUCUUUGGAUUGUGCCUACUAUUUCAUGUAGACUCUUAGUAAAUGACUUUUAUUUAGUUUUAGAAAACAGAACAGUAUAGACAAAGUACAUUAGAGUAAUGUUCGCAAUGGCAUUUGGGGUCACAUUACAAAAGUUCAUGUAAGAGAAUAUCUGAAGAACUGCGCAGUAAGUCAGAAUAAAAUUUGUAUGUCCAAUAGAAGUUCUUAGGCACAGAAUUAUAGAGUUGAAAAGGAUCCCUCCCAAGGGUCAUCUAGCCCAACCUCUUGCAAUGCAGGAAUCACAGCUAAGCAGAAUGUAGGCUGUUGAGAUAUGCCCUCCACAAUGUAACCUGAUUCAUUGGAGUUUGUAGCAAAUGUCCAUCCUAGUUCACAUAAAUAAAAGGCCACCAUCUUAACACUGAAGAAAGUGUAUGUGGUGCUGUUGUGUCAGUGGCAGACCUAAGGUAGUACUAAGUGACUUAGCAGCUGGUCACCUGACCUACAGUCACCCCACAUAACCCAGCCUAGUACUGACCUACAGAGAGAUAUCAGAAGUAGAUAGAAUUUUACGGGUGAUCAGGGCUAGCUGAAUAUAAAGGAGGAUGUGAGGAUCCUUCUGUAUGAAGGCUAUAUCCUGACUCGGGGAGAAGACUGAAUCUUGGUUGCAGGACAGGCAAGGAAAGAGAAGCCUUUGUUGUAAUUGGUGUCCCAUUCUGAAUCUCUUUAUUAUUUAUUAGUAUGUAUUUUACUAUAGCUCUGCCCACAUUAAAGUGCUAGUGUUACUAUUUAAAACCCUAAAUGGUUUGUGGGUUUUCAGGUUAUUUGAAGAACCACUUUUACCCAUAUAUACCUGCCCAGGCCUUAUGAUUGGCCUCAUAGACUGUCUUCCUGCACUGGCUUUUAAAAUCAGUCUGCUAGGUAGGCCCCAGAAACAGGGCCUUUUGGGUGUUGGUCCCAUACCUGUGGAACUCACACACUUACUUCUAAAUAGGCUCUAAAAACACCCUUCUUCCAGUAUGAUUUUAGUGAAGAAGCUAUGCUGGUUUUUAUUUUAGGUUUUUAAAAUGUAUUUUAUGGCUGCUCUUUCUAAAAUGUUGGCUUUAUAUUGCUUCUUUUAAGCUAUUCAGCGAAUUUUAUAAGAGUGUGGUGCUGGCAUUUGGAAUUAUGUUUACUGCUGUUUCAGUAGGAUUGCAUUUCCUUGGAAUUAUGUUGUUGUUAUUUUUAUGUGAGCAGCCUUGGGAGCCUUCAGCCUUAAACACUGCCUACACCCUUGGGGGUAGGCAGGCUUCUAAACGAGGAAGGUAGCCUCUGUGUCAGGUUCUACAGUGUCCUGGCCUUGAAGCCUGAGUUCUCCUUUUUGGUAACCCAUAGGAAGAAUCUGAGUGAGAGAGGGAGUGUUGUGAUCUGGGGAGGGGAGGGGCUUGUGGAAAACCCCAAGGGCCAAAUGGAGAGGGCCUCCAAUUCUAAGGUUCCCACACUUGUUCUAACUAUGUGAGUUGCAUCCAGUGUUAGCCCUCCUCAGAGUAAAGGUAAAGGUAAAUGGACCCCUGACCAUUAGGUCCAGUCGUGACCGACUCUGGGGUUGCGGCGCUCAUCUCGCUAUAUUGGCCGAGGGAGCCGGCAUACGGCUUCUGGGUCAUGUGGCCAGCAUGACUAAGCCACUUGUGGAGAACCAGAGCAGCGCACGGAAACGCCGUUUACCUUCCCGCCGGAGCGGUACCUAUUUAUCUACUUGUACUUUGUCGUGCUUUCGAACUGCUAGGUUGGCAGGAGCAGGGACCGAGCAAUGGGAGCUCACCCCGUCAUGGGGAUUCAAACUGCCGACCUUCUGAUCGGCAAGUCCUAGGCUCUGUGGUUUAACCCACAGCGCCACCCGCGUCCCUCCUCAGAGUACAUCCACUGAAAUUAAUGGACAGGACCAUUAAUUCAAGUGGGUCUAGUAAAAUUUAGUUGAAUACAACCCUUUGCCUUCUUUGCACUUGACUCUGGUUGGUAGAACUCGGGUUUACAGUAGAAGACAAAGUAGACUGAACAAGCCUGAAGUCGGCCCAACCCUGACUUGCUGCACUGCGGAAGCAAAUUGAGGGGUGGAGGUGGGGAAAAAAUCUCACUUUUGUAUGCAUGAAAACUGCCAAGAUGACAAUUUUUAACACUUACACGAGGCAAACUGUUGGGUUUCAAAUUGGCAAACAACUUGUUAUGACAGCACAUUGAUGGAUCGCUUCAUAAAGACAGAAUGAAUAAAAGGAGUCUCAGCUUGGGAAAGAAGAAGAUUGUUAGCGAUGGGGGCUGAUCCUUCCACCGCUCAGCUGGUGCAAGGUCUGGAUGGGAAUACGUAGAAGAUGGUGAGCAUUCUGAGGUUCAGGGAUAAAGGUAGCAAUGCCUGUCCAAGGGAAUUGGGGAUACUUUUGGAGAAAGUGGACUAGCUCUGGUGAUUAUGGGAAAAGCUAAUUGGGCGUCAUGAGAUCAGCUUCAAAGGUGUGAAUUAUGGGAGAGAGAGAUGGCGUAAAACAUUGACUGAGCUCAAAAAGAGGUUGGUCAUCAGUGGCCACAGGCUGAAAAGGUACAUAGAAGAGCUGUAGCUCAACGACAAAGUACAGGCUUCCAUUGUGAAAGGUCACGGGUUCAGUCCCCAAGGGCAUCUGUAGGUAUGCCUGAAACCAUGGAAAGUCGCUGUCAGUCACUGUAGACAAUACUGGACCGUUAGCCUCAUUUUGUAUAACACAGCUUCCUAAGUCCUCAUCCCACAACAUUAGGUCCUCAAAGGCCAAAGCCAGUAGACUGAACUGGGAUUUUAACCACCUCAUUAACUAGUUGCAUUUGUUUUUUCUGUUACCACCUCCAGUACCGGAAGUGAGUCAGGAACAACAACAACAAAAAUGACUGAGAAGGUAGGGAAGAGGUAGGAAACUUUUUUCAAACUGAGGGUCACAUUUCCUUCUGGACAACAUUCUGGGAGCCACAUGGCAGUGGUGGGUGGGACUAGAGGCAAAGUUGGGCGGAGCAGCAAAUCUGAAUUUUACCCUUGUGCACUAGACUCGUUUCAACACACACUUGCACAAACCCCUCUCUAGCUGCCAUCCUGGGAAGCAAAAGGCAUUAUCAGGAGUUCAAGGGCAUAUUCUAGCCAGGCAAGAACACUUGUGGUGCAAAGCAGUGUCAGUGAGGGUUGUGCCCUGUGGUGAGUUCUGAGGGCCAGAUAGAGUGGCUUGGAGGGCCACAUUUGGCCCUUGGACCGGGGGUCCUCUAUUGAAAUAGGACAUGAGAAAUGAAUGCAGGGAAGGGCCCCAAAUGCUCCCUUCUUUUACUGAAGGGCCCCUACCCUGCUUUAUAAUUUUAUUCAUUUAAAAUAUUUAUAGGCCACCUUUCAGGGGAAAGCCCUGCCAAAAGCAGUCCUUGUACAUAAAAUGAAAACAUCUCAUCCCAAUAAAAUUGAUCCAAUAAAAUAGCGGUCCAAAAACAUUUCACAGCUCAGCCCUCGUGUAAUAAAAAAAGCCAAUGAGUGAGCUAAACAUAUAAAAGAAUUCCAUGCCUACCACAGUCGGGUCUAGUUUGGCUGUAACUCACUCGGCUUUGAGGUGUGAAUAUGCCAUUGGAUGAUGAACCUAGAACACAGAAUGAUGCACCUAGAACUUGAGACCAGAACCCACUUGGCAAUAUGACACAUUUAUGUAAAUGUGUAAUUAAUCUGCCCAAGUGUAGGCAGAAACAGAGCCAAUGACAGGCAGAGCCAACUAAUUCUAGUUUUGUGCCCACCCUCUUCCCUCCUGAGUUCUACAAGGGGCAAGAUGGAGACGGCAAGAUGGAGGAGAAAGCUAACAGCCAAUGGCGUCCUUUGGGCUGGCUUCAUAAGAAGGGAGGCAGGUGGAGGCUGGCUGAGGGAAGACUAAGGUUGGCAGGGCAGAGCCUCAUUUGCCCUAAUAGGCCAGCUUCCAUUGAUACUUGUCCAGAUUAAUGCCUGCUGAUACCGCAGGCACACAAUCAGAAAAGGUAUUCAGAUUCCAGCUGUUCUGCUGAUGAUCUCUAUCAGAACUUUCCCCCGUCUCUUUUUCUUUUUUCAAUAAUACUAAAAUCUGUUUUCUCAGCCUUGCUUUGACCUUUAAACUUCUUCUCCUGCACAAGCCUUGGGGCGGCUGCUCCAGCUUUUAAAUCAUGUAAAUGGCAGCAUUACACCUACUUGCUGAAUGAUUAAUUUGGCUUUGAAUUGCUGCCUGACUUUGAUAGGAAGGGGGAGGCAGGUCUCAAGGGUCUGAUUAUGUGAAUCUUAGCUCAGUUGGGGGUGGGGAGAGAGGUGGGAAGGCUAAUUAAUUACACAUUUACUAUGGGGAAUUUUUUUUUAAUGCCACCUAAGCUGCUAUUUUUCUGUUGGGUGCAGCUACAAAGUGUAAUUCCAAGUAAAACAGCUGCCAGGAAGCCUUUAACCCUUGAAGUUUGCUUGCAAUACAGGAUUUAUUUAUUUCUCUUUCUCUCACACACCUCAACCUCGCCUCCCCAUCCAGUUCACCUGCAUAGUUACUAAACACUAGACUGGAGACAAAAUUUCUCCCUCAUUUCUGAUAACGUUCUGUUGUAUUUUUGUGCUCUUCUUGAAAGAGACGGCCAUUUUGUUGAAUAUUUUCUGCAAUUUUUUCCCUUGUGGUGGCCGCCAUUUCCUCCCUCAGUGCUCCAGAAGAAUGCUGGGAUGUUGUUGUGGGCAAUGCAGUGGCAGCUGCUAUUUGCUGCUGUAGCAGAACAGAAGAAGAAAAACCCUAAAAGAAGGUAAUUCUGCAGCGUCUCAACCCUAGGAACUGUUGGAGAAAUUUUCCUUGCCUCCUCCCCCAAACAGGAAUACUCAACAAAAUGGUGUCCCCAAUAUUGCUCCCUGAAAAUGGGGUGGGAAAGCUGGGGAUGCCAGUUUUCCUCAGUUAUUAAACGAAAAACUCAAUUUCUAUGGUUAGUCAUUAGUUGCUGGUGUGGGGUUUUUCUGUUACGAGUGCUUUCAUCUGGGAAGGUUUAUAUCCUGAUCUUUUGCGGUAGCCAUUUGGAAUAUUAAUCCACCAGAUGGAGCAGAUGGAGCUCUAGCCUGCUCCAAGUUGGGUCACACCAGCACCACUUCUACCUUUCAAACAUAAAGGAUGAUAAUGAUGCACUAUGGCAGGGAUGGGGAACCUCAGGUCCAGGGGCCAAGUUGUUCUAUAGGCUUCUCUGUCUGGCCCUUAGAACUCUCCCCAGGCCACACCAACCACUGGCCCUGUUUUGCACCAAAAUCGUCUUUUAAUUAGUUGGAAGGUGUCCUACUUGGGAUGUGUGUAGAAACUAGUCCCCUGAACAAAAGUAAAUUUUGUUGCUUCACCUGCUCCACUGGCAUGUGGCCCUCAGAAGAUUGUCCAGAAGGAGAUGUGGCCCUCAGGUUGAACAAGGUUUCCUACCCCUGCAGUCUCCCAAAACAAUUCCAGCUCGUAUGGAGUGGUGGUGUGUAAGGGUCAGGGGCCCCUAGAAAAAGGGGUGUUUGGCAUCAUAUCUAAAAACAGAAGCCCAGAUAAUUGAUCCCUCACAACCUCUGGGUAUGGUGUCACUUUGCAUGGAAUGGGAUGUGGAUUUAUUGCAUAUACAGUGGUACCUCAGCUUACAUACGCUUCAGGUUACAUACACUUCAGGUUACAGACUCUGCUAACCCAGAAAUAUUACUUCGGGUUAAGUACUUUGCUUCAGGAUGAGAACAGAAAUCAUGCUCCGGCAGCGCGGCGGCAGCGGGAGGCCCCAUUAGCUAAAGUGCUGCUUCAGGUUAAGAACAGUUUCAGGUUAAGUAUGGACCUCUGGAACGAAUUAAGUACUUAACCUGAGGUAUCACUGUAGAUCUAAUUAAAAAGCUGCUGCAAAGAUGGAAGUAGCAGGAUUUUGGACAGAUACAGUGAAGGGGGGAAAGUAUUUGAACCCCUGCUAUAUUUGCCCUUUUGCCAUCUGAUGAAGAAAUGACCAGUCCAUAAUUUUAAUGGUAGGUUUAUUGUAGCUGUGAGAGACAGAAUAACAACAGGAAAACCCCCAUAAACCCAGAAGACAAAAGUCAGAGAUUGAUGUGCAUUAUAAUGAGUGAAAUAAGUAUUUGAUCCCCUAUCAACCAGCCAGAUGUCAGGCUACCUGGUAUCUUCACUGUAUGUAAGGAGCUGAGAUUAGAGACACCUGCUGUAAGGGAGAGGUCUUACCUGUAAUCCCAGCUCGUUAUAGUACCUGUACAAAAGACACCUGUUGACAGAAGCAAUCAAUCCAGCAGAUUCCAAAGUAGCCAUCAUGACCAAGACCAAAGAGCUGUCCAAGGAUGUCAGGGACAAGAUUGUAGACCUGCACAAGGCUGGAUUGGGCUACAAGACUAUUGCCAAACAGUUUCGUGAGAAGGUGACAACAGUUGGUGCAAUAUUUCGCAAAUGGAAGAAACACAAAAUAACUGUCAACCUCCCUUGGUCUGGUGCUCCAUGCAAGAUCUCAUCUCGUGGAGUUGCAAUGAUCAUGAGAACAGUGAUGAAGCAGCCCACAACUACACAGGGGGAAUUUGUCAAUGAUCUCAGGGCAGCUGGCACCAUAGUCACCAUGAAAACAGUUGGUAACACACUACGCCGUGAAGGAUUGAGAUCUUGCAAAGCCCGCAAAAUCCCCUUGCUUAAGACAGCCCAUGUACAGGCCCGUCUGCAGUUUGCCAAUGCACAUCUGAAUGACCCAGAGGAGAACUGGGUGAAAGUGUUGUGGUCAGAUGAGACCAAUAUCAAGCUCUUUGGCAUCAACUCAACUCUCCGUGUUUGGAGGAGGAGGAAUGCUACCUACGACCCCAAGAACACCAUCCCCAUCGUCAAACAUGGAGGGGGACAAAUUAUGCUUUGGGGGUGUUUUUCUGCUAAGGGGACAGGACACCUUCACCGCAUCGAAGGGAUGAUGAUCGGGACCGUGUAUCGUCAAAUCUUGGGUGAGCACCUCCUUCUCUCAGCCAGGGCAUUGAAAAUGGGUCGAGGGUGGGUAUUGCAGCAUGACAUUGACCCAAAACACACAGCCAAGGCAACAAAGGAGUGGCUCAGGAAGAAGCACAUUAAGGUCCUGGAGUGGCCUAGCCAGUCUCCAGACCUUAAUCCCAUCAAAAAUCUAUGGAGGGAGCUGAAGGUUUGAGUAGCUACACAUCAGCCUCAAAAUCUUACUGACUUGGAGAGGAUCUGCAAAGAGGAGUGGGACAAAAUACCUCCUGAGAUGUGUGCAAACCUGGUGGCCACCUACAAGAAACGUCUGACCUCUGUAAUUGCCAACAAGGGUUUUGCCACCAAGUACUAAGUCAUCUUUUGCAAAGGGAUCAAAUACUUUUUUCACUCAUUAUAAUGCACAUCAAUCUCUGACUUUUGUCUUCUGGGUUUAUGGGGGUUUUCCUGUUGUUAUUCUGUCUCUCACAGCUACAAUAAACCCACCAUUAAAAUUAUGGCCUGGUCAUUUCUUCAUCAAAUGGCCAAUGGGCAAAUUUAGCAGGGGAUCAAAUACUUUCCCCCCUCACUGUACAAAAGGGUUGUUCAUUUAAAAAAUGGAUGGAAAGGGUGUGGUAAAAAGUCCUGGUGGAAAAGUUUAACAUUUAAAAAAUGGAUUAUUGAAAUGGCAAAUUGAAACUAAUGUGCUUUCAGCAACAUGGCACCUUUCCAUCAUGUAUGCAAAUAAGAACACUUCGCCAUAUGCGCCACUAGCAGAUCAGGCUAAACUUUGAGUUAAUAUCGUCUAGUAGAAUUGGGUCAAUAGCGACAAGUAGAAUUGAUGUGUGUGCUGUUGUGGCAUCCAUAAGUUCUGGAGAAACACAGAUUUCAGACUGGCACCUAAAGGGACUUUGCAUAUAACAGCGGGAUUCAGUCACAUACUGGCAAAUUCAGGUUUCGUCGUUACAGGUGACUGGGAGGUCUUGAGCAACAGACUUACUUCUCCAAAAGAUUGGAAAUUCUGCAGUAAGGAAAGUGAUGGGGUAAUGCACUGGCAAGUGUGGGGUGGCGUUUGCUUUGACACAACUUCAUCUAACCUCCAUAAUGACAAUCAGAUCAGUCUGUCUGUCCCUCCAGAGUCCAUUUUCAGUCCCUGUCUCUGCUGCUUAAUCAACUUCAAUCCCCACCCUCCCACCACAUGCAUUUAUGGAGUUAACAGUUACAGGCAACUCUUAGUUCAUGUGGGAGUUACAGUCUGGGAAUAGCGCGUAAAGCCUAAAGACAAAAUUGUGUACAAUCAAAACACAUAGGCUACUUUAGCAAUUUCCAAUGAAAGUAGUGUGGCUGGGCAUCCAGACCCAUUGAUCCUCCAUUCAGCCACCUUUCCUUGUGAUUGGCAAGACCUAGCCAAUCAGGAGUCCUUGGGACACAGCCAGUUGUACGAGAGGGGCAUUCCUGGCCAAUGCCCAUAACCAAUCAUGUGCUUGCUGUGAAGUUGCAGCUUCGCCCAGUACAGGAUGAACUCUUGACUGGUGCACCCCUCCCUCUCCUUAAGAUGGGGGUACCAUGUACAAUAAAGGAGGAGCAACGAAGUAGGAGGAGUAGCAGACACCAGAGACCAGGGGGAAGCAGGCAGCACCAGGUGCCUCAGCAAAGGUGAAAUUCUCUCUUCUUUCUUGCUUUUACGGUCCCCUUUGCAAGGGAGGCAUUACAGGAUGUCAGAAAGGGGCUUCACUGCAGCUAUAGCUCUUUCUUUCCCAAAGAGUAGCCAAGGAGGGGACAGUUCCACUUCUUUCUUGCUAUUUAUAAAUGUCCCCUUUGCAAGCGAAGGAUUGGAGGAGGGACUUCCCUGCAAGUAGUAGUCUUCUUUACCCACUCUGCAUUCUUCUUUCUUACACCUUUGAUGGCAUAUUUUCCUUCCCUUUUUUCCCAUUUCCCCCUGAACAUUGGAAGCUGCCUUAUAUUGAGUCAGCUCAGUAUUGUCUACAUGGAACUGGCAGUAGUGCUCCAGGAUUUCAGACAGUGGUUUCUCCCAGCCCUACCUGGAGAUGCCAGAGAUGAUGAGGACGUUGGAGAAAAAAGGCUUGUUCUAUUACGUUUCUAUCCUGCCCUUCCUCCCAAUGCAGUCCAGGAUAGCAAACAUGCAAGUAGUAAAAAAUAAAACAUUUAUAAAACAAUCCCAAUAUAGAUGCAGGCUGGGAAAGAUCUCUACUUAAUAUGCUUCCUGGAAAAGGAAGGUAUUUAGUAGGUUCCAAAAAGACAACAGAAAUGGUGCCUGUCUAAUAUUUAACAGGAGUGAAUUCCGAAGGGUAGGUGCCACAACAGUAAAGACCCAAUUCCUUUACAGUGGUACCUCAGGUUAAGAACUUAAUUCGUUCUGGAGGUCCAUUCUUAACCUGAAACUGUUCUUAACCUGAGGUACCACUUUAGCUAAUGGAGCCUCCUGCUGCCACUGCGCCGCCGCCACACAAUUUCUGUUCUCAUCCUGAAGCAAAGUUCUUAACCCGAGGAACUAUUUCUGGGUUAGCAGAGUCUGUAACGUGAAGCAUCUGUAACCUGAGGUUCCACUGUAUUUUGCAGAACGGACCUCCUGAUAAGAUGCUAUUGCAGGAUGCCCUCUCCUGCAGAAUGCAGCCAUUGACUGAGUAUAUAAGGGGUAAGACAAUCUUCCAAAUAUUGAAACUGAGUGCUUUUGCCCUCCCCUCCCCUUCCCCUUCCACCCUGCCCCCCAAAGGGAGAGAAUAUUGCCUUAAUUCCCUCUUCUUUCUUGAUUUUAUGUUGCCCACCCCUGUUGCUCGUAUUUGAAGAUCGGGAAUUUCCCUCAGCUAGAAUUAAUAUUGCCCAGUGUUUCUUGAGUGGGGCAGGGGCUCCUGUGGAAACUUAUCUAGAUCUAAUGAUUAAAAGACAAGACCCCCCAGGGUUGGAGGGUACACAGAGGAGUGGGAGGGAAUAGGCUGAAAUAAUUAUAACAUGCCCUUCAGAAGGGAAAGGGAUUAACAGCAGAAUAUAGGAGUGGUCUCUUUGAUCUUCUGAUAUGUCUCCUCUCUCUGGGAGUUGUGUCUGUGUCCCAGUUUCCUGUGCAAAGCAUUCUCUCCACCCAGGCCCUUUACUAUUUUUGAGUAUUAGAGAUGGGGAACAAAUGGUUAAACGGUCCACAGUAACUUAAUUUAGCCAAAAGAAAACAGGAAAAGACAGGAAGGGGGGGGCAAUAAACUGCCUUGGUGAGGACUACAUGCUUGAAGACACAUGCUACUCACUGAGACCUGCCUUCUUUUUAAAAAAAUAAUAAUAUGGCACUAAUAAACUAAACUUCUUUCCAGACUUCAUAUCGCUGGCUUAUAAAGGGUAACAAUCAGAUUAUAAAAUGUCUUUCCCUGCCUCUCCUUGUGUGUCACCUUCUGAUUUUAUGGGUAUUUUCUUCUCUUCUUGCUCUUUCUCUUGAGGUUUGCUUUGGUGACUGAACAAUAGAUGCUUGAACAUAUUUCGACUCUUGUGAUCUUUUGUUGUCUUCUCAUAAGCAGUUUUUUUAAAGCAGAUGCCUUGUAAGGUGACUUUGCUUGCCUGCGAAUGUCCUCCUUUUAAUUACGCAGCAAGGAACAUAGGAAGGUGCCUUGUACUGUGUCAGACCAAUGGUUUGUCCAGCUCAGCAGUGUCUACACUGACUGGAAGCAGCUUGCCAGGGUUACAGAUAGGGUUGGGAAUGUCCCCUUUCGUGAGAUGCUGGGGACUGAACCUGCCAUCUUUUGCAUGCAAGGGACACGCCACUGAGCCAUAGCAGCAGAUCACUCAUAGAUCCUAAACAUUCAAGAACUUAAGGCCUGCAGCUUCCAGCCAAGAAUGUGAGCAGCUGGUGUGUCCUGGCUGGAAGCGAUGCGUGGGCAGGUCUAACUCAAGUUUGUCAAAUCAGUUUCAUUUUGCCCUGGUCCUAUUUUGUCCUAAUUUCCUAGGAGAGUUUGCUUCUAAGCACUAAACUGGGAGCUGUCUGAUUCCCCCUGGAAUGCUAGAACUGCUUGCUGUGAUGAUGAUAUAAUGCUGUUGACACCCACAACACAAAUUUUGUGUGUCUAUGUGUGCGUGCAUGUGCACUUUGGCACCACAAAGUUUUGUGCCACAAAGAAGCCCUUCGUGCAGAAUCAGCUUUUUCUAAAAAUGACUGUCCACUAUUUUAGUAGCUGAGAAUUACUGUCCUUGCUGCUGAAUUAUCUCAAACUAUUUUAAUGCCCCAGGGAGACACUGGCCAGUCUCUCUUUCCACUGUACAUGUAUGGUCAUUUUUGAGAAGGUGUCAAAGUUCCCUUUUAUAGUCAGCACCCAUUUUGCACAGUGAACACAGCUUAGUGAGCACACACUCUCUCCUUCACAUCUAGCGUUUUCUAUAUACUUGUAAGGGAUUUAGUGGGGCAAACUAAACAUCCCAUUGCAACUGCAUGAAGGGGGAGGCCCCUAAUUGCACUGGGCAGUAGAACAGCUUGAUCCUUUUCCUUCCAGUAGCUUUUCCUCUGAAGCACCACCACCCAGUUUCCCAGGCCCUUGCAAACACAGCUCUGGAACUCCACGCAGGGUAAAAGUAGGCGAGGGGGAAAGUGACAGGGGUCACAGUCACAUGAUACAUUUAAAGCUCUACAAUACCACUUCAAGCAGUGAAUGACUUGCCCCCAAAGAACCCUGGGACUUUGUUACAGGUGCUGAGAGUUGUUAGGAGACCCGCUAUUCCCCUCUCAGGGCUACAAUUCCUAGAGUUCCUUGUGAAGAGGGAUUGAUCAUUAAACCACUCUGUCUCAGUGGGGGAUCUCGGGUCUGGGAACUAAAUGUAGCCCUCAAGGCCCCUCUAUAACUGGCCCUCUAAACCCUCUGCCCCCCCAACUCAGAUUUAAGGUUAGAGUGCAGAAAGGGUGGUGGGGAGCAGAGCGAACACAGUUGCAUGAAGGCUGUUGUGCCUGUAAAGGUAAAGGUAAAGGGACCCCUGACCAUUAGGUCCAGUCGUGACCAACUCUGGGGUUGCGGCGCUCAUCUCGGUUUAUUGGCCGAGGGAGCCAGCGUACAGCUUCCAGGUCAUGUGGCCAGCAUGACUAAGCCGCUUCUGGCGAACCAGAGCAGUGCACGGAAACACCGUUUACCUUCCCGCCAGAGUGGUACCUAUUUAUCUACUUGCACUUUGACGUGCUUUUGAACUGCUAGGUUGGCAGGAGCUGGGACCUAGCAACGGGAGCUCACCCCAUCGUGGGGAUUUGAACCACCGACCUUCCGAUCGGCAAGUCCUAGGCUCUGUGGUUUAACCCACAGCGCCACCCGCAUCCCUUGCUGUGCCUGUAGCUUUCCCCAAAGCAUCUGGCUGGCCACCAUAAGAAGCAGGAGUCUGGUAGAUAGCUCUCAGGUAUGGCCCAUGAGGACUCUUCUUGUGUUGUCCACAUUAUUCGUAUUUCUUUCCACAGUGCUCAGGGUGGUGUUUAUCAAAUGAGGUGGCUGCUGGUUGUUCCAUUUUUAACUUCACAACAACCCUGUGAAGCAGUUUAGGCUAAGCAUGGUUGGCACAAGGAGGGAGGGUGCUAUUGCAGAAAUAAGAGGAGGAGUGUCUGUGGAGUAAAGUAUGAUUAAUUCAGCCCAAUGUCGGCCACGGAGCUUCAUGCUUUCGCAUGGAUUUGAACCAAGAUCCCCCCACCCAUUCCCACAAAACAGGGAUGGGCAAAUCUGUCACUUCCGUAUCUCUCAAGUUUCUCAUUUUUCCCAAUCUCGAAUUAAACUCUUUGCAUUUCUACAUCAGUGUGCAAAUUAUUUUUAUUUUUAAAUCCUCAUGAAAAUUCAUCAGCAUUUUAGUGUGCAUUUCUCCUAAUAAACACUUCUUUUUUGCAAAGCAGUUAUCUCAAAUAUAAUGCAUUUUUGGUAAGUUAUUUUCAUGGAUCACUUUACUCCGGUGCCUGCCUUUUUGUACACAUUACUUGGCUGGAGAAUCCGGUGAAGUGCGAAUUUUGAAGGAUGGCUCUGCUUUCGUUCACAUACUGUUUCGGCAAUUGUGAAUUAGCAAAGCUUGCCUAACUGGGUCAAAUUUCUCCCCACCUCUACCCUCUGUCUGCUCUGCUGCCUCUUUCAGCCUAUACCCUUUGUACUCUUCCUUGGUGCUGAUCAGUGUUCCCUCUUGUGCUGAGCUCACCUGAAGCCUUCAUUCUUUGUCUUCAUUUCUAAUUCACAGACCUCUUUUCUUUUGCUGUCUGCUCCACCUCCAACCUUUUCUAAGCGCACUGAGUGGUUUGCUUCCUAGGAAAUGCUGGGCCCAGAGCAUCUGCAGAGCUGUGUCUCUGCCAAAGGCUUUGAAGCAGGCUCUUUUUUGGAUUCCUCUGCACUUGGCUGGCUUUCCUGCCAUCCUCCCUCUCCUCUAUCCUGAUCUCCUGAGAUUGAGCCCUGAUUGGCAAAUGCUUUGUCUGUGGAGUAGAAAAUUUUGUCUAGGAGGCGAAAUGGGCAAAGCUCUCUGCUUCCUAUCAAGACAAAUGUGGCAUUCUAACAAGCUCCCCUGGAGCAACAACUUCUUCUUCUUCUUCUUCUUCUUCUUCUUCUUCUUCUUCUUCUUCUUAACUUCCCAAAACAACAUGCGAACCAAAGUACGGGCUUUCUUCAAAAUUGCAGUUCUUUGAAUUUUGCAACGCAGUUCUCCAACCAAAAGUAUGCGUAUAUUAGGAGAACAUGUGCAUGAACAUUAUUAUUAAUUAUCAGAUUUAGAGGCUUUCCUUUCUCCUAACCUAGAGAGGCAAACAACAAGAGAUAAAACAUCUUGAAAAUAAUUUCAGUACAGAUGCAGACUGAGAAAGUUCUCAACAAAAGAGGAUGACCUUCAGUAGGUGCUGAAAAGACAACAGAGAUGAUGCCUCUAUAAUAUGUACAGGUGGGGCUACCUUUGAAGGUGACUCUUUAUUAGAAGACACAAAGCCUGCUCAAAGGUGCCAGGUCUAAGGAGCACAGCAACUCUUCUCAGUAGGUUCCCCCCCCCCCAUGAGGCAGUUGUGGAGGCUGAUGGUGGCACAGUGCUUUCCCAUUUCACCCUGCUUGCUUUGCAUGCUAUGUGUUUUGCCUGGUGCUAAUGAGCUUUGCUGUUUAGCCUCUGUGUUGUUUUUUCUGUAAAUUAAAUUAACACUGAGAGCAUGUCUCAGUGGGUGUGCAUUUGAGUGCCGAUCAUAACACAGUAGGGAGGUUGGGAGGAAGGCCUUCAGGACCCACCAAGCAUAUUCUGCCAAGAGGGCAGAGCUUACCCUUUGCAUCCAAAACAGACCCUCUGUUUCCUUUUUACCUGCCCCGGAGCAUCUUGAGCGGCUGUUGCUUGCCUCUUCUUGUGUGUGUAAACAGAUUGAAUGCUACUAGGCACAGCUGAGGCUCAGGAGGGGAAUAUAGAUGCUCAUGUGUGUACAUGCACAGACACGGACACACACAAAUUUGAUUCAGCUCGCAUUUAAAGGCAAACCUACCUAAUUUAUAAGGAAGUAUGCAAAUGGAACCGCAGCCAUCCUUCAGAAUUCUCACCUCUCCAAAUUUUGCAAUGCACUUCUCCAGCAAAAAAAAAGUACAUACUGAGGUCAAGUGUGCACAACAAUGCAUAUAAUACUGAAAAUAGCAUACAAGAAUGCAUUAUAUUAGGGGUAAUUGCAUACAAAAAAUGUGUGCUAUAGGGAUAAAGGUAAAGGUACCCCUGACCGUUAGGUCCAGCCGCGGAUGACUCUGGGGUUGCGGGCUCAUCUCGCUCUAUAGAUAAAUGCACAUACAAAUGCGUAUGAAUUUUCAUGAGACUGCAAACUGAUGUGGAAAUGUGAAGAACUGGCCUGAAUACUAGGGAGUGGAGAAACUGAGAGAAACUGAAAUGGACAGAUUUGCUCAUCUCUACACAUGGUUCUAAUGAGAGAAAAGAAUGCUAAUUGAAGGGAAAUGAAAUUGAUCACAAGGCAUUGGAGUGGAAAUACACAUUCCACUCUCUCCUUCUCACAAAACGUGCUUUCUGCAGCUGUAAGAGAAGCAGAAAUUCAACAGGUGCAGGGGCAAAGAAGGCUGUAUCUCUGCAUUGCAUCUGUUGCAUUUCUUCCCUGCCAUGUGCCUCUUAUAGCACCUCUGCUGAGUGUGGUAGUAGGAAGAUGAUGCUUGAGAUGUUGGUAUGUCAGACUCACUGGCCUCCCUUACAUUGUGCAGGGUACAACUGUUAGUUGUCUUCCGUGUUACUGAGGUCCGGUUGGCCCCAACCAGAAAUUGGGCAUUUAGUGUCACCACAAAUCUGUACUAUGCAACACUCUUUUGCCAGAGAUUCAACAGGUAUCACUCCUUUUGACUUUGGAGACAGUUUGUUUUGUAUUCCAAUAGGCUUAGGCAGUUGUUAACUAUUUUCCUGAGAAGCCAGUCAUUUUAAUGAUUGCUCUGUAUAGCUUUUAUUUUAUUUUUUUAAAUAAUGCCCUGAUGUUUUGUGAGAGGGCGGUAUAUAAAUACAGUGGUACCUCGGGUUACAUAUGCUUCAGGUUACAUACACUUCAGGUUACAGACUUCGCUAACCCAGAAAUAGUGCCUCAGGUUAAGAACUUUGCUUCAGGAUAAGAACAGAAAUCGUGCUCCGGCGGCGCAGCGGCAGUAGGAGGCCCCAUUAGCCAAAGUGGUGCUUCAGGUUAAGAACAGUUUCAGGUUAAGAACGGACCUCCGGAACAAAUUAAGUACUUAACCCAAGGUACCACUGUACAUUUAUAAGCAAACAGGCAUCUGGAGGACCACAGGUUCUAGGGCUGCCAUAUGUCCAGAUUUUCCCGGACAUUACUGGGAUUUCAAAGGUGAAUUGAAUUGACGGGGUGCCCUGGUUUUUACUUUUUGAAAUAUGGCAACCCUACAGGUUCCCUAUUCCUGACAUAGGGCAAACAUGGUAGGUCCCAGGAAGGAGAUUACAGCCCCUUUGCUCCUCUCCUGCUCCUCUUAGCUCAGCACAAUAGCUAAGACAAGGGCUAUCUUAGUCCAACUUACCGCAUUUUUCGCUCUAUAGGACACACUUUUUCCCCUCUAAAACAAGGUGCGUCCUAUGGUCACGUCCUAUAGAGCGAAAAAUCUGGUACUUGCCUGCUGCUCCUCUUGCUUGCUCAUUUCAAAUCCCAACCCCCGGCCACCACAAACCCUAGUUUGCUCACCUACCACCCCACUCACCUGCCCCUCCACCUGCCUGUUUCAGAUUCUCCCCUUACCCCGGAGCAUGUACAGUCCAUCACCAGUGUGACAAUGGACUAGUGCAAAUAGAUAUCACACAUACACACACUUAUAUAUGUACAUAGGAAGCUGCUGCCCUUAUUGAGUCAGAUCAUUGCUCCAUGUAACUCAGUAUUUAUUAUCAGCACUGACUGACAGAAGCUGUCCAGGGUUUCAGACAGGGGACAAUUCCCAGCUUUAUAUGCAGGUGCUGAGGGCUGAACCUGGAACCUUGAGCCACUGAGGUGCUGUACCCCUAACCUAUGGUCCUUUCCCAUGCACAUUUAUAAGGCACAUCUAGAAUCAAUUCUGAAUGCACACUUAACAUGCACACUUAGAAAUUUAAAUUAACAUAAAUUUAAAUAGAAACGCAGUACAUCUCAACGUGUACCCAUUUUCGCGAUGGGGCAUGUAACCCCAAAACCUGAGAGAUGAGAACACUCACAGCCUUGCUCCCUUUGCUCCUGUGCAGAGAGAGGGCUCAUGCAAGCAGCCAUAACAAAACACAUUCUCUCUGAAUAGCAAAUGCCACAUGUAAAAUGCAAAGCCACGCCAUUCUGCCUUUAUUCUCUGCAAUGAAAUGUAUGGUUUUUGCCAUUUAAAAUGCACACACACAAACCGACAACUCUGUUCUUUGCCAAGGAAAAAGAGAAGGCAGCUGUCCCCAUGAUAAACUGUGGUACUCCUGCAAGUACAGUACAUCUGCAGCAAAACAAAACAAGAAAUGUUUGCUUUGCCAAUUUAUUUCCAGAGUUAGGAAGUUUUGCUGCUUAACUGUUUCUUUCCCACCACGGACCCCAAGAAGCCACUUGCUUUUGCUUCUAAAUGCACAGUGCAGGAGGUGGGCCAAUGCCUUGAGUACCAGCAGAUGAAUCCCAAAGCCCCUUUUGCCCCGCCUCCGCUUUCCCUGCACCCCCAGGGGAUAUUCCAGGCAGCCAGGAAGGAAGGGAGUGUAUGUUCCAAAGAGGCAGCAGAGUGCAAAGUGGUUUGCAACUGACUGCCGAAGAGAGACUGUGCCAGAGCCUUUCGCCGGCUGGGCUUCUCCUUGGCUGCGGCCCAGUUGGGAACAUGGAGCCGAGAGAGCUCCAAGGCCAGGGGACAAGUUCAUCUUCCCACAGUCCCUGUCGCUUUCAAAGGUCAAGGCUCUGUGCAUUGAAAUAGGCAUUAGUGGCUGAUUGUUUCCCUCCCACUUCCUUUGCAAUUUUGUUUGCCUGUUCCUCUGAGGGUCUGUUUCCUCCUCAGGGCAGAAGAACAUUAGCACAGUGUGGCGGUUAGAGAGUUGGAAUCCAGGGUUCUAAUAUCCACUUAGCCAUAAAGUCCAGUCACCAGCUCUCAUUUUAUCCUACCUCACAGUGUUGUUCUGAUAUUAAUAUGCAGAUGUCUGUUUAUAUCAGACAGAACCAAUGACAGGCACAACCAACUACUUCUAAUUUUGUCUCCAUCCUCCUGUCUACUGUGCUCUACAGAGACAACACUGGGACUAAGAAGAAGAAAACUGACAGCCAGUUCCACCACCCCAGUACAGGUUGCAAGUAAAUAUGUAGGUGGGUGGGGAUUGGCUAGGAGCACACUGAGCUUUGUGAGGCAGUGCCCCAUUUGCUCCAGUGGCCCAGCCUCCACUGAAGGGCCAUGGCUCAGUAGUCUGCUUUGCUAUGGAGAACUGCUGCCAGUCAGUGCAUAUAGUACUGAACUAGAUGGACCAAUGGUCCUAUUCAGUGUAAGGCAGCUUCCUUUGACACCACAUUGAGCUCUGUGGAGAAAAGGUGUGAUAUAAAGGGUUCAUGGCUGAUGCUGCAAAUGGCACCCAUACAUCCAGUCCUGGGGAAAACCAACAACCCCCACACACUGCAUGUGAAGAGCCAGUGUGGUGUAGUGGUUAAGAGCGGUGGACUUGUAAUCUGGAGAACUGGGUUUGAUUCCCCACUCCUCCACAUGCAGCUGCUGGGUGACUUUGGGCUAGUCACACUUCUCUGAAGUCUCUCAGCCUCACUCACCUCACAGAGUGUUUGUUGUGGGGGAGGAAGGGAAAGGAGAAUGUUAGCCGCUUUGAGACUCCUAAGGGGAGUGAAAGGCAGGGUAUCAAGUCCAAACUCUUCUUCUUCUUCUUAUGUGUAACAGGAAGGAGCCCAAACCAGUUCCAAGUUGGAGGGGGGGGCAGGCCAAGCAUUUCUCUGUGCCUCCUCCUCCAUUGGUGGGAAACACAACUCAGAGCAACACUAAGCAUGUGAGUCCAGCUGCCAUUUUUAUUUCCCAUAAUGCCUGCAGUGUGCUGUUGCUCAGGAGCAUUGUGGGAAAUAAAAAUGGCAUCUGAACCAUUUCAUUGUGUAGUGUCAUUGCUAGGCACAUUCAGGCCACAUUUCUUCCGAAGGGAGCAGCAGCUGCGCUGCUGAGCAAAGCCAAGCUACCACUUAGCUUCUUUUCUUUACUUUUUAAAGAGAAAACCUCAAUUGCUCUGUUGAAAUGUAAGUACACUCUCACCUAAAAGUGCUAUGACACACACAUACUCCAUCUGUCUAUAUCUAUCUAUCUAUCUAUCUAUCUAUCUAUCUAUCUAUCUAUCUAUCUAUCUAUAUCUAUCUAUAUCUAUCUAUCUUUAGGUGGAGUUUUUACACACAUACUGCUCUCCCCAAAGUGUCAAGAAAAGUUGAGUUUAAUAAUUUGAUCCAACACUUGUUGAAUGUGCUUGGGUUAUCACAGGCUGAGUCCCAGUAAGGCAGGUGUGGGGAGUCUCUAACCCAGGGGCCAGAUAUGGCCCUAGAAGCCUGUCGCCAUAAAAGCACCUCCUCUCCAAACAUCCCCCUCCCUCACCAGCCCUGCCUCAAGUGCUUUUACCAGACAGAAUGUAUCCUUCCACUGUGAUGAUAAUUCUUGCUUGCUUUAACUAAAAUUAAAAUCGAACUGAAUGAAAAAUUGCCCAAAUUCUCGCUGCAGAAGGAACUUAGUUCACAUUCAUUUCACCUGGAAUUACAGGAGGUACAUUCAGGUAUAACCCAGAUAUUUUUGAAUUAAUCCAGUGGAUUAGUUAAAAUCUUAAUUAGUUCAGUCCGAGCACUGAGAGAAAGGAAUAAUGGAUGUUCACUUGAUUCUCAAAGGAAGCUUAGGACUGAGAGGCUCAGUAGAGAGGAAUCUGUAUUCCAAAAGGAGUUUUUGCCUGGGAAGGAAUGGGGUGAUAGUUGUAGGUGAUCCAUGAAAAGACCUAGUCUGCUCAAGGCCGUAGCAAAAAUCUGUCUCCAUCACACCAGUGUACCUCCUUUCCCACUACCAUUAGUUGAAGAGCAGGCUGUUGAAUUGGUGCGAGUCGUGCGACAAUGCAGGAAUGUUGGUGCAUGUCUGUGAGUCCAUGACACUGGCUAACUUGAGAGAUAAGUUGAGCAAGCAAGCUAUUUAAUUUUUUUAGCUAGGGGUUUCCUUUGCACUCCAAAUAUCUCUCCUUCCGAUUUUAUCCCACCACCUGUUCUGGUGACACUUGCAUUUUGUCAUCUGCACGGACCUAGGAAGGCUCAGAAUCUGAGCCAGAUGGCUUGGGAUCAAAUAUGCAUGGAAACUCUUCCUGGUCCUGCUUUAUGCCUGGAAGCAGAGCGUUUAUCUGUGUCCGCUUCGUGAUACUAAUUAAAUACACAGAUAUCCUACACAGACCCUCCCUCUCACUUCCUAAAAUAUUGGAGGAAGGGAGAACCAAAUAUAGGACCCUAUAUUUUGUCUCUGCAUCUAAAUAAGUCAAUGGAUGUUCCCAUUGUUCAAUUACCCCUCCCUUUCCUUAGACAUUCAGCAAUCUUUCAGGUGGAAGGUGGUCCUGGCAAUGGCUGCGUGGAUUGUGUGCAGUGGCGCUGAGCACUUGCAAGCCAAGCAGCAAUUCUGCCAUCCCCCAAGCCCAGGGCCAAGAGGGCAAAUGAGAGAUUAGCAAGUGCUAGCAUGCAAAUUCAUUUCCUAUCUAUAGGGAUGGGUGGUUCUCAUUUCUACAAUCUUAAAUUCAGUUCUUCACAUUUCCACAACAUUUUGUGAUUUGUUUAUUUUAAAAUACUCCACGUUCAUCAGCAUUUUAGUGUGAACUUCUCCUAAAAUAUGCAUCUUUUGUGUGUGGGAUUUUGUCAUAUAUAAACAUUUUUGCACAUUUUUUCAGAAAUAUGUGCGGUUUUAUGAACACUAUACCCAGUUUGUGCAGUUUUGUAUGCAUUUCUUGGCUGUAGAAUUGCGCUCCAAAAUUGUGAAAAGUGCAAAUUUUGAAGGAUAGCUGUGUUUUAGGUCACAUAUUGUUUUGGAAACUGUGAAUUACGUUGGUUCACCUUUAAAUGUGAACUGAAUGAACACCCCCACAUGCAAACACAUCCCUACAUAUAUGUAUAGGCCACCCUAUAACAAAAGUUAUCACUACUGGCUACAGAAUAAAAAGGAGCAAGUUAAAAACACCCACAAUGGAAAAGUUAAUACUAAUAAGUACAUUGAUAGGGGGUUUGGCUAGAUGAUAUUUGAUGUCAUUCACAGUUCUCCAUGGUUCCACUAUUCUAACAUGUCCAAGAAUAUGUGCAUCUGGGACUUUAAAUUCCUUCUGCCCCAAUGGGCAUAAAAGCAUUCAGGAUAACACAUAACGCCUGUGUUUGCAGAAGUACAACAUUAGGACUCAAAAUCAACCCUACUGGGUUUUCCCAAAUGCUUAAAUUUCUUUUAUGUAUAAUGGUGACUAGUGAUUUUGAUUCCCUAAUUAAUAAGCUUUUUAAAAAAUCUGCUACAUCAUCUUUUUCUUAAACUCUUAUGCCCACCCACACUUAUGUGUUCUGGGUGCCAUCAUUUUUUAUUGAUGGAACAGACAGUUUGGAUUUUUACGAGACCACGAGGCAUCAGAUGGCUUGAGGACUAAAGUGUGGCAAGUGUGGUGGUUAGAGCUGGGGGGGGGGGCUUUUCAGCCCAAGGGCCGCAUGCCCUUCUGUGCCACCUUCUGUGGGCCACAUGCCAGUGCUGGCCAUGACCAGAGGCAAAAAGAGAGCAAAACAAGGAAAGCAAAUGUUAUCUUUCUUCAGUAGGCUAAUUUCUACACACAUUCACACUCCCCAUCUGUAUCCUCCAUCCAGGCAAGCAAGAGUCAUUAUCAGAGUUCAAGGAUUCACUCCAGCCAGGCAAAAAUACUCAAGGAGGGUGCAAACCAGAGUCAAUGAGGAGUAUGACUUGGAGAGAAGGUGUGGGGUUGAGGGCCAGCCUGACGGGAGCUAUUUGGUGAUGGGCCCGAGGUUCUCUAGCCCUGUGCUAAAACAAAUAAGAGCCUGCUGGGUCAAGCCAAUGGUCCAUCUAGUCCAGGAAAGUGUUUCUGAGGUGAUAGCAAGCAGCAAACACCAUUUCUGAACGCUUGUCGUUCCUGCUUGCCAUUUUAACUGUGAGUCACGUGAAGGUGCAAGUCAUGGGAUAUUAGGAAAAUCCCUGCUUGAUCUCCCAUAGUGGGUUUUAAGUAAGCUCCCAAGGAGAUAGCAUUUGGAGAUAGCAAGGUUUGUGAGGGUAGCAUGUGGCUCUGGAAGACAGAUGUCAAAGACUUUCCAUCCCAACGGCCAGAGUUGCUUCUGAGGCUUUGUGACUGAAGUCACUUCCCCUUCCCCUACACCAGUUCUGCCUCUCAUUUUAUAACUUUGGUCUGCAAGUGGUUAGGGCUGCUUUGAACCACCCAUAGCCUUUCAUAUUCAUUGUGGGGCCCAUACAGACAUCCUUUUUUAUUGUGCGUUCAUGAAGAUUUGUGCUCAUGGUGGUAUUGGAGCAGCUCUGUGUACUCCUGCUUUCAGAGGUGCAUUUAGGGCAGGGCAGCCUGUUCCCCUGAGAAGUGUAGUUUGUUAAGGGAGCUUGGAAUUACCACUCUGUGAAAGGUAAACUAUGAUUCCCAGGAUUCUUUGGCAGGGUGGAAAGAACGUGCUUUAAAUGUGUGUUGUGUACGCAACCUUUGACAGUUGGUGUCACCCAGGACUUGAUUCCCCAUUGUAUAGCAAUUUUUAAAUCACUUUAGUUCCUGCUCACAUUACAGUGUUCUCUGUGCUCACCGCUGUCAGGGAUUGAACUUGGGACCUUUCUGCCAGUUUCCACAUGGGCUGUACCACUCAGCAAUGUCUCCUCUCCAUACCACAUGCACCCUGUCAAAUCAGUGGUCCAUUCCAUCCAGAACUGUUUAUUAUGAUUGGUAGAGGCUCUCCAGUAUGUCUGAGGCAGGGGUGCUCUCUACUGUAGUCUCUUUAGCUGGAGAUGCCAAGUAUUGGUCCUGGGACCUUUUGGGUGCAGAACACAUGCUCUGCUACCAAGCUAUGGAAAUAGAAAUGAGGUUACACUAUAAAAUCAGAAUUCAGUUCAAAAUGCUUGCUGGAUUAUUAUUAUUAUUGUUGUUUUUAAUUUCAGUAGGCAACGGAAGUUCAAAAGACCUCAAUCUAAGCUGUUAUGGGCCUUGCAAAUUAAUACAAGAACCGUGAACCUGGGUAGGAUAUGGGUUUCACCAUCCUUUCCACAAACUUUCCAGGAGCUUCUUACUGAAAUUAUAUAAAAUUAACUCCUGUUUCUCCAGCUCUCUGUCGGCACCCAGCAAGGAAAUGGCAGUAACAAAUCAGAUACAUCGGCAGCACAUUCCGAGCUGCCUCCCCUGCAAAACUCCUGCCUGCCUCCUUUUUAAAUCCUAAAAGCAAAAUGCACCAAUCUUUAGAGGGACAGCAGAAGGGAGAGGGAGGAGUUGGUCGGUUGAAAGGAGAAAUACAUUUAAUCCCUUUAAUAUUUUAAAAUUUAAUUAUUUCCAAAUUAGGUUAGCGAGUCUGACAAGAAUCCUGCAUCUAAAGUACGGAGCCCAGGGGCAGCUUUGGAAAAUGAGACGAGAAAUUAAUAUAAAAAAAGGAACCCUUUCGCUUCAAGGCAGCAGACUGGAACACUGGCAUUCCAUUACUCUGUCUGUCUGCUGAAUUCAUUUAGCAUCUGUGGCUUAAAUAGAAUAGCUCUAAAGAGGCAUGCUGCAGGCUGCGCUUGGCUUGCUGAGGCAUUUCCCUCUGGAGGAAUCAAACCGCAUCAGAAAGAGGGUUGCAAUUAAAAUAAUUCGGUUUCCUGAUAAGAUAGCAAGAGGGUCAGACCAAAGGCCUGUCUAGUCCAGUGUUCCUCAGUCCCAAGCAGUAGACAUCCAGAUGUCCCUGAGAAAUCCACCAGCAGGAUAUAGCAAUCAGUUUAUUUGUUGCUUUUUAUUGUGCCCUUCUAAGGAGCUCAGGAUAAUGUACAACAUGCUCUUCCUCCUCCCCAUUUUAUCCACAGAACAGCAACCCUGUGAGGUAGGUUAAUCCGAGAGGCCAUGGUUGGCCCAAGGUCAUGCCGUGAGUUUCAUGAUUGUGGAUGGAUUUGAACUCAGGUCUCCUCUGUCCACAUCCAACACUCCCACCAGUACUCCAAUGGGAAACAGCCAUCUGUUCCUGUUUGCUCAGAAAGGCAUCCCACCCCUGAACACAAAGGUUGAAUAUGGCCAUUGAUGGAUAUGACCUCCAUUAUUUAUUAAGGUGGGGACUGCAACAAAAUGUUGCAAUUUGUCCAUCUCUAAGUUGGGGGGGGGGAGUAUUUAACGGUCAAAAGCAGCACUUUAAAAUUCAGUGCAGAAAUUGAUUGGAAGUCAGAGAUAGAACAGCAUAGCUAUAAUGUGACCAUAAUGCCCAGUCCCAGUUAGUAAUUUAGUACUAGCAUUCUGCACUAAAUACAGUUUCCAAACAGUCUUCAAAGGAAGCCCCGCCUACAGUGAUUUACAGUAGUCUAACUUGGAGUUUGCCAUAGCAUAGAUAUUUUAGCCUAGCCUAUCUCUUGUCCAGAUAGGGUUGCAGCUGGCAGACCAAGCAAAGCUUGGAAACAGCCACUGUGCUGUGGAACUGUGUCACUGUUAUAUAAUCCAGUUAAAAGCAAGCGUUCCAACACAGAAGAAGGCCGUGUGUGUGUGUGUGUGUGUGUGUGUGUGUGUGUGCAACUGUAGGAAGGUUAAAGCAGAGGCAGCAUUAAUUUUGCAACAACAAGCAAAAUUGCCUUGAUUGCAGCAGCCCACUGCUUUUUAGUCUGUGUUGGAGAUUAUCUUAAAAUGUUGCUCCUCUCCAGCCUGGCAUAGAUUUUUGGGUGAUUCUGGGCCAUCAAAGCUUUACAGCAGUUUCGGUUGUGAUUAUUACAUAGACUCUUAAUCCUGCUACUUGAUGCUAGACAGCCAGCUGGAAGGAAAGGCAGGGGGCGGGGAGGAGAAAGAUUCAUAUUUAAUUACAAAUGUUUCACUUCUGGGCAUUUUCAGCAACAUCUGGAGAGCAGGAGGAUGAAAGAUAACCAGCAGCACCUCCCACCAAGAUCAGUUGUGUCAAGCUUCCUGUUCUAAUCUGGCUGCUAUCCCAAGAUUUAUCAACAGAUACUAGAAAAAUACCUUGCAAGUGUAAGGUAGCAUAGGGAGCAGAGUCGUGGUUUACAAUGGAGAACGGUGUUGAUCUGAACAUACCAUUUUGCCUGUAUUUUGAUAUAACUUGGUGAAGGUGCAUCAAAAUGUAUAUAAAUUUAUGCCAUUGUGGAAGCACACUUGCUGCAUCAUGUAUAGAUGUACCUACUCAUCUCUAGGGUUUAGCUCAAUAAAAAGGUCUCUUUGUAGCAGAAGCUGGAUGCCCACAACACUGAUUGGCUAGUGUUUGUUAUGUCACUUGUCCUUUCUGUUGAGCCUAGCAUGGGUGGGUAAGCAAGGGCAUUUGGGCAGCACCCGUGAUAAUAAAUUUGUCCUCUGUGUUUCCAAUACAUUUACAGUAUGUAUUUUUAUUGCUGUAUUUUCUUCCUUGGCAUAAAUCUUAGUCUGGAGUAAGUCCUGUUGAACAAUGGUGUGACUUACUACUGAGUCAACAUACAGAGAGUUGGCCUGUUAGUCAAUUAAUCACACAAGUUCGCCUGUUCAUUAGUCAAUUAAGUUUGCAUGUAAGAAAAAGGCGAGAGUUUUAAAAAUAAAAUAAAGCAUACUUUGUUUUUGAGUUAUGAUGCACACAUAUGUCACCCUAAGCAUCACCUUAGAAGUAGAGAUUUCGUUUUCUCUCAUUUUCUCAUGAAAAUUCAUCAGUAGUUUAGUGGGCAUUUCUCCUAAUAUGUAUAUUUUUGCUAGCAAUUUCCCCUAAAAUAAUGCAUUUCUGGUAUUUUCAUUUGUAAGUACUGUCAUACCUCAUGUUACGUUUGCUUCGUGUUACGUUUUUUCAGGUUGUGUACCACGGCAACACAGAAGUACCGGAAAGGGUUACUUCCAGGUUUCGCUGCUCGCGCAUGGGCACAAGCGCCAAAUUGCACCGCGCACCUGCGCAGAUACAGUGCUUCAGGUUGCAGGCUUUUCAUGUUGCAAACGGGCCUCUGGAAUGGAUCCCAUUCGCAACCAGAGGUACCACUGUACACUUUCCCUUAAUAAGCACAUUUUGUACUCUUUCUCUCUCUCUUUCUUUUGCUUGAGGAACUGCAUUGCAAAAAUUCAGAGAAGUGCAACUUUUGAAAGGUAGCUGUGUUUCAUUUCUGCAGAUUAUUCUGAAAGAAGUGCGAAAUAGAUAGGAUUGCACUAAAAUGAGAAUCGAAUCAAAUUUCUCCCCUUAACUCCAGGAAGCUUUCUUUUUCUUUUUUCUUUUCUAGAAAAAAGCAAAAAGAGAUGUCUGAACCUCUGGACACCACUUAUUGGAAACUGCAGGUGGGGAGAGUUGUGCUUGUGGACUUCCCAUAAUGGACAUAUGAUUAGCAACCGUGAUAAUGUUUGCUUAUUUAUUAUAUUUGUUCGGCACCGUUUGCAAGAUGUGCCAAAGUGACUUGCAAAAUAUUAAAAUAUAGAACUUACCCAGCAUUCGUUUAAAAGGCAUAACCCAGAGGAAUAAUAAAAGUGUUCAUCCAUCAACUAUAUCAUUGUCUGCUAGCCACAAAAGGCUAUCAAUGGCUACUAGCCAUGAUUGCUAUCCUCUACCUCCAGUUGCUGGAAGCCACAGGAGGGAAGGAUGCUCUUGUGCCUGGUUCCUGCUUGCGAAUUUCCCCCAGGCAUCUGAUUGGACACUGUGAGGACAGAAGGCUGGACUAGAUGGGCCGCUGGCCUGAUCCAACAGCCAAGAUUUACAUUCAUUUACUUCCCUGAAAUGCUGUCUUCACCAUUAAUGAACCUCUUCUUAUAAAGCACCUCAAAGCAAUUUCACAUUGCAACAUAUAUAAAACAAUUGCAGGUAUAAAAACAAUUAAAACAACUGCCAGUACAAAAGCAGUUUCCAUUCCGGCUGGGGAUAGUAAAUCUCUUAAAAUGAUUACUGAAAAAGGAAAGUCCUUCCUAGCCGUGUCUACCUCAUUGAACAUCUGCUAGUGAGCAUGUCUGGUUCUGUGUACAGGGCCUUACCACUGUAGGCACUUAAUAAAUGUGCAAUAUAGUUUAUAUUACAGUUACUAGUUGCUGGGCAUGAUUCUUCCCUCUGGACAGACACCUUUUGUCCCCCGUGCUUGGUGGGCAGCUAAGCUGGAAUUGAUCAAAUGCCUGUCCUGUCACACUCUUCUCCCCUCCCCACCUCAAACCCUGUUUUAUUUCAAGAUUCUCCACUCUUUACACGAGGUUAGCUCACCUGUUCCGUGGCAGUCACAGCUUCAGCAAGCAAGCGUGGGUGUGCCUAUGAGGAAAAUUAAUGGGAACCAGUUAGGUUUAGCAGGGAACCAGAACAAUUAGGAGGUGACCUCCAGGAGCAGAAAAUUGUCUUCCUAUCAGGUAAACAAGCUCAGUCUCUGUUAUAAGGAAAGUAAAACCAUUGAAAGGGUGGGAGACUAGGCGAGCCUCCUGAGGCAAUGGCAGCAAUACCACAGAUGAUUUUUUUUCUUUUAGAAUGAUAGCAAAAAAGCCCCUUUCCUACCUGGUUAUGCUGGAGAACAGGUUUGGUUUACAAUUUUACCUGAAUAACUAUUUUAAUGUAGGUAUUAUAAGUACAGGGAAGAAGGUGUUAAAAAAAAUGGUGCCAGUAUUCAUAUAUUGGUGAAAGUGCUGUGGGUACCAGCUCAAAAUGUCUGCCAUGGGCAGCAGAAACUGAGGUUCCAAUUACUCAGUACCAGGAAAUAUUGUCCCCCCAAAAUCUCUGGAUACUGUAUACCUUUUACUGGAAAGGGAAAAAAUAGAUUAACCAUAUUUUUCUGUCUAUAAGACUCCCCCAUGUAUAGGACGCCCCGUAUUUUGGGGGACUCUGCUUUAAGAAAAUGGGGAAAGAUCUAUCCAUGUAUAAGAUGCCCCCAAAUUUUGGACAUUAUUUUCAAGGGGGGAAACCUAGUCUUAUACAUGGAAAAAUAGGGUAUAUUAACCCAAGUCAGUGUCUAUUGGUCCUACUUUCCACAGGACUGUGCUCUUUUUGAUGGGCUAAUAUUCCUCUUUCUGGUGGACAAACAAUUCACUCUUGGAAGCUGUCUUCUACAUAAGGGCACAACAGUACUCUUUCUAAUUGACAUCACCAGGAACUUGUAUUCACAGGUUGACUGGCUCUGAUACUGGAGAGAGAACAACACCAUUGUGGCUGGCAAUCUCUGAUAGCCUUACCUUCCACCUGGCCUACCCCAUGAUUUUUUUUCUAAUCCUCUUUUAAUGCCACCCAAGUUGGUGGCAAUCGCUAACUUUGCAGUGUGAACGCCCUAGUUUAACUCUGUGCUAUGUAAAGAAUUACUUUAUGUUUGGGGGGAGGGAGAGUUGCAGGGGUCUUGAAAUUGCCCAUCAACAGUUAGCACCUGGGUAACAGAUUGAACAGACGCACAGUUGGCCUCGUCACUGUCAGAUGUGUUGCAAUUCUAUUUAAAUCAUUAUUUGUACAUUUUCAUUUACAUAUAUAAUUUUUCAUAUCCUCUCCUUUGGUGAUGUGAAAGUAGGCCCUAGGCCCAAUGUCUCUGAAUUGAGCUUUAAAACUGGUUUCCGUAAACCAUAGUUUAGAUUAACCACAUAUUGGCAAACUCUGGUUAGUCAAAAAAUAGAAAUGAAAGCUUCCAAUCUUAUGGCCAUGGUGGAGGAGAGGGUUAGGUGGAAGCACACAGUCCCAUGGCUCAUUCAUGCAAUGUUAUUCUAUAGAUUUAGUUUUAUGUUUGAACAAGACCUUAUUAAGAUAUAACCAUAAGAAAGCUGGGGAGGACUUGGCAUAAAAUUCUUAGGGUUCACCUUUGAAAGAAGCAUUUGAAAUUAGGUCAGCCUAAAACCUGCCCUAGCAACUUUUUAUCUUGUUAUAACUGUCAGAGGAGUGGAGAACUUGUCUACUGAUCUGAUUCAGUCUAGCAGACCACGUUUUGCAAGAACAAUUUUAAUCAGCUUGAGAUUUCUUGCAAAGCGUUUUGCCUUUGAGCUCAGUUCUCAGACCACUGCCUUAAUUUCUAGUCGUGUGCAAGAAUAAAGGGGAGCACAGGGGAAGAAGAAGAAGAAAGGGGAGAUGAAACCGGGAGGUCAGAUUUCAGAGAGAGUAAGGAGAAGUAAAUUAAAAUUGUGUGUCUCCAUGUUCAAAGUUGAGGAGCUGGCAUGACUUGUGAAGUGCCACUCUGAGGCACACUUGUUGUGCAUGCAAAACUAUGCAUAGACAUGCUGCGAAGCACCACAUGUAAGCCGACACAGUUUUGGAAGGAUCAGAAAGCUUUUCUUUCGCAGCUGUACAUUUCAUGGAUCCAAGUGUUUCCCUAUCUUGUUGUCAUCUAACGAACCACAGGUGGUGGCAGACACUGGAAAAAACCCAAAAUCGUUGCGCAGAUGGUGGGAAAGGAAAGGAGGGAAACUGCAGACAUUGUUUCCAGACUCUGAAAGGCAGGGGUGGAGACUCUGGCAGCUGCAGCCCAUAACGUCAGAGGCUGUGCUGGGUAGCUCAGGAAAUGCUUAAUUCUGCCUGAAGCCCAGAAACGUCUUUAGCUGGGGACAGCUUUAAAAUGAAGCAGAGGCACGUCAGGAAGCAGGCCUAAGGCUGAGAGACAGCCAGCAGUUAAAAUGCCUGCCAGCAAGCAGUGAAGUGCAAGUGGGGCACUGCCCCGCUGAUCUCAGUCUAGGGACGGUGGGAGAAAUUUUAUUCGUUUUGUAUUUAAAGGCAAGCCUACCUAUUUUGCACUUUCUAGAACCAAUAUGAAAUUUAUUUACAAAAUAAAUAAACCUUUUGAAAUUAAUACCUCUCCAAAUUUUGCAAUGCAGUUCUUAGAAACACAUGCAAAAGUGAAUACACUGGGGCAGAGUGUGCAUAUAAAUGCAUUCAUUAGUGAAGGUGACAUACAGAAAUGCUUUAUAUUGGGUGAAAUUGUUUUGCAAAAAUAGCAUACAAAAAAAAGUCUACAAUGGGAUAAAUUUGCCCCAAAAUGCCAAUGAAUUUUUCUGACUUUUAAGGCGAGGAGCUGGUGUCAAAACAGAGAACUGGACUUAAGACCAGGGAAAACUAGAAGCGGAGAUAAACAAAAACCAACAGAUUUGCCUAUCCCAUCUUACAGCUAAUCUUAUGUGUAUACCUUGCUGCCAGCCUCCACAUCCAUAGUCCCAGUGUUGCCCUUGUAGAACUCAGCGAGGAGGUGGGAGAGGAAACUAGAAUUAGUUGGCUUUGUCUUUCAUUGGGUCUGGUGCCACCUGCUGUUGAUCUUCCUGCCCCUUCCUGCCCCACAAGUUCUGGUGGGCACUGGGCACUAAUGCUAGCAAGUGUUCCUUCCUCCCAACUGCCCAGAAGUCAAUGCUUAAUCCGGAGUGGAGUCCCGAAGAUGUUUGGUUGGCAUCUUGUACACCUCCGCCCAGCAACCAAAUGUAUUGCUCUGCUUUUCUUUUUUUUGGACCACAUCAGUGAUGCCAAGAUCCGAGUCUUGUCAUCUGGGCAGCACAGGACCUCCACACGCACUGCCCAGGCUUGCGCCCCAGAGAGGUCACUCCAGUGCUGCUAAUGCGCUAAAAACAAUGCAGGAGGAAGCAGUUCUGAGUUACCAGUCUCUGCAGCCACAGCCGUUUGACUUCAUCUGUAGAGGCAUACUCCAUUGUCUCUCAAGGUAGACGAAUGCCAACAACAAUGUUUCUCCUUUUUGUUGUUUUUUUCAUAUUUGUGCAAAUCGCCUUGAACUUUUAUUCUAAUGCAAAGGUAGUUAAGAAUAUAUAUAUAUAUAUAUAUAUAUAUAUAUAUAUAUAUAUAUAUAUAUCUGUGAUGUAAAUAAGUGCCACCACUGCAAUCUGUAUGGGUUUCUGUUUGCAACCUAGGAGACCUCUGAAUUCCACCCUCUUCCAGACUGCAAUCCCAGAUGCGCUACAAGACCCCCAGCGGGUAUCUCUGCUUCUGAAAUAUGGCACUCGGGAGACUCCGUAGCCCACAGUUCCUUCUCCUCAGCUUCACUCCAGUCAUGCUAUAACCUGAGUAAGUAGCUCUGCAGAUGCUUACCAGAUGCUAACGUCUCACUACACUUCAGCAGGUUCCCCGAUAACAAUACUAGGGUGUUACUAUGGUGAUAACAGAUUCACUAGAGGGCUGAAUUAAUCGAGCAGCUUUGCCUAUUAGGAUCUGUAUAGUUACCAUAGUGUUCAUUCAAACAAACGUUCCAUCACACUCAGGUUGUCGGGUUUUUUUAUGACCAAACUGAUCGUUUUACCACCGGGUUCCCCAUCUCUUUGCGGACGGUUAUUUUGCUGUCUAAGCAGGUCCUAAUCAAAUUAACCGAUCUCUUCCUUUUCAUUCUCCUGGGGUGGGGGGGUAUAGCAGGGGAUGACUUUUCUGCUUUCCCCAGCCCCCAGUAAUGAUAGAAAAUGUGAUGGCUUUGCCAUUGCAAUGUUAAAAUGGAAAUGGGGAAAAAACAACUCAUUCCAUAAUCCCCACCCCCAGUCUCCAUCUGCUUUUUAGCUGAGUUGAUUCAGUGGUUGGUUGUGACCCGCUGAAAUUGGUAAAGGACGUUGGGAGUUUCAUGGGAUUUGGAACUGCAUGGGCUGAGGCUGGAACCUAGCCUAGCCAGCUAGGACUGUUUUGUUCCUAGGGAUGGGCCAUAACUAAGUGACAGAGUGCUUGCUUUGCAUGCAGAAGGUCUCAGGCACUAGCAGAUGGUGUGGGAGGGCAGAGGCAUGGUAAGUGGAGGUUGGUUCAUCAGGGUAGAAGGGGGACUACAGUCUGCCUUCAGCCAGAUGCCAGCUCCCUUGCCUUCUAACUUAUAACCAAUCUAGGAGGGUGGCAAUGCCUACCAGCUUCCUCCUCUUCAGAGCCAGUGUUACUGAGCAAAGAGGAUGAGGACAAAACUAACAUUUGUCGGCUCUCUCUGUCAUUGCCUCUGAUGCCAAUGACAGUAGAGCUCCCUGGAUCCCACCCUACCAAUCUGAAUGGGCACAAGCCAUGGAAAUGCCCUACCAACACCAACAUCCCUGCAAUGAGGCAGCAGGGUAGUGGUGGGACCACUUGCCACACAGACACACGGUAGAGGUUUGAGCAAAGCAGAGAUGUAGAGAAAUUGAGAGGGGGGAAGUGGUUAUUUUAAACAGUGGCAGAUGUUUGAGUAGACCUAGCAGGGGAUAACAUUGAGGGGGGAAAUGGCAGCUUGAAACAUGGUUUGAGUACAGUGAGAAGGGUGUUUCGAAAGGCUCUGUUUCGUUGGCUUCUGUGUUGUGCACAUCUCUGCUAUUUCUUCUUGUUAAAACUGAUUUUUUCUUAAAAGAUGACCCCUCGGUGUACCUGCUUUAAUCAAAGCUCUGCUGUUGUUUAAUAACACUAUUUUUCUAUCAGUGUUCCUCCACCCCCACUUGACUCAAAGUUCUGCCAUUGUUUAAAACAGCCACUUUUUUCUUUUCAGUACAUCUCCUUUCUCACUGUUCUCAAACUUCUCUCUCUUCCAUUUCCUCAGCUGCCUCAUGUGAAAAAGAUAAAGAAUGUGGGCUCCUCAAAUAUUCCAUAGUACACUUCACACAAUGCAUUUCAUUCCUGGUACCAUGUGCUGUCUUCAACAUGAAGUUCCAGAUUCAGUAAUUUAGUGUAGGUACUUUACUAACAAGGGACGUGGGUGGCGCUGUGGGUUAAACCACAGAGCCUAGGACUUGCCGCUCAGAAGGUUGGCGGUUCGAAUCCCCGUGACGGGGUGAGCUCCCGUUGUUCGGUCCCUGCUCCUGCCAACCUAGCAGUUCAAAAGCACGUCAAAGUGCAAGUAGAUAAAUAGGUACCGCUCUGGCAGGAAGGUAAACGGCGUUUCCGUGCGCUGCUCUGGUUCGCCAGAAGUGGCUUAGUCAUGCUGGCCACAUGACCCGGAAGCUGUACACCGGCUCCCUCGGCCAGUAAAGUGAGAUGAGCGCUGCAACCCCAGAGUCGGCCACGACUGGACCUAAUGGUCAGGGGUCCCUUUACCUUUACCUUUUACUUUACUAACAAGCGGAUACCCAUAUAUAUAUAAACAAAUUUCAUCAACUGAACAUAAUCUUCUCUAGCUGAGCAAACCAACUGACUUUCUUGCUCUUAAGAUUCUAUUUAUCUUAAAAUUACAGCAACAUAUAUCUCAUUGUGGUGGGAUGUGCAAAGCAGAACAGGAGAGAGAGCCAGGCAUGGAAAUGGGGGUGUUCUAUGUUCAAGGGAGCAUUAAGCAAAGUGAGGAGCAGAGGAGAGGGGGAAAGGAAGUGAAAAUGAGGGUGCAAAGAAAAAAAUAAGGGAUAUCGGAAUGGGGGUGAAGAUGAAAGCAGGGGCAUGAAAUCUGAAGAAUAGGAGGUUUCAAGGGGGGUUCCACAUAAGGAGAGGGAGGACGAGGCAGGGACAUGGUGGGUAGAUGUGGACAUGGUUGCAAACAGGGACGUCUUUAACAUUGGGUGUAGUGGCGCGGCAAGCCAGGGUGCCAAGCAGUGGAGGGCGCCAGGCGGAGAGGAGGGGGAGAGGAGGGGGGAGGUAAGCGAGGCGAAGCGAGGCGAAGCGGGGGCUUGGAGGCUGCGUGCCUCCAGCACCCGUCGGAGACUCUACCACCACUCCCCCCAUCCACUCUACCUCGAAAGAUCCCUAUGCUUGAGGCUACACGCUGCAACUGCUGCCCCCAGCACCCCUCCCUCCUUCCCCUAAUUCUCCACCGCCUUGCACGGAGCCUGCCUCCUCCCGCUGCCCCCACCAUCUCUGCACUCCUUCACACGAACAGCGUUUCCUUCCCCCCGCCCAAUCCCCUCCCAGUCAUGCUCUCUCCUCCCCGCCCCCUCCUCCCCAAGCAAGGAUGGCAAGACUGCAGCUGAGUGAGUAUGUUUCUCUGCUGCGGCUACGCGGACGGCCCAGCUCACUUCACCUGUUGCCUCCCGUGUCACCCCCAUUGCACCUGGCUGCCCAGCCCCACACCAUGAUCCCACCGCAGGAGCCGAUGCCUGGCUGCACGCGCAGCAGCACAGGGCAGCAGUGCGAGGGCUGGAGCAGCCUUUCCUAAAAAAGGUCAACAACUUUGGGGUCCCCCCCUUAAAAAGGUCAACAACUCUGGGAAAGGAUCUUUGCACCACGGCACCAAAUAUACUUAAGAUGGCUCUGGUUGCAAAUUGGGGCUGCAUAAUUGAAUACAGAAGUGGAAUUGGAAAGGGGUUUGGGAAUUAUUAUUGUUGUUGUUGUUAUUAUUAUUAUUAUUAUUAUUUUAUUAUUAUUUAAACCCCGCCCAUCUAGCUGGGUUUCCCCAGCCACUCUGGGCAGCUUCCAACAAAAUAUUAAAAUACAAUAGCCAUUCAGAUGUUAAAAGCUUCCCUAAACAGGGUUGCCUUCAGAUGUCUUCUAAAAUCUGGUAGUUGUUUUUUCCUUUGACAUCUGGUGGGAGGGUGUUCCACAGGGCAGGCGCCACUACCAAGAAGGCUCUCUGCCUGGUUCCCUGUAACUUGGCUUCUUGCAGUGAGGGAACCGCCAGAAGGCCCUCGGCGCUGGACCUCAGUGUCCGGGCAGAAUAAGGUGGGUGGAGACGCUCCUUCAGGUAUACUGGGCCGAUGCCGUUUAGGGCUUUAAAGGUCAGCGCCAACCCUUUGAAUUGUGCAAAGGUCAACAACUUUGGUCAGCCCUUUGGUCGGCCCGUGCGGCCCUUCACUUCAUCAAAUCUUUCAAAAAAAGUUUGGACACCAUGCGGUUAAUGUGGGGUGAGAGUGACUAGUGAGUGACUAGGGAGCAGGGGUACAGCCCCUAUUACUGCAUUCAUGCAUAUGAGAUGUUUCCGUUUUGCCUAUUGUUUAUAUGUUUUGUAAUUAAAUAACCCCUUGCGAGUAUGGUUUAUAGUACCAUAGGAAAGCAGCAUACAAAUAAAUGGUGAUGAUGAAGAAAGCACCUUUAGCACCUUUCGCAAUUAUUCUUGUGAGGGCUUUGAGAGAAGGUCAUCUUGCAUAUCCAAAAAAAAAGCAACGUGUGCAGCAAUAUCUCAUUUCCUUGCCAGCGCUUUUAGGAAUGCUCACUGGUAUGGUUGUCCAUGAGGUUGCUGCAUCAGCAAGCAACUGCUUGGGAUCAGCGGUGAAACUUUUUCUAAGCCCAUCCACUUCACCAGAGAGCAGCAGAUGAUGGCUUAUCAGCAUUGGGUCUGGCAUGGGCUUGCUAGGGCCCCCUGGGGCUGAUGCCAGUCAGCACAUCAUCUUCUGAUUCCUUCUUUUUUUAUAAAGGGGUUGACUGUGUUUUACUCAGAGUAGGCUUGCUGAAAUUAAUGGGCCUAACUUAGUUAAUUUCAAUGGGUUUACUCUGAGUAGGAUUAACACUGGAAACAACCCAUUAAAAUUCAUGGUUAGCUUAAGCCCAUCAGUUUCACUGGGUUUACUGUCAGCAGAACUUCUUUGGAGCUAACCCUUGUUACCCUUUUCUACAACACAACAGUAGCUGUUCCCAGGUAAAUGGAUUUACCAUCAGAAGCAGAAGCAGGUCCCGUUUGUAUUCCUGCAGUGAUGGUUGUGGUUUUAUUUAAGUGAGUAAAAUGCAGAACCGCACAUGGUCAAAAGUAUUCUUCAUUUUUUUAAUCAGGGCAAACUAUUUCUUGCUCUAAUGCUUCAGGAAUGUGGAAGCAGUUGUAAAGCUAGGAACUGGCGUGUGUGAGUAUGAUGAGAAAAUAUUAAUUGUGUGCUUCGCAACCGAAGUAAUACAUACAGCGUCUAAAGGGGGCUCCUGUAAGAUCAUGAAGCCCAGGGUCCAAAAUUAACUGCUUAGGAAGGGGGCUCUGUUAUUGCUGCACCAAUCCAGUGCUGCAUGCUGUGAAGAUGGCCUAACUUUUUUUUAUUUUUUUAGGCAGGCACAGGAGUGUGAAAUACUGAGGAUCAGGGUGCCAAUUUAACUGAAUUACAUGCCUUGCAUGUAGACAAGACCUCUUGAAUCUUGCAGUGUGGGAGCCUAUUGAGUCUGAUGGUGAUGAGCUGUCGGUAGAACCUUAGGCUUCAGGUUUUAUGAUUCCACACACCCCCUGCUCUCCCUCCCUCCCCCCACCUCCCCAAACCCUCCCACCCCCUUCUGCAAUAACCAUAAUCGUCCCCUAGCCGGAUGUGUGUGAUUCAUUUCACCAUACCCAGUCAGUGCUUGCUGGCAGACGCUUCAUUGGUAUUCAGAGCAGCGGCCCGUCUGUCGCUCCUCCAUGUGCUCCAGGUCUGGGAUCCUCAGGGAGCCAUGCAGCUGUCAAAUUGACUUCCAUCAUUCCCUCCCUGAGCCGAGAGACAAAUUAUCCAGCCAGCUGUCAGACGAGACUCUGUGAUCGAACCUGCAAUUUCUAAGUGAUAAAAAAACAAAAAAAAACCACCCGAACACUCCACGUCCCCAAAACUAAGCCAGCAAGCACUUUGCGGGAGGGUGGUGGCACAAGGAGGAGGGAGGGAGGGUUCGGCAGGUGGCAGGAAGGAGGAGGGUGUUUUUAUCCCAGUUUCUUAUUCUUCAGAGGUUAUUAGCUGGGGCUGUGUGAUGUCUUUGCAAAAGAGGCGAACAUAAUGGUUUGGCAGGAGCCCCAGUUGACUCACAGUUGCACGCUGGUGAGGAACUGCGGCUUCCUCAAGAGACACAGUGGCAUUUCAACACUGCCCAACUGAGGCAGGAGUUUUAACAGUGCUCAACGGUGCUCGCAGGAAGGGAACCUUUUGGCCCCUCUAGAUGGGUGGAGUUUUCGUUUUUGCGAGUUGUGGAGGCAAUAAUAGCGCAUUUGCGGCAGAUUGAUACUGGGCUGCCCACCCACUAUUCUGCUGUAUUAACUGUCCUGCAGUGCUUUGCUCGUGUUAUUGCAUUAUUGCAGCGCGGAGGGUACUAUGAAAGCAGGACAGCAACAAGCAUAUGGAAACCUCAGGUAAGGGAUAUCAGGAGGAGAUUACAGUAUGUUCACGGACUAGAGAAUAAUAGCAGCGUGGCUAACCCCCAAACUUUUGGUAAUUGCUAACAGCAUUGAAAACGGGAUUGUGUAUAACUGCCCCAAUACCAUACUGAGCACAAAUCAUGAAUGAAAAAUAAGAAGGGUGUCUGGUGGAGGGGCCCUUAUACCUUUAUACCGCUGAUCCAAGUGUGUCCUCUACAUGAUAUGCAUAUUGGCGACACCUCGGCUCCACAUGCACACUGUGCUUGAAAGAGCUCAAUUAUGAGCCCUGCAGAGCCAUCGUGGCACGUGUCAGUGUGUCCAUUUUAAAAUACCAGCUGAAGCGAGGAGGCUGAGGAAGUGGGGAGGUUGGAGAUUAGUCACAGGCUAUUACACUCCAAGAGGCGAUAAGGGCAGAGGAGGAAUUACUGGACAGUCGUUCUCCACUUGAGGCGGCCUCCUAAUGCACGUAUCAUUCCUCAGAUCGUGUCCGCCUCUCUCUCUCUCUCUCUCCCUCCCCUCCUGCCUGCUUCUGUCCGGCCUUGUGUUUUGAGGCAUUUGCUGUUAUCUUAGCCAUACAAAGUGAUUGUUAGGGAAGCGGACAUGAGUGGGAUGUGUCCCAAACGCAGCAACAGCAUUUCAACAGCCUUUUAAAAGCGAAGGAGCCAUUUCUCUCUGGCACCUUCUGCGUACAAAGUUCUCAUCCUACCUUGCAACUGCCCUUGAGACUGAGGGAACCGAGGCUGGCUGAUGAAGAGCUGCUCAAGGCCAUGAUAAUAAGGAAAUAUUUGAACCCAAACCUUCCGGAUCAGAUCCAACUAGAUCACAUCCACACCGUCCAUAUAAAACACAUGGCUUCCACACGAGGACUCCGGGAACUGUAGUUUGCUGCUCACAGAGCUACAAUUCCCAGCACCCCAAAAAUUAUAGUUCCCGGGUUUCUUUUGAGGAAAUCCAUGUGCUCCGAAUUUGUGGUGGGGAUUAGUUCUAUGUCUCACAGAAAUCUCUGUGAAGUGAAUUUGGUGGCAAGAGGGAGGGUGGGGGAGAGAUCAUUCUAAAGUCAAGUCAAGUCAGUGUUGGUGUCAGGAAGCCUGAGUAAAAAUCCCUCCUCAGGUGUUGAAGUUCAAUGAGCAACCUUGGGCCAGUCAGUAUGACCUACCCUACAGGGUUGUUGUGAGAGCAAAAGUAUGGGAAGAAAGAAGCCAAGUAUGCUGUCUUGAGCUCCAUGGAGGAAAGGCAGGAUAUAGACAUCUAAAAUAAACAAAUUUCAGGUGGUUCUUUUCUGCCUGUGCAAAACUUUUCUGAAUGGCAGGAAGUAAUUUCUGUACUUGGGAGGCGGGGUUGGCGUGUGGCAGAGAAGCUCUUUGCAAAGAAAAGGGCAAAGGAGAUGUUGCAGGCAACCAUAUAGGCUGUUUCCCUAGAGACUGAACAAAAGGAUGUGAAAGGCUGGAUUAUGUUUGAACCCCCGGCGUUCCCUUCUCACUCAGGUUUCCAAGGUCAUUGGUAAUGUUUCCAGGGUGCAGACUCCCACGUCUCCCAUGAGAACGAGAAAAGGGAUCAUCAGCUGGAGCACUGGCGGCUGGUAACAUUUUGAUUUGGUAAGGUUGUAAUUUUUAACCUUGCUGUUUUCACCACAAUAGGACAUGGGCCGCACCUAUUUAGGAAAGUGUGCCAUUGCACACGUUCAGAGUGUCAUUGCCUCAUCACUAAAAAUAUAUAUAGUUGUACCUCAUUUUAUUGUGCAUUGUUUUAUUGCGGUUCAUAGGUAUUGCUCCAGGAAAAGGAAACCUGCCAUGCCUCUGCUAGCCACGGGAGGGGAGCUAGCUAGAGCUGGACCUGCGUUUUUCCACUCCUGCCCCUGCAGGUCUGGCUUAAUAGACUACAGUAUAGUGUAAACAUAACUUUUACAUGCACUGGGAAACCAAAAGAUGUGUGUGACUCAAUUUAUUGCAAUAUUCGCAGUGGUCUGGAACCAAACCCACAGUAUCUACAAGGUAUGCCUGUAUGUAUGUAUGUAUGUAUGGUUGUGUGUGUGUGUGUUUAUUAUUCCCUACACACCUAUGGACGAGGGAAGAGUUUCCAUGUAAAAGGGCCGAAGUGCAAUUUUCAGACAAGAUUAACUCCAUACCUCUUAUUUAGAAAUUAAGCCGUACCACAGGAUGUCAGUUCUUGGAUUCAUGUAGUGUUUACACCUGUGUGCUUAGAAUCAAAGUAUGAUUGCAAUGUAGUUUAAUGCUACUACAUAGAGUUGUUCUUAAUGCCUGAAUCCUUCCAUAUUGGCUAUAACGGCUUGACAAGAUAGGCCUCGUAACAACAAAUGGAGCAAGAGUCUUCCUACUUCAGGCUGACUUUCAGGCAGUCCGAUCAGUCACUGGUUUUCCUGCUAAGAGAUACAUGGGCAGUACCUCCUUACCAUUGCUAUUCUUUUGGAUUAGGAUUGGCUGAGUGGUGCAUAAAGGAGAUUAACAGAAACGCUUCUAUAAAUUCAAGGUAGUAUAAAAUGUGUAUGUUGCAGGAACGAGUGUGUGGCUCUGAUGUUUCGAGGAUGUUGUUGUUGCUGUUUAAUUGCUUUACAGUUCCAUUGUAAGAGUUGUGCCCCAGUAGCUCCAAUGAACCAGCCUCCCUUGAGCUGGAGCCUUCAUAUGCGUAAACCCACCCAACCAACUAUGCUUGAAGGCUUAAAUAGGGUUAGGUAAAGGGACCCCUGACCAUUAGGUCCAGUCGUGGCCGACUCUGGGGUUGCAGUGCUCAUCUUGCUUUACUGGCCAAGGGAACCGGCGUACAGCUUCGGGGUCAUGUGGCCAGCAUGACUAAGCCGCUUCUGGCAAACCAGAGCGGUGCAUGGAAACGCCGUUUACCUUCCCGCCGAAGCAGUACCUAUUUAUCUACUUGCACUUUGACGUGCUUUUGAACUGCUAGGUUGGCAGGACCAAGGACCGAGCAACGGGAGCUCACCCCGUCUCAGGGAUUCGAACUGCCGACCUUCUGAUCGGCAAGUCCUAGGCUCUGUGGUUUAACCCACAGCGCCACCCGUGUCCCCUUAAAUAGGGCUACCCGCUACUGAAUAUGAGCAGGGUACUGACCUUGGCUGUGCAUGCAGACCUAAUCCAUUCACUCUGCUUGAAGUGCCUCCAAACGGCCUGAAAAGAUUGCUAAGAUUUUCCUGUGAUUUACACACACAGCCCUUGCACUUGGCAACCGGAUGGAAAUCGAAAUAUCACACCCUACAUCCUUCCGUUUUCAAGAUCGGGCAUGAACUAGGUCAUUGCUGCAGCUUUGAAUUCUGCAGCCUACGAGCACAAGUGACUUCCCAGAAAUGACCCACGACUGGGAGCAGUAGGCUGGAGUAGCAACAAUUUCCUCUCAGCAUGAACCUGCCAGACCUAGCCUCCUCCCCCACUGCCACCACCGCCACCAAGCUUUCUCUAGCUCUUUUUAUGAAAACUAGGUCAGGGCUUUGAACUGCAAAAAGUCUCAGGGCUCCCUGUUUGUUUUAUCACUGUCACCACCCAGCAUAGCGGAACAACCUACCCGCCAGCCGCUUCCUCGUGGCUAGACAGAGCACACAUGCCUUCGCUGCACACCUUAGAGAUAUAAAUUAGAAACAGCUUUGCACAGAAAACAGCUCUCCUGUUUGGAAAUUGUGUGAAGCAAGGGAGAUUCUAAUGACCCAGUGACGCUGCAGCAAAGCUCUUCUAUCCAUGGAGAGUUUCUUGAAAGCAAUGAGGGGAUAACAGGCUAUGUGAGAUAUAGCUGUAUCUAUACAGGGGUGCCAGCUCCUGGGGGCCGGGCCCUUUUGGGGCCCCUGAAUAUUUUGGGGGUGGGGGCUAGGCCCUCCCAAUGUCCAAGGUGAAGCAGAGAGCUGAGUGUGGUGACAGACUCAAGUGGACGGCUCCCUCUUUUCUUUUUCCUGCUAUGGAGGGGAAGGAGGGUUGAAGCAGCCUCCCACCAUUGAAGCCACACAGUCAUGUUCAGCCCCGUCCCCAGCUCCUCCUGACAUCAUGCAUGUGCCGGUUCGCCACCCUCGCAAAUGGCGCAAAUGGCACGUCUGUAUCUUAUCUAUCUAUCCAAUCAGAUCCAUGUUAGCAGAGAAUGUGAUCCUUAAAAAAAGUGGCUGCAUACUCAUCAUACAUUUAAAGCACGUGACUUCUGCAAAGAAUUCUGGGAACUGUAGUUUACCCUUCAAAGAGCUACAAUUCCCAGCACCCUUAACAAACUACAGUUCCUAGGAUUCUUGGUGGGGGUGGGAGUGUGUGCACUUUUUAAAUGUGUACGUAGCCAGAGUUUCCCUGGUCACACUUAGACUCCAUUGGCACUUUACAUUUUAAACAGUACUACAGUGGUACCUCAGGUUACAGACGCUUCAGGUUACAGACUCCGCUAACCCAGAAGUAGUACCUCGGGUUAAGAACUUUACCUCAGGAUGAGAACAGAAAUCGUGCAGCAGCAACGGGAGGCCCCAUUAGCUAAAGUGGUACCUCAGGUUAAGAACAGUUUCAGGUUAAGAAAGGACCUCCGGAACGAAUUAAAUUCUUAACCUGAGGUACCACUGUAUACAACUUUAAACAGCCAUGAUUCCCACCAAACAAUCCUGGGAAUGAUAGUUUGUUAAGCAUGCUGAGAGUUGCUUAUUGCAUUUAUAUCCCACCCUUUUCUCUAACGAGCUCAAGGUAGCAUUCAUGGUUCUUCAUCUCCUCAUUUGACCUCCAUAACAACCCUGUGAGGUAGGUUAGGCUGAGAUGCAGCGACUGGCCAAAGGUCACUCAGUGAGCUUCACGUCCAAAUGGGGAUUUGAACCCCGGUCCUCAAGAUCCCAGUCCAACAAUCUAACCACUACGCCACACUGGCUCUCAGCAAUGGUGGUUGUGAUUAUUAUGGUUGUGGUGAUUUGGUGGAAAUUUUAUGCUAGGUAGGACUCCAAGCGGUGCAGGGAUAGAACUGCUAGCACAUUUGCAAAGCUAAGCAGGGUCCGGUACGGUUUCAAAUUGGAUGGGGGACUGUGUGUUGGGAUUCCUGCAUUGCAGGUGGUUGGAUUAGAUGACAGUUGGGGCAAAUGAAGGUGUCCAAUUUUGCUGCUACUGGUGAACCAUGGUGUUUCUUCUCUCUGCGCGCCUCCCAGCAGUCAUUCCUCCUCUGGUCACUGCUAUGGAUACACAACCUGACAGUCUCCAGGCACUGUGGUCAUCUGCAAGAGAUUGAUGUUGCCAGCCUUCAUGUCUCGUUUGCAGACAUCUUUGUAAUGCAGAUUUGGACUGCCAAUGGGCCUGGUGCUUGAAGCCAGCUCCCUAUAGAGUACGUCUUUGGGGAUCCUGCCAUAUUCCAUUCUGUGGACAUGACCAAGCCAGUGUAGACGUCGCUGAGACAGGACUACGAACAUGCUGGGAAUGUGGACUUGGAAGAGCACAUUUUGUUCUGCCCCGCGAUGUACAAGGGGCACCUCUGCUCUCAGCAUUCCUCUUGCAGCUGACACAGUGCAAAAAUUAUGUCGACUGUUGACCUCUCAGCUCUAAAGCCACAUUGUGUUAGCAGGUGAAUGUAAUCUGUUGAGAACUACACAGCCAAAGGCUUUCCACACAAUACCGAGCAGGGAAAUUCCACGGUAGCUGUUACAAUCAUGAUGGUCACCUUUGUUCUCAUAGAGGGUCACAAUGUGGGGGUCUUACAUGUCUUGUGGUGUUGAUCCUUUUUCCAACACUGCAAGAGAAGGCACAUCUUGAGAGAGGAAUUGAAGCCAGCUUUCAGCACUCCUGUUGGAAUUCUGUCCUGUCCUGGGGCUUUACCACAUGCCUGAGAGUAGAUGGCGUUUUUCAGCCCGUCAAGGGAGGGAGGGAUGUUCAGCUCUUCCAAGACAGGCAGAGUCUGGAUGCUGUCAAUCGCUGUGCCAGAGACCAUGUUCUCCCACGGGUACAGUGGUGUGCCCAUCAUCUGCUUGCUGCAGUCUGUGAUGAUCUCUCCUGACAAGGUUUUCAACAGUGUCGUUUUCCUGACUGUUGGUCCAAAGGCUUCCUUUAUGCUUUUGUACAUUUUCUGAAUGUUGCCAUUGUCAGCAGCGAGUUGAAUGCUCCAACACAGAUUUAGCCAGUAGUCACCGGAACAUCACCUGCUGGGCAUCACCCCUUGCCUUUGUCAGUGCAGCAAGUGUCUUUUCACAGGGCACGCGCUUGUAGUUCACAAGAGCCUCGCACUAUGCAGCGAUAACAAGCUCCACGUCCUUUAUGCCAGCAUCAAACUAGUUGGGGAUCUGUUGCUCUCUUUUGCCAUAGGAGGACAUAGCUGUGAUAUGGUUUCAGCUUGAUUCAACGCAGGGCAGUUCAGUAGAGUUUGUUUGACGGAAUCAGAGAACUGUUCACAAAGCUCAGGUAUGACUGUUGAGGCAGUGUUAAUUUCAAGCCACACAUUCUGUUUUGUUCUAUGAGCCCUCUGUGGAUGGAGAUGGAUCUUGCUCACCUUCAGGGAAUGAGCCAUGUUGAAGUUGGCACUGUGCCAGUCGCCUGCUGACAGUCAAGGCCAGUUGGUACCAGUGGCCUGACCUUGUGAGUAAGCCACUGAACUCAGUGGACUUCUGAUCUGAAUCAUCCUGGCCUGUGAUUUAUCUGUUAUUGUUCUCCAAUUGAAAACCCAUUCACGCAAUUGCAAACUGUUUGAAUAGCAUCACAUUUAGUUUUGACCUGAGGUUAAGAUCUUAUGAAACAGCAACAGAUAAACCUGCACGGUAUCUUCUAGGGCCAAUUCAUAGUCCCAGAACACUUUGUCAGACUUAAAUGUUUUUUAAACAAUGCUUGCGAUGCAGCAAAUUGUAGAGUCCGCUCUGCAGAGCAGCUAUGGACAUGAGUAAAUUAAGACUUCUGUAAGCUUGAGUCAAUAGCCAUUCAAUACCUACCUAUCAAGCUUUAAACUGGUUUAUUACUCAUUGAUUUUCCUCCCCCACCCCUCUCCGAAGUGUGAAUUAUACCACUUUUAGGCCAAGAAUUAAUUAAGGGAGCUCGUUUUUUUCUUAGAAUGAUGUUACUGAAACAAAUGUAUUGGAAGAGGCAGAGAGGAUGUGUGAUAAACACAUUGCAAAGGUCUACAUUUUAUGAGCUGCUUUGCCUAAAAUAGAUGUAAAUUUUUAGAAAUAACUAUUUCUAGAUAGAUUGAUAGAUAGCACUCACUUUUUAAGAGGGGCAAAAGCUAUUACUUAGCUUGAAUCACGGUAUGAUUAGAUUUCACCAAGGGUCAUGACCUUUGGUGGGAUCAUGAACAGGAUUCAGUGGGUCACAGCCCAUUUUGCUAAAUGAGAGAGGGGAGUUAAAAAUUAACUGAGAAACAUUUUGAAGAGGAUGUAUUGCAUCCAGAAUUUGGGGGGCCUGUAAGAUGGAAACACUUAGCCAUUUGCAUACAGAUAGGUUCCCCCCACCCUAUCUAUAAAUACCACAGGUGUGCCAUGGAUCACACAAAUAUUUUUCUAGAAAAAGAAGUGCAGGAAUUCACCAUGAGAGCCUCCCUUGUUCUCUUAUAAUGGCCAUGGUGCCCACCUGAGAGGUGCUGAAACUGAGUUCCUGGGGGGGGGGAGCCCUGGUUCUCACCCUCCCAGUUUUAAUCCCCACAACAACCCUGUGAAGUAGGUUAGGCUGAGAGGCAUUGUCUGACUCAAGGUCACUCAGUCACCUUGAUGGCCAUGGGGAUUUGAACCCUGGUCUUCCAGGUCCUGGUCCAGGCAUAGGCAAACUCAGCCCUCCAGAUGUUUUGGGACUACAACUCCCAUUAUCCCUAGCUAACAGGACCAGUGGUCAGGGAUGAUGGGAGUUGUAGUCCCAAAACAUCUGGGGGGCCAAGUUUGCCUAUGCCUGUCCUAGUCCAACAUUCUAACCACUCCAUCGCAAUGGCUCUCAAUGUCAGUGGUUGUAAUGAUUACUGUUGCAGUGAUUUGAUGGCGGUAUAAUGCUUGGUAAGAGCUGUAGCUAUACUUUUGGUGUGGUGCUCUGUCUUUCCAUUCUUUAUGCUGCUGGAUUGUAGAUAUGUAUGCAUGUGUUUUUUAUGCUAUUAAGCAUGUUUAGUAAGCUGGCGUGGGGGUCCCUGUUGGAUCAAAAGUAGGAGAUAUUGAAAGUUGCAAACCAAAUAAAGGUAUUUGCAUCAGGGUUGGGGAAUCUUUUUCAUGGGGAAUAAGGCUACUAAUCCUGAUCGCUGUGUCCUACCUCCACUGUGGGAGGCAGUUUGCUUCUGAGUAUCAGUUUCUAGAAACCACAAGAAGGGAGAAUGACCGUUGCACUCAGGGCUAGCUUGUGAGUUUUCCAGAGGCACCUGGGAUGCUGGGAUAGAUGGGCCCUUGGCCUGUCCAGCAGGACUCCUCUCAUGGUAUCUGUGGCCUUCCUGAUGUUGUUAGACUCCAAGUUCUAUCAGCCUCAACCAGUGUGAUUAGUGGUCAGGGAUACUGGGAACUGCAGUCCAGCACCAUCUGGGUUAACACACCCCUGUGUUCUGCUCUCUUGGUAUCUCUCUUAACACCCCCCCCCUUUUAAUGGUGUGUUUAGCAUUUAGAAGGAUCAAAAUGCCUCUCUUUACAUAACACUGCAGCUGCAUUACGUAAAACAAUUUGAUGUCAUCGCUUCCAUAGCCAAACAGAAUAAUCAUCUUCCUAAGAAAAUGCCAGAGAACAUUGGUCUCUCUCCCUUUCCUUUCUGUUUCCUUGAUCCUCCAUGGCUUGGCUAGCAUCAAAUAUUAUUCCUUCUCUUCCCACACUCUCUUAACUUGCUACCAUACAGCUAUUUGCACAGACCCCUUUUGGAGCUGCACCUUAUGCCUGGAAUCUAUUCAUUCUUUCCUGGCAACGACUGCUUGGCAGAAAGUGCCAUUCAUUACAACUUGGGUUUGUCUGCGGUUGAGCUUUUUUUCCAAACUUUUUUGAAAAAGCAGACUUGUUUGGUUGCCUUUGGUCCUUCUGAGUGACAGGGAAGGAACUGAGGUGGCGGGAUCAAAAUGACCCUAAGCUAGGUCUGAAUGCACACAUGGGGGAAAACUGUAACCCAGCGGUAGAGCAUCUGUCUUGCAUGCACAAGGUCUUACGUUAACACAGGGCAGGGAAUGUCCCUUGCCUGAUACGCCGUGUCUGGAACCCUGGAAAGUCACUGCCAAUCAGAGUAAGGUAAAGGUAAAGGGACCCCUGACCAUUAGGUCCAGUCGUGACCAACUCUGGGGUUGCGCGCUCAUCUCGCUCUAUAGGCCGAGGGAGCCAGUGUUUGUCCGCAGACAGCUUCCGGGUCAUGUGGCCAGCAUGACUAAGCCGCUUCUGGCGAACCAGAGCAGCACAGGGAAACGCCGUUUACCUUCCCACCAGAGCGGUUCCUAUUUAUCUACUUGCACUUUGACGUGCUUUCGAACUGCUAGGUUGGCAAGAGCCAAUCAGAGUAGUUCAGUUGUAUUCAGCUUUUUCAGACCCAGGGCCCACCUUUAACCCAAACAUGCAUUUGGGGACCCACUUCGUGGUUUUCUACCAUGUAUUUAUACCAUGGUAAUGGUGCUGUCAGGGACACGGGUGGCACUGUGGGUUAAACCACAGAGCCUAGGACUUGACGAUCAGAAGGUCGGCGGUUCAAAUCCCCGUGGCGGGGUGAGCUCCCAUUGCUCGGUCCCUGCUCCUGCCAACCUAGCCGUUCGAAAGCACAUCAAAGUGCAAGAAGAUAAAUAAGUACCACUCCAGCGGGAAGUUAAACGGCGUUUCCGUGCGCUGCUCUGGUUCGCCAGAAGUGGCUUACUCAUGCUGGCCACAUGACCCAGAAGCUGUAUGCCGGCUCCCUCAGCCAAUAAAGCGAGAUGAGCGCCGCAACCCCGGAGUCGAUCACAACUGGACCUAAUGGUCAGGGGUCCCUUUACCUUAAUGGUGCUGUCAUGACCCACCUUGGGUUAGGCUAAGACACAGUAGUGGGUCCUGACCCACCUAUUGAAGAACAGUGAAGAAUAUAUUAUAUUAUGCUUAUUCCCAGCAUCUGCACCUAAGGUGGGUGACUCACUUUGCCUAAUGGUAGGGCCCAGCCAUGGAGGAUUGAUGGAAAGAUGCCAAGUAUUACCUGACUAUCACAGUGUGCAGAUAAGCCAGGUGUAAUCAGUGUGCUUGGCAGCCGUGUAGAGAUGACUGAGGCAAAGCAGAAACUGAAGCACACUGCAUUGCUAAAAGAGUGACUGCUGAUCCUGAAGUCAUAGCUGUCUGCAUGCUGCUGGCUGAUCAGCUGCUGGGCUGGAGGAGAACCUGAAGGCAUUCACACAGACCUGACCACCUUUGCCCUGGCAGCUGAAUGCGUUGUGACUUUUAGGAGACAGGAUAUGACCCACCUGGGGGAGUGCAGAGUGGAGCGGAAACAGCGAGAAGCAAAACAGUACCACCAGAGCGAAGAAAGCGAAAGCUCCCUUGAUUUGCUCUGUGGCUUGAGGUCUCAGCCCAGCUGUUUGAGGGUCUGACUCGCAGUUGUUAGUGGAAAUCACGUCACUGCUGCCUGGUAACUUUGUCCUGUUACGAAGCUGCUAAUUUCCUUCUUCCAGAACACCAAAAGGAGGCAAAUCUUGGGUUGUGCUUCCAACCUGGAGCUGUAUCUGUGACUGUCUUGUUGUUGUGAAACUAUUGUAUAAAGGGUUUAAUGGUUUGUUCUUGCAGAUUUGACUGUCGUAGCCAUAUUCAACACAGAAUACACACACACACACACACACGUGUAUGUAUAUAUAGUUUUACUUCUAACAAUGUUGAUUUGUUUUUUAAUGAAUAAUUUUUCUGUGUUUUCAGCAGUUCUCAUUUUUAUAUGUAAGCCGCCUUGAAUCUCAUCAGGGGAAUAUAAUAUAAUAUAAUAUAAUAUAAUAUAAUAUAAUUAAUUUAUAUUCCAUUCCAUUAUUGAUUAUUAUAAAAUAAUAACAAUCCCCAACCACUGGCCAUCCUGGCUGCGACUGCUGGAAGUUGAAAGCCAUCAACACCUGGAGGUCCUGGGGCUCCUCAUCCCUCUAGUAGCCCUUCCCCACUGAUGAAUCUCCAGCAGCCCGUAUUCAGAAACAUACUUCCUGUGGAUACUGUGUGACUCAAGCUCCAGUCAUCGUUCCCCAUGCUCAGUUAUCAUAAAAACUAAAGAGCAUAAGAAGAGCCCUGCUGGAUCGAGCCAAAGGCCUGUCUAGUCCAACAUCUGUUCUCACAGUGGCCAAGCAGAGGCCUCUGGGAAGCCCACAAGCACAACUCGAGUGCAACAGCAGUUCUCCUCACCUGGAACUGGUGUUCACUGGCAUACUGCCUCCAACAGUGGAGAUAGAACACAGCCAUUGUGGCUAGUAGCCAUUGGUGGCCUUCUCACGAAUGAAUAUGUCUAAUCCCCUUUUAAAGCCCUCCAAGUUGGAGGCUCUCUUGUUGGAGCACGUUCCAUUGUUUAACUAUGUGAAAGAAGUAAUUUGUUUUGUCUGUCCUCAAUCUUUCAACAUUCAGCUUCACUUUUCUCCAUCCACUUUCCCCAAUCCGUGCAUAAUUUUAUACGCCACUGUUAUACCGCUCCUUAUUCACCUUUAUUCUGAAUUCAAAGCAACAAAAUGCAACCAUAUGAAUCAACCAUACAGUCAUACCUCAGGUUGAAUGUGCUUCGGGAUGAGCGCGUUCGAGUUGCACUCCGCAGCAACCUGGAAGUAACGGAGUGCGUUACUUCCGGGUUUCGCCGCUUGCGCAUGCACAGAUGCUCAAAAUGACGUCACACGCAUGCGCAGAAGCGCCGAAAUGUGAUCCACGCAUGCGCAGAUGCGCGGACACGGGUUACGUUUGCUUCUAAUAAAAUAAUAAUAAUAAAUUUUAUUUAUAUCCCGCCCUCCCCAGCCGAAGCCGGGCUCAGGGCGGCUAACAACAAUAAAAUAGUUUUAUAAUGAAAUGAUUUUAGAAUAUUGUACUAAUUCAAAUCAAAUUGAUGGCAACCAUUGGGCUAGAGAUCCGGAACGGAUCCCAUUCGCAUUUAGAGGUACCACUGUAUUGUUUAAGCCAGAAUCCAUCCAGCACUCAUGGGAAAAUGUGGUGUGAUCCUCUUAGAUUAACCAAAUGAAACUUUUAACACAUGGCGUCAUAGGUGUGUGACAUCAUACUGGGUUCAUAAGGAAAGGGUUAACUAAUUGUAAAAUGACUAACCAAUGGGAACCCAAGGGGCAGAGUUAACUGUGUAUAAGGUUUAAGCACAGAGGGUUUUUUGGAGGAGUUAGAGUUAGGGUGGUUGAGAAGACAGUCUGGAGUUAGAAGAGACAGAGAAGAUAAGUCUGUGGGUUGGGCUAGUCUGGUGUGAGAGAGUGAGAGAAUUUGUUAAGAGGAGUCAGCCAAACAGUUGAGAUAAUCAGUCAGAAGGUAUAAGGAAGGUAUAGGCCCGUAAAGAAACUAAAGUUAAGAUACUGACAGGAAUAUUAUCUGAGAAACCAUAAACUUGUUAAUGUUUGUAAAAUAAACUUGUUGGGUUUUUUUUGUUCACUUUUAACAACUGUCUGGACUCAGUGUUUUACCAGAGAGUAACGGGUUGGUGGCAGCGGGGAAGCGAGCACAGUGGUGGCACAGGGAUCAAUAGACCAUCAAACGUCUGGGGAUCCUGUGUGAUUGCCACACAGGGGUUUGGACUAGAUUACUCUUUGGAGUCCCUUCCAACUAUACAAUUCUAUGAUAAAAUCUGUAAGACAGCAUUUAGAAUGAGCUAAAACUAUUUGAAUAACAGUAAAAAGCAAUAGGAGCACAACACUUUUUAAAAAGAGAGAGAGAGAGAGACCUUAAAUAAGCAAGUCUUUUCUGCCUACCGGAAGGCCUCAAAAGUUGGGGACACAUCUGCACAUCUCCCUGCCCCAGGAGAGAAUUGCCUUUAUUUGAAUUGGCUUUAAAAGGCAGGCAGGCAGCAACUCUGUGUACAAGACAGAAGUUGAAAGAGACGGGGAAGGAGACAGAGAGGAAACAAGAAUGCUGAAUUAAUGACAGGGCUUACAGCUGGUUCAGUUUCCCCCUUUCUCAACUGGAGUUUCUUCAGGCAAACACGAGGCCUCUCGCUGAGGAAUAUUUGGCAGAAAUCAAGCUAUACUCAUGCCAGCUCCCGCCCCCUUUUUUAUAUAUUUUCAAGGAAACUUCCUUCUCUUGCUCUCCUUUAAUUCUCCACCACCACCCAUCCACAGGACUUUGCAAGUGGCAGUGUUUAAAACAGAAAGAUUUGCAAGGAGCUAUCAAUCAUGGUGCUCGCAGGAUAUAUCUCCUGGCGAAAUUUUGCUGGGGCUUUCAUAAAUCAACAUAGCUGGAAUAUUUGUGGCUGUCCCUGUGAGAUUUAUGCAGGUGGGAGAUUAGAACCAGUCUGUCGUGUGUGUGUGUGUGUGUGUGUGUGUGUGUGUGUGUGUGUGUUGUUGUUGGUUGCUGAGGAAGUGGGGUAAGCAUGAAGAGAAGUCUAGCGAUAGAGGUGGGUGCAAGGCUGGUGUGCAGAAAGGGAAAGGAUUUAUUAUAAUAUCAAAGGGUAUUUAGAGAUUUCAGAGAAGAGUAAUUAGAGGGGAAAGUGUGUGCUUGUUCGCCUCUUUAAUUUGGAGUCAGAGACUCUCAUUUAGAUGUGUCAUUUGCAAAUGAGUUUGCUGAGAAAGAAGCCUUGAAAGCAUUUAUCAAAGCUGUUGCUUAUGCUGGGUUUCCCCUCCACUAAUGAGUCCCUCUUUUCAAAUUACCUCUACAGGUACAAUGAAAUUUAUACAGGGUGUAUUAAAACUCACGUUGGCUGUAACUUCCAUGGACUUAAUGCUCAAAAACCCCAGUGGAUGGAGGUGACUUGAUGCCCAUACACCCAUGAUUCGAUGGGCUGUAUCCAACUAAGCUUAACUCACAGUAGACCCAUUGAAAGUAAUGGCCCUAACUUUGCUGUGUGCAUUAUCCAGUAUGGGCUUAUCCACUCUUCCUCUUGUCCCACUUCUCCCCGCACCUCCCCCUGGGGAAACUGCUCUUUAGCUCUCAGUCAGGCAAUUUGGGUUUUUGCUGGGUUGACAUUUCCUCUGAUUUAGAGCUAAAGAGGGGCAGCCACUCUCCCCACUUGUGAUUCCCAGCAGCUGAUAUUCAGAGUCUCCAACAAUGGAGAUAGAACACAGUCGUCGUGAGUUGCAGCCACUGGCAGCCCUAUCCUCCAUGAAAUGAAUUUCCAUGACUGGUGCAUGCAGAAAAACUGGAUCUGAAUGAGCCGUUUGUAAAAGAUAAAGCCCCCUAGAAGGGGCAAUGCUGCUGCAGAGCACCUCAUAUAUAUGGGAAAUGCUUAUUCACAGAACCCUAAUUAAUAGUAGCCCUAAAGCGAGCAAGGGAGGCAUUUGCUUUUUCAGUAUAGCCAUCCCUGUAAUACGAUUGCAACUUGUUUCUCCUUGCACAGUUAACAGCCGAGGCAGACCUGUGAGCCUCUGUGCUGCUAAGCUUUUACAGCCCAAGGCAAAAGCCACGGCUAAGCCACAUGGAGGUCACUGCAGCAGCUGCCCUCCUGCCUCCUUAUUAAUGAGAUCAACGCUGCUCCUGAGCUCAACCAGGGGUUGGUAGGUAUCUGGGGAGCCUGUAAAUUUCUGGCAGCCAGUAAAAUGCAGUUUGGUAUGCUCACAACUUUAGAUGAUGGAGAAAGGGGAGGAGAAAGGGGAACCUCCUAACUCGCCCGGCAAAGCCAUCCAAGCCACAGGUUGCGGCUCAGUUCCUCUUUCGUUUGCAAGUUCAGGGAGGAACUGAAAUUAUAAAUUAUUUUUUGGGGGGGGUGUUUUUCCCAAGGUUCAGGUCAGACCUUCGCAACCCCACAUUUGUUAAGGAAAUGCAACUGCAGGGGCUGGUGGUGGGGCAUCUGUAGGAACAUAGAAAGCUGCCUCACACCUAGUCAGACUUGCUUGUCCAUCUAGCUCAGUAUUGUCUACACUGACUGGCAGUGACUCUCCAGGGUUUUAGAUGGGGAUGGCUCCUACCUGGAGAUGCUGGGGAUUGAACUUGGGACCUUUUGCGUGGAAAGCAAGUGCUCUGAGCUAUGGUUUCUUCCCAUAAAGGUAAAGGGACCCCUGACCAUUAGGUCCAGUUGCGGAUGACUCUGGGGUUGCGGCGCUCAUCUCGCUUUAUUGGCCGAGGGAGCCGGCGUACAGCUUCUGGGUCAUGUGGCCAGCAUGAGUAAGCCACUUCUGGUGAACCAGAGCAGAGCACGGAAAUGGCGUUUACCUUCCCGCCGGAGCGGUACCUAUUUAUCUACUUGCACUUUGACGUGCUUUCGAACUGCUAGGUGGGCAGGAGCUGGGACCGAGCAAUGGGAGCUCACUCCGUCACAGGGAUUCGAACCACCGACCUUCUGAUCAGCAAGCUGUAGGCUCUGUGGUUUAACCCACAGCGCCACCCGCGUCCCAUGUCUCCCCAUAAGGAAGUGUAAAGGUGCUUAACCUUUUUCAUGCAACUACUUUCCUGGUUUUUGGCUUCCUCUUGAGAUAUUGUCACCAAACUUGGCAUGAGGCUUCUCAAUGCACGGGCAGUGGCCCUUGUUGCCAUUUAAACACUGGGCACCAUUUUGAAUCUUAAGUAGUAGAGCAAAGUGUGACUUGGCCUGCUUUUUGGCAUGACAGAGCCAAACUUGCAAAUUAUACUACCCAUUUAAAAAUCACAGUAUUUCUAAAAAUUCCUGGGCCCUCCCUCCCAAUAAGCUUUAAUUCAUUACUAUGUAAAAGCAAGGCCAGUUUGGGUUGAGGCACCAAGAUGUGGUCCUUUUUCGCAUUAGAAUCUGAUCUGAAUGGAGAAGGGGAACCUUUCAAGCCAUCAAAGGAGAACAUGAAUCACAAGCUAUACCCCUAAUGAUAAGGGAUAGUUUGACAGUCCCUACAGAGAGCCAGAAACAGAGGGCGGAAAUAAAGAAAGGAGAAAAAACUGUACUUGAUCUACACCAGCAAAUAUUGAAUCCUUUGUUGUAAUGAUUCAGAGUAGGUUGUCACCUGUUAUCAGAGCUGCUUCGUGAAAAGUAUAUCCACUGUAGCCCAAAGAGGCUAAUGCAAAGUGGCAAUGACACUCUUGGUUAGGUCAAGCUUUCAUACACAAUUACAUUUUCGAUUCCUCUUUGCCAGGUCCAUAAAGUUGGUUUGGAGGGAGGCAUUAUUUGCUGAAAAAGAGAGUGGAGACCCCACCCAUACUUCAUUUUGCCUUUCAGUUCUUUUCUGUUCAGCAGCUAUGACUCUGGAGCUCAUAGAUAUUAGGGUUAGUUUAAGAAAUGGUAUUGGAGGCCCUUGCACUUGAAUCACACCUGUGGCAAGAGCAGGUGUAGACAUGGGGUCUUAGCAACAGAGCAGAGGGAUGUGCCUUACACCACGUCAGACCAUGAGUCUAGACAGCUCAGUAGUAUCUACUGAGUGGCAGCAGCUCUCUAGGAUCUCAGACAAGAGAGUUUCCCAAAUCUGUCUGGAGAUGCUCUGAUACUGAAACAUGGAUCUUCUCAAUAGGAACACAGGAAGCUGCCUUGUACCAAAUCACACAAUCAGUCAAUUUAGCCCAGUGCUGUCUACACUGACUGGCAGUGGCUUUCCAAGACAGGAAUCUUUCCAAGUUUUGUAUGGAGUUGCCAAAUUGAACCUUCAGAAUGCAAGACAGAUGCUUUCCACUGAACUGACGGAGCAAAAUUAAGCUUUUCUUGCAUUCCAAUAUCUUCACAAACAUUAUCUCUGUAAUCCUGACAACAAACUUAUAGGGGAUGCCAUCUUUAUCACCACCCCCAUAGUGGGUAUGUGUCAAGGGCUGGUGGCUUACCAGUGGCCAAGACACGGUUUGAACAGAGCUCUUUCUGGCUUACAGUUUAUUAUCAGAGCUAUCUCACAGUACUAGUCUCAGUUACUACUAUUACAGUGUUUGUUGGAUUACAGUAGUAUACUAUAGUUUACCAUAGUAUAGCAUAGCAUAGAUUAGCAAAGUUAAUGGCCCAGAAUGGUUGGUAGUUCCAUGGAAGCUAAUGAUUAGGAGAUGGUCUCUUGAUCACUGGGGAUCUCUCAGGGUUUCAGAAUGAGAUGCCCAGCAGAGCUUUAAGAUGGUAAUACAUGGAGGGGGCAGAGAGACAGGACAAGGAGCAGUUGGCAUCUGGGACAUUAACAAGAUAAGAAACAUAAAAACCAAAUUGCUCUGAAAACACAGAAGAAAAAUUAAACACACACACAUACAAAUAACCACAAAAGCAAUCAUCUUCUUUCUGAAAAUGAAUUCUAUUCUGUACUUCUCUACUCAGAAGCAAGCCCUAUUAAGUUCUCCCAAGUAAAUGUGGAUAGGAUUGCAGAUGAGUUAGAAAUCGUUGUUGGAUCCAGUAGAGUUCUUUUUUAAAAAAUUGAUCAAUCAUAUUUUAACUGACCAAUUCACCAUAUUUAAAAGUUUCCAGAUUGCCCAGAUCACUUUUUGCUCUUUUAAUGAAAACAUAGAACUUAAAAAUUUAGCCAACAAUUUGGCUGCCUCUCACUGCAGAAAAAAAAUACUGAAGAAAUGACUCGGAGAUUUCUUCUUCCAUUCCUGAUUACAGUAAAAUACCAGAUAUCCUUUGAAAAAGGAAGAGCAAGCAAGCACUGCCCUCAGAUUUCAUCCUCAGUGAUUAAAAAUUGCCGCCACUAAUUAAAAUUGGCCCCAACCGUCAAGGAAAGCUUUAGCUGAUUAAUCUACCGGUUAAAACUUACAGCUCUCUAAAUUGCACAAUUAAAAAGAAAAGAAAAAAGAAAUUCUUUUUUAUAUAUAAAAAAGCAAGCCGGAACAGCCAGGCAGGCAUCUUUAUUGCCAUUUGCAAUGCUUUUAUUUCACCUUAUUUUAUUAGGAACUUCUGCCAUUGCAAUGGCUUCUCUCCCCUCAUGGGCUUGCACCAAAGCUCAAGCAAUUAACCAGCCUGAUCACUCUCCAUAAACCUGAAAUAAACCGUGAAAGGGGGGAAGCAGCAAAACGUAUUAACUCCUGACCCUUAACAAGAAGACUUGUCAAUUGUAUAGCAACAUGGGGCUUGUCGCGGCCAGUCAGGGAGCACGGAUAGGCUGCCUGAUUAAUUGGCUGUCUCAAACGGGUGGAUGUGUCCCCUGGCAAUUAGCAGGUAGGCUGGAUAAACUCCAGGAGAACAGUGUCCUGUGAAAAGUAUUUUUUAAAAGAAACCCCCCCCCCCCGAAAAAUAAAAAUAAAGCAUGAGGAUCCGAACCCUCUGAAAACAGCCUCAGUUUUAACUUUUGUAGUUCUGGCCUCAAUCAUUGCAGCAAAUUUGUGUCUGUACAAAACUUACUCGGAGAGUCUGAGCCAAUCUGCACAUUAAGAAAAAGCAUAUGGUACUGCCCUCUUGGGAGUGUACCACUUUUGAAUGCUGAUGGGGGGAGCUCACAUUUAAACGCUGCCCCACUUAAAGAAAACCUUCCUGGUACAAUGGGGGGUGGGACGCGGGUGGCGCUGUGGGUUAAACCACAGAGCCUAGGGCUUGCCGAUCAGAAGGUUGGUGGUUCGAAUCUCCGUGACGGGGUGAGCUCCCGUUGCUCGGUCCCUGCUCCUGCCAACCUAGCAGUUCGAAAGCACGUCAAAGUGCAAGUAGAUAAAUAGGUACCACUCCGGCAGGAAGGUAAAUGGCAUUUCCAUGCGCUGCUCUGGUUCGCCAGAAGCAGCUUAGUCAUGCUGGCCACAUGACCCGGAAGCUGUACGCCGGCUCCCUCGGCCAAUAAAGCGAGAUGAGCGCUGCAACCCCAGAGUCGUCCACGACUGGACCUAAUGGUCAGGGGUCCCUUUACCUUACAGUGGGGGGUGGGGAGUUCAGUCUGGCAGAGAGAAAACUAGACUCCAGCCCUUUUGCCCAAUGAAGGAACAGGGUGUAGUCAAAGGAAGGAUUUGUUCAAUUAUACAAUGCACCACAUUUGUUUUUCAAAAUGCUACAGUCCCAAGAAGACUGCACCACAUCCCCCCUACUCCGAAUAUGUAGGUCUGCUUUGAGAUGCACUCCCUGAGCUUAUCAUGUUUCCACAUGCCCAGGGGCUGUGGACAUGCAUUUUCAAGAGUUCUGAAACACCGCUGAAUUCCUUGUCUGGGCAAAUGGCCUUGGCUAAGGUAGCAAACCUGUGAUUGUUUAAACAAAUCCUUACUAGGUGUUAUAGAGCAUCACCAGUCCAAAGCGCAUGCCAUGAAACUCUUGCCGGUGUAGAAAUAGUGCAACUGCAAUCAGUUUGCCAUUCUCACGGGAACUGAUAAUAAAUAGUUCAGUGGUAGAGUAUCUGCUUUUCCCAGUUCCAUUCCCUGACAUCUCCAGGAAGGGCUGAACUAGACCACUGUCUUAAGACCCUGGAGAAUCACCAAAAGUCAUUGUAAACAGUAUUGAACCACAUGGAUUAAUCUUGUGUGUAAAGCAUCUUCUGGCAAAAAAAAUAAAAAAAUUGGGCACAUGAGCAGUUAAUUCCAUCCCUACUGCAAAGCACACCUGGACUUCAAAACAGAUGAUUGGAUGCUUUUGUGUGCCCACCUUGCCCUUUUGGCAGGAAGCAAAGAAUGAAAGAAUAUUAGCAGUUUUCAAUACGCAAGACAAUAACCCUUAAUCACCUUGCCAUGGUGUGGGUUUGGGUUUUUGAAUUUUGCGAACAGUACGGCACUUCUUCUUUUUUUAGAUAUUAAAAAACCCCACACCACCCCCAGUUAUUACUUUCUGUUUGAAAUGGUAUUUUGAUUCUUACAAAAUAGGCAUUCCAAAAUAACCUGCUGUCUUGAAGGAGGGGUGGAGAAAUCACAAAUGCCCCAGUGACAUAAUACCUUUAUUAGUCACAGUUUCCUGAGCAAGCUUUGGAGUUCUCCAGAAGACUUCCUCAGGCAAAAUUUGAACAAAGCAAAAGAGUUUAAGAGUGUAAGUGUGUGUGUGUGUGUGAGAGAGAGAGAGAGAGAGAGAGAGAGAGCGCUCAUGCUAGAGGAAAGGGAAUGGUGUUUGCAAUUCUUGAGGUAGAGUGUAGGAGGAGUCCUACAGACACUGAAUUAAAUUAGGUCGCUUCUAGAUCCGGAGAUGGCGGGGGAAUUGGAUUCAGUUCACAGUUAAAGGCAAAUCUACCUGAAUCACACUUUCGGAACAACAUGUGAACAGCAAAACAGCCAUAUUUCAAAAUGCCAAUUUCCCCGAAUUUUGCAAUGCAGUUCUCUAGCUGAGUCAUGUAUACAAAAAUGCAUAUACCAGGGUAAAGUGUGCAUUUAAAAAAUAUGUAUAUUAAUGAAAACAACAUGCCAAGAUGCAUUAUAUUAGGGAACAUUGCUCUGCAAAAAUGUGUAUAAGCAAAAUUGCAUAAAAACGAGGCACUAAAAAGCUGGUGAAUGUUUAAGUAGGGAUGCCGUACAUCUGGAAUUUCUCGGACAUAGCCGGGAUUCAUCCGCCAAAAACAGCAUCUGGGCAGAAUUUUCGAAAAGCAGCCAAAAUGUCCGGGAAAAUACGGGUGUAUGGCAACCCAUGUCAAAAGUGUAGUUCGGAUUCUCUUGUGCCUGGAUUUUCAUUUUAUGAAAUAUGGCAACCCUAUGUGUAAGUGGACUUUUAAAUAAUAAUAAAAAUUGCAAGCUGAUGUAGAAAUGUGAGUUUAAGAUUGGGGGGAAAUGAGAAACAGAGAGAAAUCGAAAUUGACUUAUUUGCCCAUUCCUAGCUGUAUGUGACAGCGGCUACUGUAGGGUGUAUUUGUGUCCCAUUUUGCAGAGGACCAUCCUCUAUUUGCAGUCAUCCUCACUUUGAAAGGCUGAUCUGGGUGGAACUUAAAGGUGACUGGGGAGGAGUCAAUGUUAAUGGUCCCCCGUGACUUGGAUGCGAGACUCAUAUCCACCAGGAGUCAAGUGUUCAGUAUUUUAUGAAACUCCCUUCCAGUUAAGGAUAGACAAGCUCCCUGCCUGUUGAACUUCCACCACCUACUAAAGACUUAUUUUUUCUAAUUCCAGCAGGGUUCUCAAUUAAAUUUUACUUGUAUAGUUAUAACUCAUUUUUAAUUUAAUUGCACUGAGUCUCCUGCACACUUCUGAGGCCGCAUUCAAACAGCACUUCAUUCCAUUUCCACCAUGUUUCCCGAACUGUUAAUUUCCACAUUAUAUUUGAGCUUUCACUGGAUGUAAAAAGCCACUUCCGGAAGUAUAGUGGAAUAUAGAGCCCAAAGUUAGCACUCGUUUCCAUAUACUCUGCAAAUUGAUUUUUUUUCCCCGGGAAGCCAAUGACACAGAAAUGAUUGCUAAACUUGCUCUAUAGAAGAGGCUUUUUACAUCAUGUGGAAGCUCAAAUACAACGAGUUAGGAAAAAGUCAUAAAAACAGAAUAAUACGGCCAUGUGAAUGCAGCAUUAGAGACUGAUUACAACCAAGUGGUCUACAAAUUCUCAAAAUAAAUGAAUGAAACCAUACUUUCCUGCUGGAUCUUGUAUUUUGUUCAGGUCAAGGAGGAGAGAGCAAGCCUUCGGGCAUCCAGGAUGCAGCUUUGAAAACGUGUUAGUCAGGAGCCCCUGGAUUCCAGCAAGGCAUUACCACCAGGGCUUCUGCCUGUGAAGAAAGACAAGCCAAGGGCCCAGAGCAACUUCUUCAAUUGCAGGAAGCUGAUUGUGUGAGAUACACCACCCUCCUCCGAUCUGGAUCAUUUCAGUUGGUUCUUGUUUGGAGCUAGAGGAGCCAGCAGUGAAGCUGUUCAAGAGAGAUGUGGAGAGCCCCCAAGGGAAUACUUUUGAAAAGAACUGGGGAAAUAGUUUCCCCGGCCACCAGACUAAGCCUCUUUUUUUCUUCUUUUUUUUGGGACAUAUCUAUGAAUAGAGACUGUCACAAAAUCGGGCAGAUCCACACGUUGCAUUUAAAGCAGAUUCAACACACUCUUAAAGCACAUGACACCCCCCCCCCGAAUCCUAGGAGCUGUUGUUUGUUCAGGGUGCUGAGAAUUGUAGCUCUGUGAGGGCUAAACUGCAGUUCCUCUGAUUCUUUGAGGGCAGUAAUGUGCUUUAAAAGUGUGCUGAAUCUGCUUUAAAUGCAUAGUGUGGAAGUCCACCAGUGAAUUUAGGGAGAUAAUUUCCAGCGUCCUCAUGGAACUACACAUCCAAGCAUUGGGAAUAUAGGGAGCUGUCUUAUAGCAAGUCAGACUAUUGGUCCAUCUGGCUCUGUAUUGUCUACACUGGCUGGCAGCAACUCUCCAGGGUUUUGGAUCAUUCCCUGCCCUACUUGGAGAUGCCAGGGAUUGAACUGGUUCAAGAGCCUGGUACUUUUGCAGGGUAAUCCUGAAAAUCAGGUUAUCCUGAAUAUAUAAAAUUUAUGGCCUAGAUAUUAAAACUAGUGUUUAUCUGCUUAUGCAAUCAAGUUGAAAUUAUAUGUUCUUUUAUGUGUAAUUUUUUUUAAAAAAAAUGUUAUUUUAAAGGCACUAGUUCACCAAAAAAUGCCUUCAGAGCAGUGUAUAAAACAUAAAUGAGAUAUAAUCUCCAUAUGCCAGCCUGAGGCCCUCUAGAUGUUUUGAGCUACAACUCCCAUGUGCUGGCUAGGGCUGAUGAGAGCUGUAGUCCAAAACAUAUGGAGGGCACUAGGUUGGAAAAGCCUGCAGUAUAGAAAUAAAAAUGUGGCAGAGGGAAGGGAACCCAGAACAUCUAUCUAUCCAAGGCAGAACCUCUAUCUAUUCAAGAACAACAGCAAUAAAUUUUUCAGGGAAGUAUACUGAAUAUUCACAUAUAUAUUCAGCUUCAGUCUUUGAAGGCAGGUCUAUCAAACUGUGGGGAAAGUUUCCUUUACACUAUGUCCAGGGUCACCCCCCGUCCUCACUUGUUGCCAAAUGCCACUUCAAAGAAGAUAAUCCACAACAUGAUAUGCAAUCAUUUCAAAACAAAACAAAAUCUCAAUCUCUCUCACACACAUACACAUACUUUAAAGAAACUCUUAAGACUCUCAAAUUCUCUCCAAAGCCAAUGACUGCAGGCAUACCAUACAUUUAAAGUGUGUGCAUGCACACAAAGCACCAAAUCCUGGGAAUUGCAGUUUACCACCUCACGGGGUUACAUUUCCUUGCACUCAUAGCAAACUACAGUUCCCAGAGUUCUUCAGCAGGGAAGACGUGCUUUAAAUGAGCUUUAUGCGUAUGGUGUGUGUGCAGACGAAACCAGCUUUUCUCCUUAGAUGAUUGUGCUGGUGCUGUUCUGAAAGACCCACCCUCCUUUCCCCUGCUCCCCCCUCAAAAAUACACUUUUAUCUCUGAAGCCCCAUGUCCCUUUUCUCCACGGACAAAUUGCUGCUUGUUGCCGCUCAGAUAACCAGCAUCCAUUCCCUGACGCCCUUCUCCUGCGAGUCGUCCAAGUCGCUGAUAAUUGGCAUGGAAGUCGGGGCAGGCGGCGUGGCCUCUGGACUUCAGCUCCCUUGACCUCAGUCAAGUGGCUGUUAUUUAGUUCAGCAGCAGCAAACCUGUUUGGAAAGCGUGGCACUACAGAAAAGCCAAGAGCGUACGAGAGAGCACUCAUGGUCGUUGAGAGUUUGUCUGCUGAGUUAAGAGAGCUUUGUGGCAAGCACCACUCAGGAAAAGCCGGUUGGGUAUGAUGUGUAUAUAGCUUUAAGAGGCCCAGCAAGUGUUACUUACUUACUUAUUUAUUCAGGUGAUUUAUAUCCCACUUCAAGCUUCAAAUAAGUCUCUAAGCUAGGAACCGGGAACCUUCAGAAAAUAAAACCCCAACCUGCCCAAGAUGUUGCUGAGCUACAUCUCCCAUCAACCCCUCCAAAUAUGGCCAAUUUGCCAAGGAUGAUGGGAGUUGUAGUUUGGCAACAUCCUGGAGGGCCAAAGGUUCUCCACACCUGCACAAAGUGGUUUACAACACCCUAAACACACACACAGAGAGAGAGAGAGAGAGAGAGAGAGAGAGAGAGAGAGAGUUAUAAUAAAAAUUCCACAUUUCAGAAUGGCCAGACAAACAGCAAACAAACAGCAAACAAAACGAACAGCAAACAAACAGCAAACAAACCAUCUGGCCCCAGGUGCAACCACUUCCCCUAAUUCCCUCUCCGCUGCCUCAAGCAAUCAGCAAAUGCAGCAGAAAAGAAUGUUCUGGUUGACCCAGGUGAAAUCACUCACCUCAAAUUUCCUUUUGCUCGCAGGCUUGGACCAAGGCCUCUCCCUCUCUCUUUCGGCACAGGCCUUGGGACCGGUGGUACGGUGUCAUGCCGCUCCUCGGAAGCAAGUUUCUCCUCUGGGGAUUCUGUUGCGCAGUGACCUGGAUCUCCUCUGACUUGCCUGAAGAGCAGAGUGCUGGGAUGGACUGUGAAGCUGAAUAGGUAAGCUUAACCCACCUUGCUGAAGGGACACUUGUAGGAAGGGGAUAGGACUGGUUCCAUAUUCCCCAACAUCUCACAGGUGAAAAUAGGGGCACUUAAGGAGUUGUUCUAACACCCCUCUGCCCAGAGCCCAUGCACACUCCAAAGUUAUACAGUGGUACCUGGAACGGACGGGAUCCGUUCCAGAGCUCUGGUUGGAUCCCAAGGUUUCCGCAACCGGAGGGACUGCUUCUGUGCAUGCGCACAUGGCGAAACCCGGAAAAAUACUUCUGGGUUUGCCUCGUAUGUAUCCCGAACAAUACGUAACCGGAGGUGAACAUAAGUAGAGGUACCACUGUACAGUGGUACCUCGGGUUAAGUACUUAAUUUGUUCCGGUGGUCUGUUCUUAACCUGAAGCACCACUUUAGCUAAUGGGGCCUUCUGCUGCCGCCAUGCUGCUGGAGCACGAUUUCUGUUCUCAUCCUGAAGCAAAGUUCUUAACCUGAAGCACUAUUUCUGGGUUAGCGGAGUCUGUAACCUGAAGCAUAUGUAACCUGAAGCGUAUGUAACCUGAGGUACCACUGUAUGUUGUUGAAGGACCUCCAUUAGCUGUUGGUAUUCAUUUACCCUGGCUUUCACCAUUACCACUCUAUUUAUUUAUCCUUUGUGUCCACAUGUUUUUAUUUUAGAUGAAUUCCUUUCUCCUUCCCCUUUAUAGGGGAAGAUUUCAGACUUGCAUAAGGGGAGCUCUGCUGGAUUAGGCCAAUGGCCCAUCCACUGCAGUAUCCUGUUCUCAUGGUCCACCAGAAGCCUCUGAGAAGCCCUGCAAGCAGGGCACGGGUGCAGCUGCACUUUCCCUGCUUGUGAUGCUCAGCAGCUGGGCAUACAGAGGCAUACUGCCUCUGACAGUGGAGGGAGAACGUAGCCAUUGUGGCUAGUAGCCACUUUACCUCCAUGCAUUUGUCUAAUCCCCUUCUGCAGCCAUCCGAGUUGGUAGCCCUCACUGGCUCUAUAUGUCCUGAACCUUCCAGCAAUUUGCUUCUUUGGGUGCCCCUGGGGCCUGGUAUUCUGAGCAGGGAAAAGCUUAUCCCUAUCCACUUUCUCCACACUGUGCAUAAAUUUAUAAGCCUCUGCUGUGUCCCAUCCAGACUUGCCUUUUUUCCAAAACCAGUAAACUCCAAAUGUUGUAACCUUUCCCCGUUUGGGUGUUGCUCCAGCCCCCUGUUUGUUCUCCUUGCCCUUUUCUGAACCUUUUCCAGCUGCAGUUUCUUUGCUGAUGUGCCCUGAGCAGAACUGUACAGUGAGCCUGCAACUUGCACACUUUUAAAUUGUGUGCAUUCCGCUUUAUGUGCUGGGGGAGCGGGGGAUUAAAAAGGGGGCUUUAAGGGGCAGGUUUCCAGGGGGAAAGACUUUAGCAAUCCCACCUGCCAUACGUGAUUUUGACUUUAGGCAAGAUCCACGGAACAUAACACCCAUGUAAGUUGCAGGCACAAAAUAUUCUGAACAAUUCUUAGCACCCUUAAUAAGCUUGCAGUUCAUAGGUUUCCUGGGGGAAGUUGUGUACUUUAGCUGCGCAUUAGAUGUACUUUAAAUGUCCAGUGUAGAUCCGCCCACAGUGACCAGAAUUGGAAUGUUCUUAGGCCCCAUGUUAGACAGGUACCUGGGGUAAUAUUGCAGUCCUAGGAGCAGCAAAACGUGUGUUGUUUGAGGGAGGGAGAGCUUGCCUUCUCCCCAAAAUUUAUUUGCCUAAUGCCAGACAAGACCAAGUUAGCUAAGGAACGGAGGAAAAAAUAUUACCAAACCGGAAACUCACAAACCAGCUUUCCUAGCCCCACAUCAAUUUUCCUUUCUUGCACCUCUCCCAUUUAUACAAGACAUAUUUAUGUUUCGCUUUGGCUUUGGGUCUUUAGAGCGCCUGGAGUUGACCCUUGUGCUCACUGCAGACAUCACUGUGUCACGCUGCCAAUUAACACCGAAGGAAUCCUUUUAGCACAAACAGGAGGUCACCUCUUCCCUUUUCUGGCAGCCCCUCCUGAUUGACGUGUGUCUAGCAGGGCCUCCUAUAACAAGUCUUCCAACCUGCCUUCCCACCAAGGCGACAGACGUUUUGACCUCCCUGAUUUAAGAAAGAGAUGCUGGGGGAAGCGAAAGAGUUUAUAGUGGGCUUUCUCUCUUCUAACAGCUAGUUGAAGGAGAUGAAGGCUGCUGGAUCAGGCAGAGCUUUGCUGCUAGGCCAGGCCAAAGGCCUAGCUGGUCCAGCAUCCUGCUCUCACAGUGGCCAACCAAAUGACCAUGGGAAACCUGCAAGCAAGACGUCGGCACUACAGCACUUUCUCCACCUGCAAUUCCCAACAACUAGUAUACAAAGGCAUACAGUGGUACCUUGAGUUACAGAUGCUUCAGGUUACAGACUCCGCUAACCCAGAAAUAUUACCUCGGGUUAAGAACUUUACCUCAGGAUGAGAACAGAAAUCAUGCGGCAGCAGCAGCGGGAGGCCCCAUUAGCUAAAGUGGUGCUUCUGGUUAAGAACAGUUUCAGGUUAAGAACGGACCUCCGGAACAAAUUAAGUUCUUAACCCGAGGUACCACUGUACCGCCUCCCAACAGUGGAAGUGGAACGUGGCCAGAGUAGCUUGUGGCCACAGAUAGCUUUAUCUUCCAUCAUCUAAAUCUUCUUUUAAAGCCAUCCAUGUUGUUGGCCAGCACUACAUCAUGUAGGAGCAAAUUCUAUAGUUUAUGCGCUGUGUGAAGAACUUUCAUUUGCCUGUCUGACAUUCAGCUUCGCUGAGGGCACCGAGUUCAAGUCUUACGAGAUGGGGUGGAAAAACAUUUCUCUCUCUGCUUUCUCCACAUCACGCAUAAUUUCGUACACCUCCAUCACACCUCCCCCUUACUUGCCUCCCCCCCACCCAAUCUAAAAAGCCCCAAAUAUUGUAACUUCUUUUCAUAGGGGAGUUGCUCCAUCCCCCCCUAACCAUGACCCCACCCAUACUAUUGGAAGUAAUCUUAUGGGCUGGGACAAUGCCACAGAAAAACUGGGAGGCCAGAUAAGGAGUCCACCAGGGGCCCUUGACACUAUAUAGAAAUUUCGCUAUCCUUUUGGUAAUGAUAGAGAAGAAAACAGCGAAGCAAGUGGGUCUAUUUUUGGAAGUCACUGCUUGUCUCCUUGGCGAGGUUUCUUUGUUUGGCUCGUUAAUAAUAUCUCAAGGUUGCCUUUUUGAAACAGAAACGUUCAUGAGGUAUUUUGCAAAAUAAAAACACAGCACAACCCCUAAAUAUGCUAUCAGUUCAAUGAAAACACUAUAAAAUUAGAGCUGAGGAUUAGAGGCAGUGGUUUGCGUAAGGCAGUCGUCAUCAACCUGGUGCCCUCCGGAAGUUUUGGACUACAGUUCCCAUCAGCCCCAGACAGCACAGAGUCUGCAUUAGCUUGUCCUUGGCCCAUUACAACAUCUGCACAAUUCCCAAAUAGGGAGCCAAGCCAAAUGACUACAGCAGCACCAGUGGCGUUGAGGGGCCCAAGUGGUGUUGGGAAGGGCUGUCUGCACUGGAGGAGGUGGGCACUGAGGGCCAUCUUCCUGGGGUCUGUCUGCAUUGUCUAGGAUGUUGGGCAAGGGUCUUUUCCAGCACUACCUGAAGCUGUUGAAGGUCGAACCUUGGCCUUACUGCCUACAAAGCGUGUGCUAUAUCCCUGAGCAGUGUCUGUUCACAAAGCUAGGUUGUGGGGACAGUCUGUUUGGUGAUGAAAUGCAGCACUUUGUACAUGCUCAGGGAGCAGCCUUCUGCGUUACCCAAAUAAUAAUUCUGUACUAAAGGGGUGUGUUUUAAUUAGGAUGGCUGGCGCUAUCCGUGCGAGCGAUAGGCCUUUUUGUUUUUGCAUUCCCGCAACUCACCUGAAUUUUCAUCCACUUCUGAGACAUGGGCUGAAAGCCUUGCAGGGACUGUGUAAAGGGGGGAGGGACGCAAAAUUCACUGCCGCAUGCUGUUCAUUUCUACAGAGGCACUUUCUCGCAAGCUAGUGUGUACCUAAGUGGUGACUCAUAACGACAAAGUUGGAAGAAAUGUGGAUUUCAGUGGGAAGAGCAUCUCUGGUAAGCUGCCAUUGAAGCAUGCAGAGCCUGUGCCCACUUGGCGGGGGUCACUGUAUCCCAAGCCGUUGCUUUGUUUUGAAGAUCCGGAGAGCUGGACUCUCUCUCCCUUCCUCCCAGCAACACGCAUGACAAAUUGCAAGUCUCCUUUGCGCAGAGGAGAAAAGCUCUUUCCGACUGAUUCACCUCUCCCGCUGUGCAGAGUCCAAGGCAAAGGAUUCUGUUGGUUUUAUUAAAAAUGGCGGGGGAGGAAGAGUCAAUUUGGCAUCUGGGAGCUGUGCUAUCAAACCUUGUGCUGAGCUUGUUAAGCAUGGGGGAGAGAGAGAAGACGGAGAAGGGAUAGGAGAGCCAUAUUUUCAAAUAACUGAAGGGCUGCCACAUGGAAGAUGGAGCAAGCUUGUUUUCUGCUCCUCCAGAGGGUAGGACCCAAGCCAAGGAAUUCAUAUUGCAAGGAAGGAGAUUCUGAAUAAACAUAAGGAAGAACUUUUCGACGGGAGGAACCGUUUGACAGUGGAACAGAAUAUCUUGGAAUGUGGUGGACUCUCCUCCAUUGGAGGUUUUUAAACAGCAUUGGAUGGCUGUCAGGGAUUCUUUAGCCGUAAUUCCUGCAUCAGACAGUGUCUACUAGAUGCCCCUUGGGGUCCCUUCCAACUAUACAAUUCUAUGCUCUUGGGGCCCCAGUCCAGAUAUCCUUUAUGUUAUGCCUUCAUGAUGAUUUGUGCUGAUGGUGGUAUUGGGUUGGUUGUACAGAACCCCCUCUUUCAAAGCUUUUUGCACCUGCAAAAGGUUUGGGGUGGGCGUACUUCUUCAUUUCCAGUCUGAUGAAAUCUUGUAACUGAUUACGCCACAAAUGUUCUGGUGGUGAUUGUCUCAUUUUUGCUGCGCUAUAGGCAAUCACUUAAAAUGCCUAUUUCACAGGUGGGAAGACUGAGGUCAAGAGAUAAACAAACAGCAGACGCUAAUUUAUUUUACUUGCCAUUGUUAUACCUUUGGGAGUAGGAAACUCUCAACAUUCUGUUGCAAAUCACCUACCACGGACCUACCAGGAAUUUAAGCGGGAGGUGUUUGGAAGAAUACUGGGUGACUGGAUCCUUUCAUCUCAAGGGCUCAGGGGAGUCUUUUGCAUAGUACCCAGCCUGCUGCAGUGAAACUGCUGGGAUGAUUUAAGUGCCGUUGCUUUUAUUGGCCAGUUUACAAUUUGAUAAAUUCCUGGAUCAUCGGCAGAGCUGGGGGAGCCGGUAGUUUAGUUUUCUUGGCAGGGUUCUGCCUCCCAUGUGUUUUGGUUCGCACCUAUGCAAGAUUUACCAUUAUUUCUCUCUAAAUCUUAGCAUGUUUGCUGGAGGAGCCAGUGUGUCAUAAAGGUGUCUGCUAAACAGAUGUUAGGUUCUCUGGAACUGCUAGGGAAGCCGUCUUUUAUCCCGAGAAAAUAGCUGAGAUAAACAGGACUAUCUGUAGGCAGCUUCAGCAAGUGCAGAAGUGGAGUCUAGGGUUGGAAGGCACAACCCCCCACUUCCCCACCACCACCCCAAACAACUGGCCGAUCAAAUAUUGUAAAUGAACCACAGUGUGGUGCAGCAGUUGGAGUGUUUGACUAGGACCUGGGAGACGGGGGUUCAAAUCCCACCCUCGACAAUGAAGCUUCCCAGGUGACUUUGGGUAGGUCGCUAUCUCUUACACCAGUGAUGGCUAAACUUGGACCUCCAGCUGUUUUGGGACUACAACUCCUGUCAUCCCUAGCUAACAGGACCAGUGGUCAGGGAUGAUGGGAAUUGUAGUCCCAAAACAGCUGGAGGGCUGAGUUUGGCCAUCACUGUCUUACACUAACCUCACAGGCUUGUUGAAAUGAUAGAAUUGGGGGGAUACAAUUUGGACGCUAAAGAGCAGCCCCCCCCCCAGGGGUAGCAAAGGAACAAAAGGAAAUGUGGACAAACCCAUAGUAUUUGUAUCCCAUAUUAACCAAGUAAACCCAUUGAAAUUCAUGGCUGUUGGUGCCACUGGGUCUUCUCUGAGUAGAACUCAUUGGGCCACAACCAACAAUACUUGAACCAUGUGAAUAUGUAAGAUACUUACCGUGUUGGAAGCACAGAGGCUGCAUUACAGCAUAUUUAGGUGCCUCUGUUAAACAUUUAUGAAAUUCCUUUCUUGCAGAGAAUUUAGCCUCCAAACAUAAAUGUGAUCAUCAUCAGCACAGUGGCAGUGACUUCUGGGGAGGUGGGCAGCGGUGGGCAGAGUUCAGUGCUUUCAAUCCUUUGUCCUGCGGCAACCCAUCUACCGUCUACCCCAUAGCACUGUGCUGAGGACAUUGUAAAUCUUUCCUGACCCCAAAUAAUGUCUCCUGAUCUUUCACCUUCAGUAGAUUAAAAAUAGCCCGAGAGUGACAGCUUUGGGUAAUUUUAUUUUAUUUUUUAAUCCAUCAAAUAUUGCAGAUAAUCAACCAUACAGGGAAGGUGUGUGGAGGGGGGAAGAGGAAAAGAGAGGAGAGGAGGGAAAUGAAAAGGGAGGAAAGCAUACAAGAGAAAGACCCAAAAUUGAAUGGUGUUUUGAUGCUAAUUUAGCUUUUCCCUGGAGUGUGCCCACUUUCUUGGGGAGAACAUAAGAAAAGCCUUGCUCCAUCAGGUCGAGGCAGGAUCUGAGUGCAAUGGCAAUUCUCCCCAAUUGUGACACCUAGCAGAAGCAGUUUUAGGGGAGCAUGGCCCGUUUGGUCGUCCUGGGCGCAGAGCCUUGGAGGCUCCGCAAGGGGAUGCCACAACUAAUUGUCAGGGGACUGACAUCGGAGCUAGAGGUGGAGGGAAGGCUCUCCAAUGAUGCUGGAGAAGGGCCCAGCAGGGAGAGAGGCAGCUCAGCAGAUGGGGAAGCAAUUCAGUGCAACACCAGGAAUAAGGAGGGGCAGAUGGGGGAAUCGGUGAGAGGGCUCCCAGACUCUUCACCGGACACCAGCGGGGAGAGCACUGGUCCUCCGCUACCCACGCCCUCCCUGCGCAGAAGACUUCCGCGCAGAGAAAGUAGGAGGAGACUGGGUGUCAAACAACUUUUAUGUUGGAAAAGGUUUAAGAAACGCCGACUGACGGAUUCUGCUAGCGACUGAGGCAGCCACGAAUUGAAGGGCUGUCCAGACAGAAAGGUUUAACAAGGCAACAUAGCCAGGAGAGGCGGCAACUUACGCACGAGCAAUCCCAUAUCAUUAUACUAAUAUUUAGAAUGGGGUGCGAGAGGUGGGGGCGCCAAAUUUUGGCAUCGCUACAGUUCAAGACCCCAAGGUCCACCACUGUUCCCAGCAACUGAUGUUGAGAGGCAUACAUAUGGUGGAGGUAGAAUGAAGGCAUCAUGGCUAGAAGCCAUUAACAGCUUUAUCCUCCAUUAAUUUUGUCUAAUCUCAUUUUUAAAGCCAUAGAAGUUGGUGGCUGCCAUGACCUCUUCUGGGAGGCUAAUUUCAUACUGUUGACAAUGCACUAUGUUGAAGAAAAGAGAUUUUGACUAAACUUCAGGAAGAACUUUCUGACGGUGAGAGCUGUUUGACAGUAGAACGGAACUCCCUCGGGAGAUGGCCUGCUCUCCAUCACUGGAGGUUUUUAAAGCAGAAGCCGGCUGACCGUCUGUCAUAUAGGAUCUAGUUGAGAUUCUUGCUUUGCAGGGGGUUGGUCUAGAUGGCCCUUAGGGUCCCCCCAGCUCUACAGUUCUGCGAAUCUGUCCAACAUUCAGCUUCAUCCAAUGUCCAUGGGUUCUAAUAUUAUGAGAGAGGGGCAAAAACUUCCACUUCUCCCACACCAGGCACCUUCUGAAACCCACCACUCAGCCAUGAAGCUCACUGGUUGACCUUGUGCCAGUCACUGUCCUUCAGCCUAACCUACCUCACAGGGUUGUGGUGGUGGUGGUGGGGAGAGCAGUGUUUGUCUCCUCCUACGUAAAGGUAAGAGGACCCCUGACCAUUAGGUCCAGUCAUGGCCGACUCUGGGGUUGCAGCGCUCAUCUCGCUUUAUUGGCUGAGGGAGCCGGCGUACAGCUUCCAAGUCAUGUGGCCAGCAUAACUAAGCCACUUCUGGCGAACCAGAGCAGCGCACGGAAAUGCCGUUUACCUUCCCGCCGGAGCAGUACCUAUUUAUCUAUUUGCACUUCGACGUGCUUCUGAACUGCUGGGUUGGCAGGAGCAGAGACUGAGCAAACGGGACUCACCCCGUCGCAGGAAUUCGAACCGCCAACCUUCUGACUGGCAAGUCCUAGACUCUGUGGUUUAACCCACAGCGCCACCCGUGUCCCUUUCCUCCUACUUAAAGGUAAAGGGACCCCUGACUAUUAGGUCCAGUCGUGGCCGACUCUGGGGUUGCGGCGCUCAUCUCGCUCUAUAGGCCAAGGGAGUCGGCGUACAACUUCUGGGUCAUGUGGCCAGCAUGACUAAGCCGCUUCUGGCGAACCAGAGCAGCGCAUGGAAACACCGUUUACCUUCCCGCCGGAGUGGUACCUAUUUAUCUACUUGCACUUUAACGUGCUUUCGAACUGCUAGGUAGCUCAUGCUGCAACCGUAGGAGAAUUGCUCCAUCCCUUUCAUCGUAUUGGUUUCCCUUCUCUGAACCUUUUUCCAGGUCUAUAAUAUCUUUUUUUGAGAUGAGAAUGAAAGCAGCGUCCCACAAAAUUUACUAGCCUGCCCCCCCCCAAGGUGACUAGCCUGCCAAGAGGCACAUUGCCAUGCUGACCUCAGAGGAAGUGCCAAACACUUGGAUGGGGAAUCCUCAGGUCCCCUUCCCAGGCCACACUCAACACUGGCCCUACUUCACAUCCUGAGUCUUUUUGUCUGGCUAGAGCAAUCCUUGAACUCUGACCAUGCUUCUUUCUUUGCCCUGGAUGGACAAGGUAGAGCCUCAAUGGAGCAUAAAGAGCUGUGCGUGAAACUAGGAGGUUGCUCAGAAGGGAAUUCAGCCCUCAGGAUUAAAAAAUGUUCCCCACCCUGUCCCUACCAUUCUGCUCUGACUGUUAUCACAUCAUUAUCACAUUAUCAUUAUCGUAUUCUUUUUAUUUUGAGCCAGCCUCAAUGCUGUGAAUCAGUUGAUUGGGCUGCCGAGGGGGAGUGUGUUAAACAAACCAAGGCUGAGGUGGCGAAAUCCAGCUGAUAGGUCUUGGUGACUACGUGUAUUUAUGGCCCACUUAGGGGAAUUGCUGUCUAUAAAACAGGACGCUCCCUGGCUUGAUCCCGGUGUCAACAGUACUAAAGGCCACAAUCUUGUGUGCCAGUCACCUCCUUCCGGUAGUCGGGAACACCUCGGGAGAGAGAGGCGCACAGAGCACAGCCAGUCUCUGUAAACGGCAGGCAACUGGGCUGUAAUUCAAGGAGCCGGCAAACAGGGAGGUGUCAGAUGGUUUAAGGCACUGGCUUAAUGGUGCCGUUUGUGCCCCACCUUGUCAACAUAACCUCUUAACAGGUGUGGGGCAAAAUUCCCAGCUCCUGAAAGACACCCUACAGGGCUUAUCUAGCUAAUGGAGGAACUCUGCAGCAACGUCCGAUUAAAAUCUACCUUUUUUUUUUUUUUGCUCAUAUGAAAUCUCCUGAAAAGCCUGCCUCUUCCCAAGUGCAAGUCAUUGAGAAUUAGCAUGACAGUCAGGUAAUCUUAUAGUAUGCCUAAGCCAAUCCCAUAAAGAUUCCACCGGGGUGUACGUCAUCCAGAUGGGCUUUAUUAUAUCUGUCCUCCCCACCCCUUCACAUUGACAGUGCCUUUAGAACUAGAUUAUUCACAUUAACUAUGACAGCCCUUGAUUUUUAUUUUAUUUUUACUGGGGUGGGUGGGGGGUGUUGGUACGCCUUCCUAUCACCUUCAGCAAGUUUUAUCUCUUUGCUGCAGAUGUUCUCAGAUGAAUUUUGCUUAAUAUUCGGGGAAGUGGGGGUGGGGAGCAGAUGGUUCGCUGGAGUUAGAAUGAAGCAUAUGUACCACUGAGGUGGUGGUAUCUGGGUUUAAGUAAAAAAUAAAUAAAUAAAAAUUAAAGAGUGGUGGUGGUGGUGGGAUUUAAAUGAACAAGUGCAUUCGAAACAAAGAGGGAAAUCAUCAAGCACAAAUUGUUUGUAGAAUCAUAGAACUGCAGAGUUGGAAGGGGCCACAAGGGUCUUCUAGUCCAACCCCUUGCAAUGCAGGAAUCUUUUGCCCAACGUGGGACUCAAACCCACAACCUUGAGAUUAAGGUGUGUGUGUGUGUGUGUGUGUGUGUGUGUGUGUUCGAUUGAAUCCAACCAAGGCCUACUCACAGCAGACCCACUGAAAUUAAUGGACCUCAUUUUGAUUUGUCUAUUCACUUCAGUAGGUUUACUCUGAGUAGACCUACGCUGGACACAAUCCUUUGAUUUUUUUUUCUGAGCUUUGGCUGCGGCAGAGUCAUGAACCAAUUUGUUUCUCCAAGGGACUUACAUUGCAAGUGUGGGUUUCCCUUCCAUCUGUCUUCACAAGAACAACCAUGGACCAAGCUCAUCCAAUGAGCUGGGAAACAGAGCACCUAAAAAGUAUGAGAGCCUAAGGAUAAUGGCCUAAUGGUUAAUCCGGCCCUGUUUUUCUGCUCAGGUUGUACACUGAUUUCCCAGUUACUUCUGUAAAUAUUUCCAACAAAUUGGGGACGGUUGCCCACAUAAUCAGGUGACGUUUUCAAAAAAUGGUGGAGUCACACUAUGUAACAUCCUAACUCAGCACUGCACUGCUCCGUGUUUAAAGACUCAAAUAAUUUAGGGGCGAAAGGGGUCUCUGGGACAUCUAGUCCAAUCUCUUGCUCAAUGCAGACCUGGCUCAACUGUGUACAGUGGUACCUCGGGUUACAUACGCUUCAGGUUACACGCUCCACUAACCCAGAAAUGGUGCUUCAGGUUAAGAACUUUGCUUCAAGAUAAAAACAGAAAUCGUGCGGCGGUGGCACAGCGGCAGCAGGAGGCCCCAUUAGCUAAAGUGGUGCUUCAGGUUAAGAACAGUUUCAGGUUAAGAACGGACCUGCGGACCGAAUUAAGUACUUAACCCGAGGUACCACUGUAUUGGAAAAAAAUAUCAGUCUUUAUUGUGCAUUGUUUCUUACUCAAAAGUGCAGACUUCUCUACUACAGUCUUCUAUUCAGAAACUAUCCAAUAUUAGUCCUACUCAAGGAAUGCCCAUUGAAAUGAAUGGGCACGACCAACUUGGGUCCACUAAUUUGAAUGGAUCUACUUUGCAUAUAGAGGGACGCGUGUGGCGACGGGGUGAGCUCCCGUUGCUCGGUCUCUGCUCCUGCCAACCUAGCAGUUUGAAAGCACAUCAAAGUGCAAGUAGAUAAAUAGGUACCGCUCUGGCGGGAAGGUAAACAGCGUUUCUGUGCGCUGCUCUGGUUCGCCAGAAGCAGCUUAGUUAUGCUGGCCACAUGACCCAGAAGUUGUAUGCCGGCUCCCUUGGCCAAUAAAGCGAGAUGAGCACUGCAACCUCAGAGUCAGUAACGACUGGACCUGAUGGUAAGGGGUCCCUUUACCCUUUACCUUUACUUUGCAUAUAACUUAGCUAGCUAUAACUCCUUAUGCUCUAUGCAGGACAACUGGGGAAUGUGUAAUUUGCCCAUUGGGAACUGAAAACUGUGCAUACCCACAGCUGGGUUAAUUUUUGCAAGUCAUAUGCCGCACAUCUGUGCCCCUUUAAUAUCCUGCCCCUGAGUCAAAUCCAAAAGAGAGCAGUCUCUUACAUUUCCAAAAGGGUGCUGAGCCACUCAGCUGCAAACAUGAUGAGCACCCAAGUUAUUUGUACAUGUAUUUCAAAUAUUUCCACAUGGCCUUUUCACUAGAACAUUGUCAGAGCUACUUGUGACCAAAUUUUAGACCUAGGUUUAAAAUAUCAGAUUAAGACGAAACCAACUAAGAAUGUGCAGGGAAAAGAGGUGAGAACAUAAGACUAGCCAAAGGCCCAUCUAGUCCAGCAUCCCUUUCUCACUGGGGCCAGCCAUGGAAAGCUCUCCAGCAUCACCUGAGUGCAACGUCAGUCUGCCCACCUGUGAUUCCUAGCAACUGGCUUUUAGAGGCUUCCUUCCUCUAGCAAUGGAGGGCAAACGCAGCUAUCAUGGUUAGUAAGCAAUGAUAAUAGCUUUAUCCUCCAUGAAUUUGUGCUAUGCUUUUUUAAAGACAUCCAAGUUGGUGGCCAUGUACUACAAACCUGUUUAUACUCGCGAGUCUUUUUUUGGCUUGGGCAUUGCUACUGAAAAGGGAAAUGUUCCAUAUUCACAGAUUUGACAAAAGCAGCAGCCUUUCCUUCCAGCAAUUCAUGGUAGCUUGAAAUGUAAUAAACAAAAGCUGUCUUGUGCUCAGGAGAAACCAGCAACUUUCCUUCAAGAAUCUGGGGGGUGGGGUGGCGCAGAAAAAUGCACUGAAAUUGACAUGCAAUCCUUAACGUAUGAGUGAAUAAUUGACAGGAAGUCAGGCAGUUGUUAACCAAUUAAAGAAUCUUAAUUGAUUGACAGGCCUAAUAUUUUCCCUUGUCGAUGAUGCAGAAGAGUGGAGCCUUUUCUGCUUUUUCACAACCACUGCUUUCAUGAGUUAGGGUGUGAGAGUGGAGAGACGACAUUUAUCCUCUUUGGAGCCCUAGAACCAGGCAUGCAGUGGGGGAAACCUGUCCCCUUUCAAAAUACAAAGACGAACACAAACUCCCUUCACCCCCAGUCAGCAUGGCCAAUAGCAACGAUGGGUGUUGUAGUCCAACAUCUGGAGGCCCACAGACUCCUACCUCUGCCCUGGAGGGUGUGAUGUAUCUGGUGGACAUAGGAACCCAUUGAAAAACCUUUUGGAGCCUCAAUCCUGGGCUGGAACAUUUUGUGCCAGUAGUGGAAGGCUGGUUUUGCCUUCAUUGCCCAAACUGAAGAUGUGCUGGCUUGGACGGAUGGAGGUUGUGAUUCAGGGUGUCAGUAGAGGGUGCCAGUUUUGGGGAUGCUGACCUUUUUUGGUCCACUGAAAACACUGGGGAUUUCGAGGGAUGCAUGGGCACCCAUCGCAAAAUGGCGAAUGCUGUGGGUUGUGCACCAUGCCACAGAAUGGCUGUCACGUAUCAAGGAACUUAAAAAGAGAAGGGGGUGCAAAAUGGCACAAGCAUGCCCCCCUGGCGCCCCACAAUCAAUAGAAAUGCUUGAUCAUCUGACUGCUACCAUGCUCACCCAUAGAGAGAAAAGUUUUGGACCCCUCUUCUGUUCAGAAUGGAACGGAGUUGGGUGUCCAUUUCUGGUAUCUAAUGAAAUGCAUGUCUAUUUAAGGGGUAGGAGAGGCCAAGCCAGUGCAAACAGCAACUGAGCAGGAAGAGCAAACAGUUACCUUGUGAACUGGGGUGGGUUGGGGUUUGAUGGGAUAUUUACAAACUCCCUUAGUGGGCAUCAUAGGAGGUAAUGGUAGGUGCACUGGCAGCUUUGGGUGCUGGGUUUGCAACCCUCUGGCGUACAGUGGUACCUCUGGUUAAAAACUUAAUUCGUUCCAGAGGUCCGUUCUUAACCUGAGGUACCACUUUAGCUAAUGGGGCCUCCCGCUGCCACCGCGUGAUUUCUGUUCUCAUCCUGGGGCAAAGUUCUUAAUCCGAGCUACUAUUUCUGGGUUAGCGGAGUGUGUAACCUGAAGUGUCUGUAACCCGAGAUGUUUAUAACCCAAGGUACCACUGUAUAUAGAAUUAAUGUGGAUAUAGCAUUCCCAGCAUCUUAAACAGGCUUACAAUAUUUUGAGGUGGCAAUUGUAUUGUGCACACUGUCUCCCUGUCUCUUUUCCUCUUUCACAAGAAUCGCUUUUACGCUUCACCACUAUUCAUGGUAGCCACAGUCACUGCUAAAGAAGUUGCAUUUUAACUACGGAAGCAGGAUCACAUUUUUAACUUACAUUUUGUCCUGGGAUGUUUUUUCUUUCUUUUAGGUUGCACUUUUAAUCUUAUUUUUAGUGACCAUUUUGUCACCUUGUGGACUUUUGUGGACAGGUGGGAUAUAAUCAUGAUUAUAGUCCUUUAUUUCCUCCAUAAGAAUAAAUGAAACCUAUUCAUUUUUGUGGGCGAUGGUGAACCCAACAUAACAAAUUUUCAGGGGUGUCCUGGAUUGCACCCCUGGAUUUGCUGUGUUGGCCACAUCACUUUGCCCCUGGUUUUGUUAUAAGGAGCAUAUUCCGAGCUGCCUUAUACCAGAUCGGAUAACUGGUCUCCAUGACGCAAUUCUGUCCAAAUCUGCUCAGAAGUUAGUCCCAUAAAGUUCAGUAGGGCUUACUCCCAGAUCCACGUAUGUACUAGAGGUUUGCUUACCUCAUUCGGGACUUUACUAGCUGGCCUGGCAGCACCUUCAGAGUUUUAGGCAGGUCUGCUUUCGAGCCCUGCUGAGUUCUUUUACCUGGGGAUGCCAAGUACUGAACUUCAGGCAAAACCUGGGCUCUAUGGUCCCCCCCUGUUGGAUUUCAUAGAUCUAUAGUUCUAUCUACAAGAAAGAUCUAGACAGGUGCUAAAAAUCCAUUUCACAGAUCUGUGGGUCAAGGCAUUGCAUCUUGGCUAACUUAAAAUGGUGAGAGCUAAGCUUGGCUUCCACUUGGCUUCCACUUGGGUACCACUUCUUGCUCCUGAAAAGUAUCUGGGGGUCCUGUGGGGAGGACAGUGAAAGGUGGUGUAACUGGAUUGGCCUGGUAAAGCCCCUCAAGACCCUCAGCUUGUGCCUGACUUUGCCAGCUGCUGGUGCUGAGCCUGUUCACUGUACAGCACGAGACUGUGGUGGAAUCUUUGACUUUUAAGAUCCUGACAGGGAGACUGAUGGGUAUGUUUAGACAGUAUAAUCAGAAGCCCAUCACUGGGCUAAAAGCAGCCAGGGUUUGUUGAGAGAGGCAGCAGCUGAGGUUGGGGACUUCCAGUGUGGCCCUUCAGCUUUGUUUCUGCCCAAUUAAUAAGGGAGAUACUACUGUAUGCUCUUGUUCAUUGAUUUUUAUUCUUAUUUAAUGAUGAUUGUGCUGCGUUUUUGUCCGCUAACUGCUAGUAACAAUGUGAUUGGUGGGACCACUUUUGAAUGGAGGCUAAGCUCAGCUCCCACCCAUGAAGACUUCCAACUAUUUUAAGCCAACCAAAACGUACUGCUCCAGCCCAUAGAUCUAUGAAAUUUGUUGCUUUCAUAGAUCUAUAUUCUAGGCAUGACUCUAGAUCCAGGUGGUAGGACAUUGUUCAGGAGUCUUUGGUGAAGAAAUUAGGUGUGCUAUAGUAGCAUUUUGGACUGAUGCUACAGAGCCCAGAAAGAGAUAUGGAAGAGAACUAGAGAGAAAUGGCUCUACCCAGGAAGAUCAGGAAUAGUCCAGCAUGAAUAUUGUCAUACUGUACACCAGGGAUGGGGAAGCUGUGGCCCUCCAGAUGUUGUGGGACUCCAGCUCCCAUCAUCCCCAGCAAGCAUGGCAGCAGCUUCCUCAGCCAUGUUUUGCUCUUUGGAAAGGGUGGCAGGCUGCAAACAGCGGCUUCAUGAGUUUGCUGUGAAUGUUUACUUAGAAGUAUGUCCCAUUGGAGCUGCAGGCGGGUACUUGCGGCCAAGUAAGCAUGCAUUGGAGCACAGCAUGGGUUACUGCUUUUACUCCCUUAAAUAAAAGCAGGCACCUUCAUGGAAGGAUCAUUCUGGUGCUAAGGAUGAGAAACCUUUCUUCACCACUGGUAAGGGCCAUGGCUUGGUGGUAGAGCAUCUGCUUUGCAUACAGAAGAUCCCAGGCAGAUAUGGAAAAGACUCCCUGCCUGAAACCCUGGUGAGCUGCUUCCAAUCAGUGUGGACAAUACUGAGCUUAGAUGGACCUAUGUAGAUGAACUCAGUAAACGGCAGCUUCGUAUGUUCUUCCUGUCUUGCAAGCAAGAAAUUUAGAUCUUGAUGGCAGCUGGGUUGCUUCCAAGUUUCUAAUUUCACCUUCAUCUCAGCAUAGAAAAGAAGGGGGGAGAGUAAGAAAAGAAACAGGCUGAACUCAGUAAGCAUCUGCCAUUUAACAUCAAGUUUCCACUUUGCUUUCGAAAGAUAUAACUUGAUGGGUAGGGGGAAGCAAAAGAGAGACAGCAUUCGUGGCAUUGUACAUGAGCGUGAUUGUCAGCUGAAUAAAAACUCCAAAGUAGUAAACAAUUGCUGGAUAGACUUGCCAGAGGAAGGGUUUGGUCCUUGGUCAUGAAAGUUGAAGCAUGCACUAAUGUGGUUGUGUUGAGCAAGGUGCUGGAAUCUGGGAGGGUAAGAAUCAGUUCCAGUGAAAGGCUGGUUUCCCUUUCUGCAGGAUACACUCCAUGCAAAAUGCAGCAGGCCAUCCAGGCAGACCACAUCUGUUUUUUAAAAUGUGUAAGCUACUGUGUAUUGUGCAAAGUGGCUUCACUUGCAUGGCUUGCUUAAAUUAUUUUAUCGUAGUUGUUAAGGUUGGGCUCUACAGUGGAGGAGAAGAGAGAUUUUCAUCUGUUGCUGUCCUACAAUGUAUAAAAGCAGCUGAUGGCUAGUUUAGGUCCAGCCUGCCCCAGCCCCCCUGUAAUAUUUAUAGAAGAGUGGUAGAUCACACACUUUGUAUGCAGAAGGUUUUGGGGUUAAUCCCCAGCACCUCUAGGUUGGGCUGAGAAUGACCCCAUCUAUCAUAGGAGUGUACAGGUGGAGGGGACCAUGAGGAUAAUGUAGUCCAACUCCCUGCAAUGCAGGAAAUUUUGCCCAUCAUGGGGGUUGAACCCACGACCCUCAUGGUCUACCAAUAGCUAUCAAAACCUGAAAGAACCAUUACCAGUUAAUCAGUGUAGACAGUCCUGAGCUAGAUGGACUCAAGGGUCUGACUCUGUAUAAGCAGCUUUUUGAGAGGUCUGUAACUCAAGGCAGAGCAUGCGCUAAGAGAUAUUGGGACUGAAGUGACAGAGAACCCGAGGCAAAGAAAGUUGACUAAUGUUCAGCUGCAGCCUUAAUGGUUUAAUUUUUUUUCUAUAGAAAAACCUGUAUUUUCCAUGGUACUGAUGGGUCAUUAAUUUUUUAAUCUUCUGAGAUAUAUUUGGCUCAGUCACUGUUACUGAAAUGGGAACCAUUCCAUAUUCCCAGUCUCAGUGGCACUCACAGCCUUUCCUUGCAACAGCUCAUGGCAACUUAGAACGUAAUAAACAAAAGCUGUCUCCUGCUUAGGAGAAACUGUCAGCUUUCCUUCAAAGAUCCUUAAAAAAAACAAAAAGCCCUUGACACCAUGCAAAUCCAUACUUGUGACUGAAUAUUUUACAAAGUCAGGUAGCUAUCUUGGAGAAUGUCUGCUAGUCAAAUACUGGACUAGAUGGGUAAAUAGUCUGACUCUGUAAUAGAGACACUCCUAUGUACUUACUUACAUUAGAGUUGAUGCCCUUAAAAGAGGAAUAAUUCAUGGAGGAUAAGUCAGUCAAUAGGGACGCGGGUGGCGCUGUGGGUUAAACCACAGAGCCUAGGGCUUGCCGAUUAGAAGGUUGGUGGUUCGAAUCCCCGUGACGGGGUGAGCUCCCGUUGCUCAAUCCCUGCUCCUGCCAACCUAGCAGUUUGAAAGCAUGUCAAAGUGCAAGUAGCUAAAUAGGUACCACUCUGGCAGGAAGGUAAACGACAUUUCCGUGCGCUGCUCUGGUUCGCCAGAAGCGGCUUAGUCAUGCUGGCCACAUGACCCGGAAGCUGUACGCCGGCUCCCUCGACCAAUAAAGCGAGAUGAGCGCCGCAACCCCAGAGUCGUCCGCAACUAGACGUAAUGGUCAGGGGUCCCUUUACCUUUAAGACAGUCAAUGGCUACAAUGGCUCUGUUCUGCCUCCACAAUCAGAGGCAGUGCUACCAGUUGCUUGGAACCACAAGUGAGGAGAGAGGCUGUUGCAUUUGGGUCCUGCUUUUGGGGCUUCCCAAGGCAUCUGACUGGCCACUCUUGAGAACAGGGUGCUGGACUAGUUGGGCUUUUGGCAUUACUCAGCAGACUCUUACGUUCUUCUGAGUGUUGUGGUAGCAUGCUGGGGGACAAACCUGGGGGGACUGAUCAAACCCAUUGGUGGGCUACCAGAGAUGGUGGUGGUUUUUGUCGCUGGGCAUAGGUUUCACAGGUCUGUUAGCGGACUCCCCCCACGGUUCCUCAGCAACCCGUAGUUUGUCGCACCACCAAAUGGCUGAAACAUAUGUUUCUAUGCUCUUCCUUUCUAGCUGCAAUUCCCUUUUUAAUCUCUCAAAUAUUAGGAAAGGUGUGGGGUUGUUUUUAGCAGUAGCUAUUUCUGGCAAACGGUACAGAUUUUUCCCCCAAGCAUUUAAUAACAUAAUCGGCCCACCUUCUUUAAAACUGUAAAUUGGCAUACAGUUGCUUCCAACAUUCGGUUACUUAAAAGGAUGAAAGGAUAUGUCCCGCUGGAGGAGACGAGUGCUAAGCACCAUCUUCCAUAGCAGCCCAGGGCACCAGAGGAGCCCAGGUCCCAGGAAGGCAUGUCCAUGGUUAGAGGAUAGGGCUAGAAUGUAAAUUAGGAGAUAAGACCAUAUCAGGGCUGGUAACAUUAGUGUGCACCACUGUUAAUUCCUCGAAUCUCUUGGCCCAACUCCUUAUUACUGUCUUUUCACCUGCCCGAGUGAGCCAGCGGUGAAAGAAGCAAGGAAUGGUGAUAACAGCUGCUUAGGAAUGCUAAUGAUUAAUUGGUAUAUAAAUACCUUAAGCAAGUAACUUCCAUCCCUUGACUUUUUUUCUGGGAGGUGUGUACUGUGCUCAAAGAGAGAAGCAAGUGAAUCGGCACAAGGAAGAGUGUAAGGAGAGGUCAUGCCCCAGUGCUGGUGCCCACUGGGAAGGGGGGUAGAGAAGGAGAGAUAAAACAGUAGGUGGAGACAGAGCCAGCUAACUCUAGUUUUGUCCCCAAUCUUUUUCCCUGCUGAGCUCUGCAAGGGGUACACUUGACACUAAGGAGAAGGGUUGAUAUGCUGUGCUGCCCCCUAGAAAGCAGGCAAGCUGCCCCCUAGAAAGCAGGCAAGCAGAGGGGACUGGUUGAGGUUGGUGGGUCAGUGCUCAAGGUGCCAAAGACCUGGAACCAGCAGAGGAACCAACUCAAUGGCAGAGCACAUUCUGUGUGUGCAGAACACCCCAUUUGUUACUUAAGCUCAUGUGAUUUUAGAGCUGUUGCUUUGAACCAUAGUUUCAGAAGCAACAGUUCUUCAUUGGUUCUUCUUCUUGUCCUCUUCGAGUAUUGUGUCCAGUUCUGGGAUCUGCACUUUAAAGGACAUGCACAGACUGAAAAAGGGGUUUGGUUGAGCAUGAGAAACGUCUUGACUGCAAUUGCUGUUUGAUCAUGGAAGGUUUUUUUUUUAGGGUUUUUUUUUUUGCACAUUUCCAGAAAAAUGUGUAUUUAAAAAUGGCACCAUGUUUAAUCCCUGGCCUUUUUAGUUGAGUCUCAGGUAACAGGGCCAAGAAGUAAGCACAAGUGUAUACCCUGGAGGAAACAGUUUCUCGAGGGAUACUCUUCCACUCAUGAAGAAUGCUUAGGACUUUAGGACUGGGGCUGGUUGGAUUAUCUCUUAGUGCAAGGCAACCUUUGGUCAACCUGGUAACCCCCCUCCCCAAUGUUUUGAACUACAACUCCCCCCAGCCUCAUCCAGCCCAGGGAAGUGGGCGAAAAUAUCUGAAAGGUGCUAGGAUGGGGAAGGCUGGAACACAGCCACCUCUGCAGUGUCAACUGCUCUUUGGUGGAAAUAUGUUGCAUUCUGGGCCUUUUGCUAUUAAAGAUGCCUUCCGUGGACAACACUUGCAUUCCCUGUCAACUUACCCUCCCCACCCAAAGCCAUGAUGAUGGGUGGGAGUGGAUGCCCAACAUCUGGACGGCAGCCUGUUGAACCACCCUGCUUUACUUUACCAGAAAAAUCACAUGAUGAAUCCCAUCUCCUGGAGGGUACCACUUAAGAAGGCACACACAUCUGUAUACAGGGGUGAGUGGAAGGUGUGGGGACUCUUUUUAAACAAGGAGGUGUGGGUGUGGGCCUGCAAUACCCAGUCCAAUUGGAGCAGUUGAGGUCAGGGGUGCUUAUCUCAUGAAGAGCUAUUCAAAGUCUCAUAAAACAAUUUUAUAAAACAGUUUUAAUUUUUUUCUGCAGUAUUGCACCAAUUAAUUGGGGCAUGUUUGUUCAUGCUACUCAAGAGUAGUAAAAGAACAUAUCUUUAGUGUGUGUGGACUUAUUUUUUUCUGCACAAACAAUUUUAUUUUUGAUAAUGCGCCUAUACACUGUACAUUCAGUCACUGUGGUAUAUAUAAGCAUAGCUAUUUUCAUACAUAAUCUGAUAAAGUCCUUUAUUUUACAAUAUUAUCUGUUUCCAGGUUGGAAAAGGGUUGGAGGGGGAGGGGGGAUUUGAAAAGGACUAUCAAGUUACACAGAGAAAUAGAUAAAUACCCCACGCUUUUUUUUUCCUUUUUGUAAAUCAGGCAUUUAUAAACAAGAAAGCAUAUUUAAUUACAUAAAAUAGUUCUAGAAUAGGAGAGUAAGUCAUAAAAUAGUUAGCAGCAGCAGCUGGGGGACAGGGAAGUAACAAAAAAAUGCUGUAAAGAUUUCGUCUAUUAAUAAACUUGCGCCAUUAUCCCCUCAAUUAAAAACUUGCUCCUUAGUACUCUUCCUUGCUUUAAAAGACCUCUCUAUAACACAGAGACUGCUUGGGGAUGUAAGGGGAAGAAAUGUCAAUUUUCUUUGCUUUUACUAAUAAAACAGUUCACAAUGAAUGACAAAAAUAUGCAAAUAAUGGGAAGGAAGUUGAACUGACACUGAUUUUUUUUUUAUAAGAAAAAAAAGUUUCUUUCUUUAUGGUUGUUUUUUCCCCUAACAAAUUUCCUUGGUUUUAAAAACACAAUUCUUAAAACAAGACAACUAAGUAAGAAAAAGGUUUUGAAAAAGUAAACACCACCAUAUACACGUAUUAUACAACUGCAAAAUGAAAAAAAAGUAUUUACAAAUUAAAUUUUUUUUUACAUUGGCUAGUUCUGUUGGAAAAAAGCAAGAUUAUUAUUCUGUUAGCCUGUUUCAUAGAUAUAAAUGUCUUAUUGCUGUUGGUAUUCUUCACCUGCCCUCCCCCCUCGUUAAAGUCUUAUUUGAAUAUCUUUUAUAAAAAAGUGAAUUAAACUGAAUAUACAAUUACCUAGAUUAUAUAUAUCUAUAUAUCUAUAUAUAUUUGAUGUAUUUGGAGAACUGACAGCCGAUGUAAUAAAACACUUCUUCUCCCCUUUUUGGAGAAAACAUCUUAAAGGAAACGGAAUUACAAUUUGCGAAUUCUGUUCCAGUAAAAGGAUCAUAGCUAUAACUAGCUUAAAUUAGCAAAACAAGAGCUUUAUAUUCUACAGAAUUGAUAAUGCAGUUUCUCUUUCCUGACCAGCCCCUCUGCACACUUUGGAGUAGGGGGUCUGCUGUGAACAAAAAAAUGUUGCAUAGGCAGCUGUUUCCCCAUUCACUUCAAUGGGUUGUGCCCAACUUUCCAUUUGGAAGAACCCAUUAAAAUUGAUGGACCUCUGUUCUGAUGUAACACUGGAUAUAAACCAAUGUCAGAGACAUGCAUGUUCCAUGCAUACAUUGGCUAUCAUGGGUCCGGGGUAGGGGGGAGCCCAGAACUCUCAUGCGUUGAUUGGGAGCCUCUAGUUUGGAUUGCUUUUUGUUUUAAUUACCUUAACUUUGUGUUUUCUACAUCUAGCUCUCCUCAAACCUUGGCUACUGAUCUGGAAUACUAGUGACCAUGCUGCAGUGUUCAGAAUAUAUAUUUAUACACAGUGGGCUAGGAACUUCUCCAAGGUAAGCCCCAUUUGUUGCAAUGAAGCUUGAGCAGAAAUUUUUCUUGGUAGGUUGUAUUUGUUAACUGAUGGCAAGAGCUUGAGGUGGGAAAUGUCCCAAACAGUUGUGAAAUGGCUGAAUUUUCUGUUACCCUUUUAUUGUCUGACUUGGAAAUCCCUUAAACAGGACUUUAGACACAUGGCUGAAAAGAUUAAGAGCAAAGAUGCUAUCAAAUCCACAUGGAUGCACAUGCUUCCUUCAGAUGUUGGAUACAGACUUGAGCUAUAAUCCAACUAACCUAGGGUUAAGUCCUACUGAACUUAAUAGGACUUACUUCUGAGUAGACAUGCACAGGAUUGCACCAUAUUUAGUGAACUAAGUCCCAAUUGAAAUCCAAAUGACAUGUGUCAUGGCUUAAAUCUGGAUCUGACAAAGGUGUCUUUAAAAAAUGAUUCUUCACUCACCUAAUGAGAUUUUGUUGUUUUGCCUCUAUCCGCCUUAUGUCACAAAGAUUCUCCCCCCCCCCCCCGUUUCAACACUUACUAGACAGUCUAAUCUUAAAACACUAGCAGAUAGAUCUUUCAAGACUGAUCGGUAUGUGGGCACAGCUGUACAAAUUGCAAUUAUUUCAUCAAGGGUUUCAGGAAAAAUCAAACCAGGAUCAAGGUGUUAGAAACACAGCAUUUGUUGGUAUUAAUACUUGACACCUUUAUACUAAAACAGGCAUACACUUAAGUAGUUUUAUGUGCAUACCUACAUAAGAUAAAGUAUGAAUGCAAGAAAUACAAUUUUAAAGCUGCUUAUAGUGUUAUAAGCAUACAUUUCACAGGGAGUUAUGGAUGGUUGCAGCUUCUUGUGGAGUAUAUAAUUCGGCAGCAAAGUUGAGCUUCCCUUUGCAUAGUAUGUGGAACGUCCCUUAAAUCAGCAGGAUUGCAGGCCCCAUGCCCUGUUACAGAGAAGGAUGCAAGAGUGAAAUUCUGGUGGACAGAUGCAGUUUAAAUCACGGGACCUUUCCUUCCUUCUGUUUUAAGCUAUUGCAGAAGACUACACAUAGUUCCGUGUGGUUGGUGCUGAUUAUCUUUUUCCUCUUUGAUAAAUUCAGCUCCUUUUCUCUUGGUGGGCUGGGAGUAAAAAGACAAGCUUGCACUGAAGUUGUAUGCCCAUAUAAAAAAGAUGAGACAUGAUGCAAACUUCAACAUUUUGCAUUUGGUUUAGUACUACGAUUGGAAGUGGUAGCACAGACUUCCGAAGAAUGAGCACGUGCCCAGGCUGUGGGUUCCCAAUGCCUUUCCUGUUUGUUUUGACAGGGAUAGCUGCUGUAGCCUAGACUCAAGGUUUGGAACAUUUACACUCAUGAAGAGGGAAGGGGGGCAAUGGCUGUGCUGUGGCGCAGUGGGCUUCUCUGAAUCUGUGCAAAUGUUUCAAUGAAUCUGGCAAUGGUUUUUAGGGUUUGUACCUUUCACGCUGACCUGCUGGUCAACGCACCAAUUUCACUUCCUAGAGGAUUAUAGGGAAUGUCCUAGAAUGUGCCCCUAAGUUUGCUAGCAAGACCAGCUGCGCCUCUGUCAGUAAGUGUGUGUCAUAAAACAUGGGUUGUGGCUGUCGUGGUUUAAGGCCCCUCUGUUUGUCCUUGGGACUACAGCUCCCAUCAUCCCUGGCCAUAGGCCAUGCAGGCUGGAGUCAAUGGCAGCUGAAGUACAACAGCUGGAGGGCCUCAUGUUCCCCAUCCCUGGCAUAGAAGAAGAUCAGUAUUGGAAGGCAAGCUGCUUUCACAGAAACUGGUUUGUCAUUAUCAUCUUGUAGAAUGACCCCUGUAUUCCCAGAAUUAGGGUUUGUAACACCUCUCCCUGCUGAAAGGAGGGGUGGCUGGCCAGGUGGGGAGAGGGACAAGCAGUGAGCAGCAGCUUGUCCCAAGAGUGAAGCUGAAUCGCCAAGUGUAGGUUUGAGCCACUGAAGACAGCUGUGCAUCAAAACUACGCAAUUUUGUUGCCUCUUGAAGGAAAUAACUGCAAACUUAACAAAAAAGCAUUAUAGAUCUUGGAAAUUUAUACGACUGAGAACAAAACGAAACAAAAAAAAAAGUUAUGCACCUUUACGUUAAGACAGUGAUAAUGCCCGUUAAUUAAUAUAUAUGUAUGGCAAAGAUUUUAAUUCCAUGCAUAUGGUUUUUUUUAAUAACUGCAGAAAAAACAUACAAAGCAAAAAAAUUAUUUUUAAAUCCCCAUAUUAAAAAAAUAACUGCAUAAACACAAUCAAUAUUCCGUUUGCAUUGCACUUUAAAAUGGGAGAGCAGAUUCCACUCAUUGGAUACGAGCAUGGGCAAGACCUCAAACGCAGACAACUUCUUAUCAUGCAAAUUAGUCCGUAUAUAUCUGUUGCUUUCUUGCUCCCCAUAUUUCAAUUCUAAGUCACCUGAUUUUUCUAAUAUAGCUUCCUUUUAAAUUUUUUUCCUGUAGCAACCCCUACCCCCACCCCCACUAAAAUGUACUUUACUUCCUCCUUUUUCAAUGUUCAUGCUUACAAUGGCUAUUAGAAUGGAUAAUAACAGCUUUAUUUUUAAUACAACUUUUAUUCCCCCCCUAGUGUACUGUAAAGUCAAUACUUUAAUUUUAGGACAGACAGCCGCAUUUUGGUUACAGGAAAAGGAUUGAAUUGCAGAGUUCCCUUCAGUAUUUCAGAACGCAAAUUGGAGGAGAGAGAAUCUGUGAAUUUAGGAUGGCUUUUCCCCCCAGUUAAGGAUUUUAGUAAACUGUCGCCCUUAGUAAACGGUUUGCUCACCAUUCCUGUGAAAUGAUUGUAAAAAUAAAAUAAAACGAAUACGAAAGACUUUGAAUCAAUACCUCUGUAUUGGCAGGGAAGAACGAAUCAAAAUAUUGCUCACUCCUGCACUGGGGCGGUUUAGCCACGACCAGCCGCCAUAG